CGUGGUGCCGCCGGUCUCCCAGUGAGGUGGAGCAGGUCCGCCAUUUCCCUGCAGUUGCCCCUGUGACUGACACUCCGCUCCGGGAACCCGCGGGGCCCGAUCCGGCCGUGUGAGAGCCAGGCCCAGCCCGGAGCCGCCAUGUCCGGCCAGAGCAUCACGGACCGCAUCACGGCGGCACAGCACAGCGUCACCGGCUCCGCCGUGUCCAAGACCGUGUGCAAGGCCACCACCCACGAGAUCAUGGGCCCCAAGAAGAAACACCUGGACUGUGAGUACCGCCGGCCUCCCGGGGGGGCUGCAAUGGGCUCAGACUGCACUGGACUACACCUCCCAGGGUGCACCACUCCGCACUGGGCUGGCAGAGCAUCAUGGGAAGGGUAGUUCACUGCAGCUGGAGUGCCACAGGAGUAUGGUGUCCUGGGGGAGAGGCUGAGCAUUGUGGGAGUGUAUGUAUGGGGAUAGUGUGAGAGAAGGGUCAAUCAAUCACUGCUAAUCAAUAAUCAGCAUUAUUCACAUGUAUUGGAAUCAGUCACUGCUAAUCAAUAAUCAGCAUUAUUCACAUGUAUUGGAAUCAAUCACUGCUAAUCAAUAAUCAGCAUUAUUCACAUGUAUUGGAAUCAAUCACUGCUAAUCAAUCAGCAUUAUUCACAUGUAUUGGGAUAGUGUGAGAGAAGGGCUGCUUCUGGCUGGCCAAUCACUGCUAAUCAAUAAUCAGCAUUAUUCACAUGUAUUGGAAUCAAUCAUUGCUAAUCAAUAAUCAGCAUUAUUCACAUGUAUUGGAAUCAAUCACUGCUAAUCAAUAAUCAGCAUUAUUCACAUGUAUUGGGAUAGUGUGAGAGAAGGGCUGCUCCUGGCUGGCCAGUCAGUCAAUCACUGCUAAUCAAUAAUCAGCAUUAUUCACAUGUAUUAUGGAUUGCUGUCUUCCCAUAGUUUGUAUGGACACAGGUCCAGAUACCUUGUUGUUGCUGUUGUUUAUAGCUCUAUUGGUGGUGCUAGCUACCAUCAGAAAUGUUGAUUUUAUAUAAUGUCUGGGUUUAAUUUGUCUGAGGGUCCUCUGGGGUCCAGGCCUAACUUACUGCUCUGCAGGGCUGAUGAGGUCCUAUGGGUCUUUAUUACUCUGAAGAGCUUGUUAGGGCUCUGUCUCUCUUUGAAGAUUGGGUAGGCUAUGUCUUAAUGCAAGGGUUCCUGCAUGGUUUCUGAUGCUCUCAUGGGGCAGUUGAGUACUUGGCAUAGUGGGGUUCUGCUGAUAAUUAAUGAUUACUUAUUAUUUUAUAAAGUAUCAGCGUGUUUCACAGUGCUGUGCAAUAUAUCAGGGUUACAGGCUAGGUGCAUUGGAGGGCCAGUUUAAUUGUAACUCCUGUUUGGAAUGGGGUCCUCUCUUGAUGUUGAGUGAGAAGGCUAGUAGAUGCCACAUUGUUGUUUUGUGGUGUUUGUCUGCCUGUAGUGAGAAACCACAUGUAUUUGUUCAGAGAUCGAUACAUUUGCUCAGUUAUGCUUAUGGUCAAUAAAGAAAGAAUGUAUACUUUUUGUUGGCAAUGUCAAAAUCCUCAUUUCACUCUCCUGUAUGUUGCUCCAUUUUACGUGGCUGCAGGCUAUAAUCCCAAAUAACAUCUGCUCCUGGUAGUUUGUAACAUCUGACGGCAUGCAUCAGUGUAAUCCAUGGAUUUUAGCUUCAGCCAAUAACACAUGCUAUUCCAACAGCUUCAUUUAUGCCAGGGUCUUCUGGUGGUCUUUAUUCUGCCAAACCACCUUCAACAUUUUGAUUAUAUAGAGCUCCCCUGAGUGGAUUAUGAUCAAUUAGUUUAAUAUCCAUUCCAGAAUAAUGUCUGUAACACACCAAAAGCACUUGUUAUAUUAUCUUUUGAGAUUUCUUUUUAAAGAGUCUUUUUUUUUUGUUUGUUUGUUUUGUCAAAACUACAAUAUUAAAAGAUAAAAGUUAAUACGUGUGAGUAUCAUGUUGAUUCAGAGAGAAAUAUGAUUAAUAUUAUGAAGUCCAGAAGCAUAUAUCAUUUUUUGACUUGUGGCUUAUUUGCACACGGUUUUAAAAUGUGAUACCUUCUUAUGGAUUACCAGCAUUAAAGGGACACUACAGGCACUCAGAUCACUUCAUCUCAUUGAAUUGGACUGGGUACAUUGUGCUCUUAACCAUGCAACCCAAAACAUUGCAGUUUCAGAGAAACUGCAUUGUUUAUAUUGCAAGAUUAAGACUUUCUGCCAGACAUUCACUAGAGGUGCUCUCUGCUGUUUCAUGGAGUUUAACUCUGCAAAACAACAUUGGAUGUCCUCACACUGUGCAUGGGGACAUCCAGCAGCUUCAAACUCCCCCCAGGAAAGCAUUGGUUCAAUGCUUGCCUCUGGGGAAGGCCUAAUACGAACUUGCUGCGCAUGCACAUUAUUUUGCCCCUCGGCACUGAUGGAUGAGGAGGAGAUGAUAGUAAUAAUACAGUAUUUAACCAGGAAAGAUACAUUCAGAUUACUCUGGUUUUCAUGUACGUCCUGGGGGUGUUACCUUAGCCCAACAUCCAGGGGUUGUUACUAGAGCUAACGCUGAUGGAACUUGGCACUGGAAUAAGUUGAGUAUUAAAAAAAGGUGUUUUUAGCCAUUUACUUGCUGGUGGGGAGGGGCAGCGUAACAUUUUUUUUGUACAGUUUUGUAUUCCUAACACUAAAGUGUUUCUUUUAAGUAUACGCAAACAUUAUGGAUUUAAAGGGUUACUCUAAGUCUAUAGCCACAUCAAUUUGCUGAAAUGGUUUAUAGUGCAAGGUUUCUGCCUGAGCAGUUCUAGAAAUGUUGCCAUUUACACAAUAUACUUAUUUUCUUACUGAAAGGAACACUUCAAUCAUCAUAAGUACUACAGCACACUCUCAGCCAGUGAGGUAAGGCCCGUAUUGCAGGGCUUAAAGGACCACUCUAGGCACCCAGACCACUUCAGCUUAAUGAAGUGGUCUGGGUGCCAGGUCCUUCUAGGGUUAACCCAUUUUUUCAUAAACAUAGCAGUUUCAGAGAAACUGCUAUGUUUAUGAAUGGGUUAAGCCUUCCCCCUAAUCCUCUAGUGGCUGUCUCAUUGACAGCCACUAGAGGCGCUUGCGUGCUUCUCACUGUGAUUUUCACAGUGAGAGCACGCCAGCGUCCAUAGGAAAGCAUUGUAAAUGCUUUCCUAUGCGACGGGCUGAAUGCGCGCGCAGCUCUUGCCGCGCGUGCGCAUUCAGCCGGCGGGGCGGAACGGAGGCGGAGAGGAGGAGGAGAGCUCUCCGCCCAGCGCUGGAAAAAGGUAAGUUUUUACCCCUUUCCCCUUCCAGAGCCGGGCGGGAGGGGGUCCCUGAGGGUGGGGGCACCCUCAGGGCACUAUAGUGCCAGGAAAACGAGUAUGUUUUCCUGGCACUAUAGUGGUCCUUUAACACAUGUGAGCUAAGCAAAGUUCCUGCUUAGAAACGUCUGACUCUCCGGCAUUAAUAGUGGAUGCCCAGCUGACUCCAGGUAAUUACACUUAAGGUGCCAGAGAACUCCAGCACACUACCCACUAUAGCGAGCUGUAUUGCUUAUGGUACUUGGAGUGUUUUAAAUGUAGCUCCAGUCUGGCUCCUGUCAAUCAUCAACUUUAUUUCUGAGCUGGCUAUGUCAUUUUUAUUCACGUUUUUUUCCUGUGACAUCAGCAUGCUGCAUGCACAACUUGUGCAGCACCCUCUCUUUGACUUCAGAACUGCAAAUCUUCCACAAGGUAACCAUGACAGAGUCCCCUAUGUGUAAGUUGACAGCAGGCAUAGCACUGCUAUUUACCUUUUGUAAGAAUACCCACCAGAAAUGAUGCCCCUGCGUCAGUUUUGCCAUGCACCAGAAAUGAUGCCUCUGCGUCAGUUUUGCCUUGCACCAGAAAUGAUGCCCCAGCGUCAGUUUUGCCAUGCACCAGAAAUGAUGCCCCAGCGUCAGUUUUGCCAUGCACCAGAAAUGAUGCCCCAGCUUCAGUUUUGCCAUGCACCAGAAAUGAUGCCCAAGCGUCAAUUUUGCCAUGCACCAGAAAUGAUGCCCAAGCGUCAAUUUUGCCAUGCACCAGAAAUGAUGCCCAAGCGUCAGUUUUGCCAUGCACCUGAAAUGAUGCUCCUUUGUUGUUUCAAACCUAUAAGUGGAUUAUUCUCAGUGUGUGUGUGUUUAUUUUUCUGGUUUUUGAUACAGUUUAGUCCGUGACAUUGUUUUUGUCUUUCUGUAAUCCCUGACCCCGCUAGUGCUGACCCUGAUUAUGUUUGUUUUUCCUGAUUUUGUAUUCUAGUUAGUAUAUUUGGCCUUGGUGUUAGUAACUGUAGUUCUUUAGUUUGAGAAAGACACUCUCUGAAAACAAGAGUUUAUUCACAAUGUCCAAAUUAGGCAAGCAGAUGGUUAUGGCCAGAUGAGGGAAAUGAAAAAGGAACCAAGUUAUAAUGGUUUUUAAUCGGGAGUCCACUUCAGCCACUGCAGUCAGUGCUACAGUCCCAACAGAAAAACUGUGCAACCAAAUUCCUUGACACUGGUAUUUGACUACCUAUCAGCGUAUUUGUAUAUGCAGUGAAUUAUCACAGACUUUAAGUAGUUAGGUUGACUCCUUUGAUUGAGUGCACUAAGAAUGCAGACAGAAAACUGCCCAAACGCAUAACCGUUGCUAUGCCAAACACGUAGCAGUUGCAGGAACUGACACACUUUAGGUUGGUGAUGUCGAGGGCUUGUUGCAUUUGUCGAGUCUCGGCACAUACAUCAUUGGUAGAUCUGUGGGGGCCAGUGUUUGGCAAAAUGCAUAUACUCACAAUGGUGUGUUAGUUCUCGCCACCAUACUAAUGUAACUAUUUUGGCCGAAAACAUAGUAAAUAAACUAAGUAUGAUUUGAUAUUCUCUAAUAAAAAGACAAACAAAAAAACCUUCCAGGAAGCCUGCCAUUAAAUUUGAGUGCUGGUAACAUUUUAUUAUUUAUUAUUAUUAUUUUUUUGUAUGUGCUUGGUUACAACAAGACUGGUGUCAUUAACAGAGGAAGUUUAAAAAUCUAUUUACUUUGAUCCAUUUUUUUUUUUUUUUUUUUUAGUUUAUUACAUUUAAUGAAACAAUUUUAAUUUUUAUUUUUUAUUGAUUUUUUUUUUUUACUUUUUUGGGGAGAAAGUUGCACUUUAUCUGUGUGAGUAGCCAUGUUUGGUCAGACUCUGCUGUUAUCUGACUAACUGCUGCUCGACCUAACUUGCCUUCUGCAGUGACUGCUCAGUGUGAACCUACGGCAGCAAGACAUGUUAGACUGAGCUAAAGUUGGUCCGAUUGCAGCUGUCAGACCCAAUAUGACUGCUCGGGUAGAUGGUUAAAUUUUCUCAUAUAUACACCAUUUAAAAAAAAAGUCAAACAAUUGCUUCAGAUACAGAGCCAUUCAGCUUGGCAUAUUUUUGACUAUUUAGAACAGUGCUAAUUUCAAUAGAAAUAAUUACUUCUGUAAUUACUUGAGUUUCUUUCCCCCAUCUGGGCUAGUGUACAUCUGCUCCUCCCUCUCUCAGUGAGGUGUACUACAGCUCAUUGAGAACCAAAGGGACACAUGUGUCUGCAGCUCAGAGGCUUCUCCAUGAGAAGCCACUGAUUUGGGUAUUCAACUGAAAGAGGGCAGGGUUUGCAAUGGCUUCAGACAGCAGGUGUGCAGGUUUUGCAAGCUAUUUUAACAUAUCACCUCCCCCAAGUAAACAUGCAGGGAAAAUGCAUGCUUGUGUUUUUUGUUUUUGUUUUUUCUUCUCGUCAUUUUGGUUAAAAGAGCCCCUUACCCCUUUUUUAAAAAUAAAAUUAUUUUCACUCCUAGCACCAUUACUGCUACUCCCACCCCCUCCCCACUUCAUUUCAGUACCAAAAAACUGUCCUACCUGAGAACUUUUGAAGGUCUGUUAUCCCUGAGUAGGGUUGCUAACAGUUCCCUAGAAAAUGAGAAAUCAUGUUUGCUAGGAGGUCUGUUUUUAGACUUUUCAAGGAGAAAACCUGUGCACACAUAGUAAAGUUUGUGAGAAGUUUUACUUAAUCAAAGCAACAUAUCCGCUCUGCUUUUGAGCCUCAAGCAUAACCCAUAGUGAUUCCACACAAUUAAAACACUUACUUAUUGUUUGAGGGGGAGGAAACAGUACAAGGCGUAAUGACACUGUAUCAUUGUAACCAAUAUCAACGCUAUACAUCUCAUUGGACAAACAUUUCAUUUUGUGUUUAGAUCCACUGAGCUAAACAACCAGGAAGUAAUACAACCUGCUGUAACAAGGUUCAUUUACAAAAGUGUCAAUUUCUAUAAAAAUCAGCACUUUUUGUAAAAUGUAAAAGAGGACACAGUCUUCAAACAUAAGCAGCCCAGCAAGCUAAAGUGCUUUAGGUGUGAGAACUGCCCCAUUUAUCCUAUUUUUGUUCUGCUAAUCUAUGUACAUACAAUAAACAGCUUUAAAUUGUUCUCCACGUUUGAGUGAUUUAAAAAGGAAAUAAUUCACCUUGCAAUAAAAAUGCUUUAUCUCGUUAUGUAUUGUAAUGGUAUAUAGCAGAAUCAGUUCUGGUUUAACUGUUCAACUAAUCUGGAAAGUUAUUCUAUAUAUUAAAUGUUCAUCUGUUUACAAAUUAUUUAAGAUUAUAACACUCACCAAGAAUGAGUCUGUAAAUUUAAAAAAAAUUCUGACUAGUGAUUUAAAUUGUAUUUAACAUCUACUUCAUAUAAAUCAAAUCCAUCCUUAUCUGACUAUAUCUCAGUAUGAUGUGGAACACGUAAGGCAGGACUGUCAUUAUGACUUGAUGUACUUUUUUCUUUAAGCACUAUUUGUUCAGUGACUAUGUGACUGGUAGUUCUGAGCUCUGUGAACUGCUAUACAGAAUAGGAUUUAAUGUACGGCCAAUCUGCUGUGUUUGACAGAUGUUAAAUCUGCAGUCUGUUCCAGUUAAUUUUUUCCCACAUGUCUUUCUAGAGAUCUUCUUUGUUAUGGAACAAUUUUAAUAUCUUAAUCCUGCUGCCGGUUCCUUGGUCUCUGCAGUGUCUCUAAUGCUUAUCUUAAGCAGUUCUUCAAAGCUUCCCUUCCUUAACCUAUCCAAUGCCAAUCUUACAAGUUAGUCUAUCUACAUGGCACUCACAACUUUGAUGUCCCUGCUACCAAUGUUUAAAACUCUUUGUUUUAAGCACACAAUUCUUACUUAAAUACAUAUAAACCUUCACGUUCAGAUUAAUACGUACACAUUCCGGUAGCCAAUUAUGUUAAAUAAUGUUUAAACUUUGCAAUACUCUGAGCUAUGGGUGGAAUUUGGAGACACCGGAGCAUGUGGAUUUUAUAUAGCUAAGGGCUGGCAAAGCGUCAUAGCAAUUAUCUAAAUACUCCAUGCUGUAAAGGUGAUCGUUGUGUGCAGACUGAUAAUUUAACAAGAGUUUUUUGAGGUUGCAAUGGAUCUUCAUAUGUUUAUAUUUAGUUUCUCCGUUUUGAACUUUAUACUUUCUACAGCAUUGAAAGCAUUUCUUGAGACCAUCCAUGUUGAUAAUCCGUGAGUGGCUGCCUGCUGAUUUAUUAUUAGUGUGUGGCUAAAGCUGAAAUAAAAUGGCUGUAGAUCUCACAGCACCAUAACAAUUACAUCCUGCUGUAAUGGUAAUGUGUUGAUUGCCCUGGACAACUCACCGUUUUAGAACAGAUUGACGACGUACUUUAAUCCUGUCUGGCAAAAACAGCUGCAUUUGCCACAACAGAACAGCGCUUAUUGGCUGAGAGCCAUGCUUUAUUCUAGAGACACGUGGCUUCUUUUGCUAAAGACCUGAUGUGGUGCGGGCACCCAGAUGUCUUCUUUAGUCUGUAAAAGCAAAUAUCAAGGUAUUGUCAGCCAUUUGCUUAAACUAAAACCAUUAUUUUAAGAUGAAUGGCAUACAAAUGUUUGUGUAAUAUAACUUUCCCUCUGUAUUGUAGGAAAAAAUAUAACCAGCUGCUGGGCUAAUAACCAGCGUGGCAAUCCGACCUGUCCAGUAUGAUGUUCUUCUGGUCCCUGGGAUCUAUACUUUUCAUCUUCUGUAGGUCCAAAUUGGCGUGAUCGGUUGUUGGGCAAAGACUAGUUUGAUGUCCAGUAAUUCGAUAAGAUAUAUGGAUGGUGUUAACCCUUUAAGGACCAGUGACAGAAUAACAAAAAGCACACUUUUCAUGAUCCUUUACCAAAAUGGAAUGUCCCAUUCGUUUAACAAUUGCAGUGUGCUAUAGAUAUAAGCAGGACAUUCUAUACUAGCAUAGGUACUCUUAUGGGUAAUGUUAAUACUCCAAUAAAGAAAUGGAUGCUUUCUUUAUAUUAAUAUUUUAGAUUACUGGGCUCCCUCUAUUAAAAAAGAAACAAAACCUCGAACUCCUCUUUUUCCAACGUUAAAGCAACCUGACCGUCCUCUUGUGAAAUCCUAAAUGCCGGACACACUUUAUAUCUGGUCAGUCCUUAGGCAAGUGUUAAGGCUUUGUGGAUAAAAUUGUUCAGUUCACAUCUGGCAGUAAAAAAUGUCUGGACUGAAGGUGGGCCCAACAGCCAAGACUUCCCUGUAUUCCUACUCUAAGAUAUGCAAUUAAAACUAUCGCCAGCAUUUUUAUAAGAACCAACUAAAGGGUUUAAAUGAAUGUGAAUAAAUAGUUUUACAAUAAUGGAUUCCUACAUUAAGAAAUGCAUUCUGGAAACGUGGUGGGUGGCCUAGGCCUGAUCGCCACCAGUGGUGUUGAAUAUAAGAGUAUGUAUGGAUCCUGCUUCUGUUGUGCUGUGUAGAAUUAACUAGCAUUAGCUGCAGUAUCUCCACCAUUUUAUACAGUCGACAUUAAAUAGACCAUGUGAGAUGGGGGUUGAUUAGGGUACUGGUACAUUUUAGGUAAAUAAAAUUGGAGACAUGAUACAGAAGAGUAAAUCAAUUCCUGAGAGGCAUGAUUUUUUUUUAGGCAGGCCUUUUAUUAAGUGACAGGAAAAUCUGUCCGAACCAAGGUGUGACACUCUGAAGGAGAACACGCUGUUGACAAUAUAUACUUUGCUGUGGUUUAGCCAAGAGUCAUGUUUCUUGCUUGGGGCUGUUUCUAGGACAUUCUGUUACAAAUCUAUUUUGUUCUUCUGUUCAAUACAAAUUAAUAUUCAUUAUUUUGCAUACAAAAUGUUGUGGUUUUCCUUUUGCUGGAUGCACGUUCAUCAUUUUGUAGCAAUCCUUUUAAAUCUGUCUGCUGCAGACAACGCAAUCCAGUAGUUCCUAGUGGUGUCAUGUUUCUCGGAGCUUUCCUUUUUUCACUGCAUUCAUUGAGUUCCUAGGUGAAUCAUUAUCAACAUUCAUCACCCACACCGAAAUCAGCAGAACUGUAAUCACAAAUUGUGUCACAUGUUCAGAAGGUCAAGCUUUACUCUAAUCUAAUGUAUGAUUAAUAAAAUGGCAACAAUCUGAAACUGGGUUACCUAGGAAAAUCAAUGAGCGGCUCUAGUCCUGUAUUCGGUUCUGCGCAAGCUCUGACUGCAAAUAUCCAUUUUCCUUUUCCAUCAUCAAGUUGGGAUCUUUAUACGGCUGUCUAGUAAUAAAAUAUGACUUGUAACAUUUUAAUUUGGUUAUUAAUAUUUUUCCAUGCCUGCGUCAUACCUCCCAACAUUUUAAAUUGACAAAGGACACUAUGACAGCUAAAAUGGAAUUUAGGACAAGUACAAUGUAUCCUAUUUACGCAGACUGCUUUCUAAACACAUUUAUUGUAGUUUAAAGACACAUUUAUUGGGAGUAUUAUUGUUGUGGAGCUCAGUUACACACUCAGACACACCAACAAUAUGAAGUGUCUAGAAAUUAAGGAAAUAAGGAUAGAAAAGCGGGAAAGAGGGAUUUGGGUCCCAAAAAGGGACUCUCCCUCCUAAAUAGGGACACUUGGGAGGUAUGCUGCUGAUUGUGAUGGGUAACAUGCACUGCUAACACCGAGCUGCGUUUUCAUUAGGGCUGAACAUGGCAUGUCUUUCAGAUUAGAAACUAAAAUUAUCUGGUUGGCUUAAUAAAACAUAACAUUCUCAUACAUCUAUUAGAAUAUAUCAUGUUAUUUAUAUAGCGCCAUCAAAUUCGCAGCGUUUUACAAUGGGUGGACAAACAGACAUGUAGUUGUAACCAGACAAGUGGGACACACAGGAACAGAGGGGUUGAGGGCCCUGCUCAAUGAGCUUACAUGCUAGAGGGAGUGGGGUAAAAUGACACAAAAAGGUAAGGAUAGUAUUAGACUAGUGACAGUUGCAGAAGAGGAAUCAGUCAGGAGCUAUUAACAGUUUAAUUGAUACGCUUUUAUGAAGAAGUGGGUUUUUAACAAUUUUUUGAAGGAGUGGAGACUGGGUGAGCAUCUAACGGAGGAGGGAAGCGAGUUCCACAGGAACGGUGCAGCCCUCGAGAAAUCUUGAAGGCGAGCAUCAGAGAUGGGAGUACGGACAGAAGAUAGACGUAAGUCUUCAGCAGAUCGUAAGGGCCUAGACGGGACAUACUUGUGUAUAAGGGAGGAUAGAUAGGUGGGAGCAGCAAUUUUUUAAAGCAAGAACCAGAAUUUUAAAUUGAGCUCUGUAUUUUAUAGGAAGCCAAUGUAGGGACUGACAGAAGGGUGAGGCAUGGGAGGUGCGGGCGGACAGGAAGAUGAACCUCGCUGACGCAUUCAUUAUGGACUGUAACAGCGCAAGUUGGGAGCACGUAAGACCACUGAGAAGCGGAUUACAGUGGAAUGGACCAGCACCGUAGUCACAUUUGGCAUUAAGUAGGGGAGGAUGCGCGCAAUGUUUUUGAGAUGGAAAUGACAGGAUUUGGCAAUAGACUGUGUGACAGAUCCAUCUGUGUAGAGACUGGUUGCUGGAUUCGUCUGUUUGCCUGUUUUUGCCUUUUCGUGGAAUUACCCGUUCGUAUGCCUCUGUUCAGUGAAUUGACUUUUUCCGCCGAAUGAAACUACCGAACGGACGGCCACCCAGAAGAGAAGUGUGCUGCUGGUUAACCUAUUGAUCCCAAUUAGAACGUUGUGGUUAACCGCAGACACUUCUCAAUUAAGAACCGAAUACCGGGUGGUCGUCGUUCGUAUGUCGACCACGAGGCAGCGGCCAUUUUAAAACAUGCGAAAGACCAGCGGUGUUAGGCAUAUAUUUCAUGGAACUGAAAGCGGACAUUCUUUUUGCCGAACACCGCUGGAGCCGUCGACCUCCCUUCUCAGUCGACAUAAGGAUGCGAACACCGGCCGUUCGGGAGGUUUAAACAUUCGAAUGGACUUACCCCAGAUAGUCUUCCCAUGGAGUCAAUCGCAUACUGAAGGACUGUAAUAGACUUUGACUCCAUGGCGAUUGAACUGUGCGUAUGGGAUCUGAGCGCUAUUCGCCAAUAAUAUGCACUCAGAUCCAGGCUAUCUGGGGGUAUGUGAUACGAAUGGGUAGCAUUCGACAGAAGCCAAGUUAUAUAUUUUUAUGUGUUUUUCUAUACUGUAUUUAAAAUGGCGAUUUGUCCUUGUCCUUGAGAUAAUUGAUUUACUUCUCAAUUAUCUCCAGGGCAGAGGGGAGGAAAUACUAAUUCAUGCUGGGAAUAUUCUGUGUCUGUAGAUCCUAACUUGCCAUAUGUCUGUCUGUCUGUUACAGUCUCCCAUUUGGUCCCCUAGGGGAGUGUCCACCAAGUGGGAGACCUGCAUAAAUACGUGCAGGUAGCCCACAGUAAAGCCAGUUCUUGUUUUACCCUCAAUGCGGAGCUUGGUCUCGUUUAUUGGGGGUAUUUACUACCGACGACUAGACACUACUGGAUGGGAUUAUUAGCCGCUUGGGAGAUAUAUGCGUUCGGCUACUAUUGGCGAUUCGUGAGUUUGGAGCUCGUGGAGUGAAGUGCCCGUACGGAUCCCGUUCGUGAGUUUGCAGUGUUCCCUUGCUUGUGGUUCGCAUGAUUGUACUAGAUACGCAUGCAGCCUAUGCUAUUGCGAAAGGGGAGCAUUCACUAAACGGCGGUUUGUACAUUUAAUGCUGAGGGUACCAUAACAGACUGAACAUGUGGCUUGAAGGAGAGGUCGGAGUCAAAGAACACGUAGGCAGCGAGCCUGCGUGGUGGAGCUGAUGGUAGCACCAUUGACUUGGAGGGAGACAGACACAGGAGUAACAACACUUGAGGGAGGAAAGACCAGAAUUUCAGUUUUGGUCAGGUUUAGUUUAAGGAAGUGGGCAGCCAUCCAGUUAGAAAUAGCAGGGAGGCAGUCACACUAGUCAAGAGGGACGGGGAGAGGACCGGUAGAUUUGCGUGUCGUCUGCGUAGAAAUUAUAUUGGAAGCCAAGGGAGGCAGUAUAGAUGGAGAACAGUAGGGCACCAAGGCACAGAACCUUGGGGGGACACCAACAGAGAGGAGUUGGGGAGAAGAAGCAGAGCCAGAGAAAGAAACACUGAAAUAGCGCUGGGAGAGGUAGGAGGAGCACAACGAGAGAGCAAUAUCUUGUAGACCGAUAUUACGGAGGAUGAGAAGAAGCAGUUGAUGAUCAACAGUGUCAAAAGCCGCAGACAGGUUAAGGAGAAUUAGGAUAGAGUAGUGACCACGAGAUUUUGCAGCGAGUAGAUCAUUGGAUACUUUGGCCAGUGCAGUUUCCACAGAGUGCUUAUCGUGGAAACCAGACUGAAGCGGGUCUAGCAGAGAGUUGGACUCGAGGAAGUCUGUCAAUCUCACAUACACAAUUCUUUCAAGGAUCUUGGAUGCAAAAGGCAGUAGCAAGAUAGGAUGAUAGUUGGAUGGGGAAUUAGGGUAAAGUUUGGGCUUCUUUAGAAUUGGGGUUACAGUUGCAUGUUUGAAGGGCGAUGGAAAUAUACCAGAGGGGGGAGAGAGAUUGAGAAUUUUAGUGAGAGGUGGUGAAAGAGAAGACAGAGUACGGAUGAGAUGCGAGGGAAUUGGAUCUAGGGAGCAGGUGGUGGGGCGGGAGGACUGGAGCAGAGCAGAAACCUCUUCCAAUGUAGCGGGUGCAAAUGAACAUAGAACAGCAGAGUGAGUGAAGUUAGGGGAAGUAUUGUGAGGGGAAGAAGAAAGAUGAGAUCUCUUCUCUGAUCUUGUCAGUGAAGUGAGUUGCAAAGUCUGAGGCGGUCAAGUUAGUAGGUGGAGGAGGAACAACAGGGCGAAGAAGAGAGUUAAAUGUGUGAAAUAGUCGUUUGGGUUCGCGGGAGAGUGUGGUUACGAGGGUAUUGAAGUAAUUAACUUUUGCAAAGGAAAGAGCCAAGAUGUAUGAGCUCAGCAUAAAUUUAUAGUGGAGAAAGUCAGAUGCACAGUGAGACUUUCUCCAACAUCGUUCAGCAGUUCUGGAGCAUGUUUGGAGGUAUCGAGUGAGCUUGAUGUGUCAGGGUUUGUUGUUGGGGGCGCCUGCGGUGUUUAAAUGUACAAGGUGCCAUGAUGUCUUGUUGAGAGGAGAGGGUGGAAUUUUAGAAGGAGGUUGCAGAACUAGGAUAGGUGAGAUUUGAUAGGUAAAAGGAGAGUUUGGAGAUUAGUGGAGAAAUGCUCUAGGUCAAGACAUUGGAGGUUUCUGUGAGGGUGAUGUUCAGACGGUGGUGUCAAUUGGGUCUUAGGAAUGCCAAUGUCAAAAGUCAGCAGGUGGUCAGCUAGAGGAAAAGGAAUUUUGGAGAGAUUAGAGGCAAUACAGAGGUUGGUGAAGGCAUGGGUUGCUAAAUUGGACCAUUGCGUAAGGCCAAAGGAGGAGGUUACAGAGAGCAGACGAGAGGCAUCAGUGCAAUUGGGGUUGUUGAUUGGGAUAUUGAAAUCCCCAAGUAUAAGGGAAGGAGUGCUAGAUGAGAGGAAGUGGGGAAGCCAGGAAGAAAAGUGCUCGAUGAAUAGUCUAGGAUAACCGAGGGGGCGGUAGAUGAUAGCAAUUCUUAAAGGAGUUGGUUUAAAUAGGCAGACAGUGUGAACUUCAAAAGAAGAAAAGGAUAGGGGUUGAGUUAUAAUUGGUUGAAAGGUACAUUGAGGGGAGAGAAGGAUGCCUACGCUGCCUCCUUUACAGUUAAGUCUGGGAGUGUGAGAAGAAACUGUGAAAAGGCUUUGCAGACGAUCAGGCUUGCUCACUGAAGUAAUGGGCUUGCAAAGUUGGGGAAUCAGGCUGUUGAAUAAAGAGAUGUGAGGGUCAGAGAGCUUGCAAUAAAGGUAACGGAGGGGGAUAUGUAUCUAGGUACAGAGAUGAAGAGAUGGAUAUUCAAAUAAAACCAAACAUAUCAAUAAGAGAAGGGAGGGGUCAGAGGUCAGUCACAAAUCAGAGGGGGAAUAGAGGACUGCAUAUAGGUGAAUAAAACAAUUACAUACAGGGCUAACACAACUACACUUUAGUAUAACAGACAAAAUAUAAAUGCAAGAAAAUAUACAAUGUACACAGGAUAUCUAAAAUAAAAAUAAAAUGUACCGGUGGUUAAGUUAAAAAUAAAUUAAGGUGUGCAGGAUAGAGUCUUAGUGUGGUCUUCCAGAAGGCUACUUUUGCAGACGAUCAGGCUUGCUCACAGAAGUAAUGGGCCUGCAAAGUUGGGGAAUCAGGCUUUGCAGACGAUCAGGCUUGCUCACAGAAGUAAUGGGCUUGCAAAGUUGGGGAAUCAGGCUGUUGAAUAAAGAGAUGUGAGGGUCAGAGAGCUUGCAGUAAAUGUUCUCUUGAUCUUAGAGAUACAAACCUGUACAAAUGGCAUUAUUACAAUUUUUGUUUCCCUGUCCCUUCACUGCCUUGUGUGCGCGCAAUUUUUAUAUCCCCAUCUCAGCAAGGCAGUGUUUAAAACAUGGCUGCUUAAUGGGUUCACACAGUCAAAAGUUAAAGGACCACUAUAGUGCCAGGAAAACAUACCGUCAGGGUCGCACUCCCGCUGCGCUGAAGGGGGAGGAAGGGGUUAAUCCCUUACCUUUUUCCAGCGCCGGGCUCCCUUGGCGCUGGGACUCUCCUCCCUCUUCUGACGUCCCUGGCUGAAUGCGCAUGCGCGGCAAGAGCUGCGCACGCAUUCCUCCAGUCCAUAGGAAAGCAUUCUCAAUGCUUUCCUAUGGACGCUGGCAUCUUCUCACUGUGAAAAUCACAUUCUCUGAAACUGCGAUGUUUACAGCAGAAAGGGUUAAUACUAGAUGGACCUGGCACCCAGACCACUUCAUUAAGCUGAAGUGGUCUGGGUGCCUAUAGUGAUCCUUUAAGUGUUUGUAGUUCUUUGUAUACCAAUGGCAUUUACCAUUGUAACGGCACUUCUUUCCUACCAUAUGCCUUUUUAGGGCACAGAUAUAAACUAUAUGUAAAGCAAUGCAACCCAUUUGAAUAGAUGAGGUUUAUAUUCUCUCUAUUUUUUUUUUUAUUUUUUUUUUAAAAUGUAUUAACUUUUUUUUCUGUUCUACUUGGACUCCUAGACUGAACACACCUGAAUCAAGUUACCUUUUGACUACCUGGAUCCAGAAAAAGUAUAGCACUAGCUACUAGAUGUCUAAAGGGACACUCCAGCACCAUAGCUUCAUCGUCAUUAAGUUGUUAUGGUGCAAGGAGGUCCCAGGCGCUGGCUUACCUGAAGAGGUUAAUCCAUUAACUGUUUAACCCCAAAGCAUUCGUGCCCGUCGCUGUACAGCUGUAACUCCACUCUGUGUUUGAGCAUUCAGCCAGUAAGCCUCAGACCAGGCGGUGCUGAGUGUGUCCGUGUUGUAGUGCAGCGGUUGGCAUUAAUUGUUUAACACCUUCAGGUUAGCCAUCACCCCCGUUCUGCAUUAAUUGUAGAUUUAAUAAUUGGAUAUUAAAAUCUUCUACAAUCCUUAAAAUAAAGUCCCUUUCUGGGAAUUCCUGAUGACCUACGCUGCUAGAAUAUCUCCUUAGUUCUAUAAGUAUAACAAUGAAGCACAAAAAUAUAAGAUGGAAUUAAUAUUUAAGUGAAUCUUUAGGAGAAUUACUUCAAAGUUCUCACCAUGCUCCCAGGCCCAUUACAGCAUUGCAUAUUGAAGACGGACAGGACAAAGUAGCUUUUGUGUGUGUUACCAAAGGAAUAGAUGCCGCUCUGUGAUUUGAAAGUCAAGACCUACUUGCUGUUUACAUCGAUCUCAAAGCACAUUGGCUUGGAAGAGAUCCCUUACCUAACUAUUGACAAUGUAAAAUAGUACUGGGCCACUGCACAUUGCCUUCUUCCACUUCCUGAUUAUACAUCGAAAAACAUCCACAUGUGGACAUAUCUCAGUGAGACUGCAAGUAUUGGACUAACUUUUACAGAAGAUGAGAGGACAGCGCCUAAUGACUCAUUUCAUUAUAAUUACUUACGUAAUCUUUAGUGGAUAUGAUCAAAUAUAAAAGUUUUGGUGCUAUUAGAUUACAGGACAGAGUAGCUAAGCCUAGCAAAGUAGACAACCCACUUUUCUCGUCAUUACUCACAGGAAUAGAAUUAGAAUUUCAGCCUUUCUACUCGUUUUCAGUCAGGUGUUACCUUUCAUCAAUCACACAUAGUAAAUGUGCGACAGUAAAUGAAAAAAGGAGAAAGCCACAGGGUUUAGACAUUUAAAAAUAUCCGGUACAGUCAUAGAAGCUGGAGGCACAUCACACUAGGUCAACAUCCAGAGUGCUAAAGGUUGCCUACCCCUGCACGAAGUUGUUUUUCAUUAACACUUAUCACUGAUCUGAACUAGUGUUAAGAGAGUUUAAAAAUUAUUCAAAAUUCAUGUAUCUCUUAAAGGGAUACUGUAAGCACCAAAACAAGUUUCACUUAAUGAAGUAGUUUUAGUGUAAAGAUCAUGCACCUGUAGUCUCACUGCUCAAUUUUCUGCCUUUUAAGAGCUAAAUCAUUUAGGUUUCCUUGUAUACAAUCCUAGCCAAACCUUACCUGGCUGUAACUCUCAAUAAACCUCCAUGGAAAAAAAUGAUUUCCUUUUUAGUCAGAUGUGACUGCACAGUGUGUCCUUUAGAGGUUAUCUCCUUUUGUGUUAAUUGAACUCUAAUCACACACAAAACUAAAUUUGCAAAGUCCCAAUAUAGACAAGUUCAUUUUUAGACCUGUGCCUGUUAGUGUCAUUGAAAAACAUCUUAAUAAUCUAAAAAUGAAAAACCAAUCCGGACCUGAUCAAAUCCCAGCAAUGCUGUUGAAGCUCAGUGCGCCGGCAAUUGCUAAACCCGUCGCAACUCUAAUUAACGAAUCCUUGGUGUCUGGAUACAUACCCAAACUUUGGAAGACUGCGAGAGUAGUGCCUAUCCAUAAAAGUGGUGACACUACUUUGGUUUCUAACUAAGGGAAAAGAUUGUACAGCAAAUGCUGAUGCCAAUAAUUGAUUAUGGGGAUGUAGUAUCUGCAUCUGCAUCGCAAUCCCACAUUAAUAAACUCAACACAUUGUAUAACUGGUUCUGCCGAUUUGUGCUACAAUGUAAUUACAGGACCCACCAUUGUGACAUGCUAAAAGAACUAAACUGGCUGUCGCUGGAAUCCAGACGCAAUCUUCAUCUUUCCAGCCUUGUGUUUAAGAGCUUUUCUGGGAAACUCCCACCCUACCUGACCACAAUGCUUUCCUCAGCUGUUCCCACUUCCUAUAACGUCCGAUCCAGUACCAACACUUUACUUAAUCUACCCGAUCCUCGUUCUCCUACAGAGCACCGCAAUUGUGGAACGACCUCCCGCACAAUUUAAAAUCUUCCCUAAGCCUAAAGUCCUUUAAGAGAUCCCUCUCUACAUACCUCAAAACAGAAUGCACCUGUCUUGGUUGGUUAUAUAUUUCCUGUCUGUUCUAUGUUAAAUUUUGUAUUUAUUAUGUAUUAAUAUUGUUUUUGUAUUUUAUUGUACCCUAAUUGUAACAAUGCAAUGAUUUGUGGACCCGGGACAUACAUUGAGAUUUCUCUUGUUUUCAAGUAUCUUUCCUGGUAAAAUAUUUUAUAAAUAAAUAAUCACACACAGGAGACUCAUGGAAUAAUCUAAAUUAAUCAGACUGUGCAAUAAAUUAAGUUUAAACAUUAAAUCUCUCUUUACAGGAAAUAUGUAGGGAGAUAAGGAAGGCCACAAGCAGGGGAGCUGUGGCUAGGGAUGCAUAAAGAAGAGAUUUACCUCCUAAAUGGCAGAGAAUUGAGCAGUAGUUAGACUACCAGCGCAUGCUCUACACCAAAACCACUCCAUUAAGCGAACGUUGAUUUGGUGCUUGUAGUGUCCCGGUAAUACUAUAGUCACCAGAACCACUACAGCUUAAUGUAGUGCUUCUUUAUCCUGUCCCUGUAGGCUUUUCAAUGUAAACAUUUCCCUCAGAGAAAAGGCUGUGUUUACAUUGCUGUCUAAUAACACCUCUAGUGACAGCAGUACCUACAUUUAGCAUUGCCGCAGUCUGCAUGGAGGCUUGGAAUGUUCCCCAAUCGAGAUGAUUAGUGGUCCUUUAAAUCAUAGUGCCAGGAAAACAUACUCUUUUUCCUGACACUUUAGUGCUCUGAGGGUCCCCCUCCCGCCGGGCUCUAGGGGGUGGAAGGGGUUAAACUUACCUCUUUCUCCAGCGCCGGGCGGGGAUCUCUCCGCCUCCUCUCCUCCUCCUCGGCUGAAUGUGCAAGAGCCGCGCACGCAUUCAGCCAGUCUCAUAGGAAAGCAUUCACAAUGCUUUCCUGUGGACGCUGGCGUCUUCUCACUGUGAUUUUUCACAGUGAGAACCGCAGAAGCGCUUCUAGAGGCUGUCAACGAGACAGCCACUAGAUGCUGGAUUAAUCCUAAUAUAAACAUAGCAGUUUCUCUGAAACUGCUAUGUUUAUAGAAAAAAGGUUAAACCUAGCUGGACCAGGCACCCAGACUACUUCAUUAAGCUGUCUGGGUGCCUAUAGUGGUCCUUUAAUGCAUCUCUAUGAGGUGAUGCUGAUUGACAUUUUGUUGUGCAUCCACAAAAGCCUCCUAGUGCUUUUCGAGGGGAAAGUAUUGGCUUGGUUGAGAUCAUCAAGAUUGAUGGUGGGUCCAGCCAUGACAAGGGAAAAAAAGGUUAGUAAAAGCACGUUUCCCAUGCGAACAGAGGGGGGGGGGCGGUAACCCGGAGAGGUGGCUCCAAGGCACUGCAGAGAACAUUAGUGGUUACGAUGCUUGGAGAAUUCCUUCAAAGCUGCCUUGUGUAGUUGCUGCUUUAAAAUGACAUUGUUGAAUUUCGUUUUCACAAACUCACACAUGUACAAGUAAUAUUUUUCUAUUUUCAACAGAUGGUUUUUAACAUCUAAUAUAGGAAUGCUGGCAGCUGUUUCUUCCGUUGAAGAUGGUUUGAACUAAGCUUUGGCAAACAGUGCCUGUGUUUACUAAAAGUGGAAAAAUGGGAGAAAAAACCCUACAACUGGAAUUAAUAUAGAACAUGAAUGGAAUCUGAAUUUAGUCUCCAACAUACACUCUCUAUGUACUUGAGAAUAUAUAAAAUUAAUUGCAUGAUUCUAUAUUUAACUUCUUACCUGGAGUACUAAUUUAUUUAUUCCUACCUACGCUGAAAGGGUUUUAAUACUUUAUAUCAAAGAUGUAUAUACUACUUAAUAUGGUAUUUUGAGACCCUUACUGAUUUCAAACAGUUUGACCUAUUGUACAGCGCUACGGAAUCUGAUGGCCCUAUAUAAAUAAUAAAAUAUUUAAUCAUUAGACAUUACUCUUCCCCAACAAAACCUUUAACAAUUAAGCAUCAAACUCUCUUUAACAGGGAAAAUUGUGCUUUGUCCGAAAUGAUCCAUACGUUUUUCUUCUUCUAAUAUACACUGUUCAUUCCGAUUAAUUUUUUAUAAGAGGAUCUACAUUUGACAUGCAGCACAAUGUAUUCUCCUUCAUCCAAGCAUGAUAGGGAAGGUGCCUAUAUCCUUUUAGAAUAUUUAUUGUACUUUCUAUUGUGUUUUUCUUAUCUACUUUUGGGUUACUAGUUUAUAUUUUAUUGUCUCCCAGCUUUUAUAAAGUGCACAAUUUAGAAAUGGUGCAUAGCACACACUGCAUGACUAACAUUCUUCAAGAUUUCGUAUUUUGGAUAACUCACUCUGUCUCAAAUUACUGGUUAGUCUGGGCAUGCUAUGACAAUAUUCCACUCUCACAGAUCGUCUUAAAGUUGCUCUGUCGCUGUCUGAAAUCUUAGCAUAUUUUGCAAAGACCCUGAUAGUUACUACUCCGCUUGCAGUGUGGGGGCCGCAGGAAAAGAUGCAUUUUACUUACCUGAAGCUGUCCAUCGUGACCGUCUUCAUCCAUUCUGUUUGUCGCAUUGGCUGUAUUGACCACAAAGGAACAAUGUUGCUUUCGGAAUAAAAACAUGUAUUCCUGUUCAAUGUUUAGGUGCCCAGGAUGCCUCCGAGUACAUGAAAAGGGUGAGUUUCUUACCUCUUCACCUACGGUGUGCUGCUGUCUCUGUGAACCAUAGGAAAGCAUUAGAAGGCUAGUGCGCAUGCACUGCAAAACAUGCUCCACCAAUCAGCAUUUCCUCUUAGAGAGGCAUUGAAUCGGGGGCGUGGAGACGCUGGACCCAGGAGGUCCCUCUAGUGGUUGGCAGCCGCUAGAGGUGUUACUAGGCCGCAAUGAAAAGGCAGCGAUUCCAGUGCUAAGACUGCAGGGACAUGCUGUACACCAGAACCACUGUAUUAAACUGUAGUUGUUCUGGUGACUACAGUGUUACUUUAAAUUUCGAAUUUACUUUGAAUGCUUGAAAAUGCUCACUUUAGUGACUAACUGCAAGUCUUUUUAUACAUCACGUGUGUCAAUGUAAUCUGUGAAGGUGCCUGAACACUAACAUUUUAAAGGGCUGCUAGGCUCUCGAGCAUUCAAAGUUGUAGUACUUACCUGUUGCUUUUAACAAGGAAACAUUAAAGCGAAGUAAGAAGGUACAUUACACGAUCACUACAACUGAAAUAAGCAAUUGGUGACUAGUAUGCCAAUAUGUUUUACACAGGUCACCAUACUGCUGCUGCAUUCCUUUGUAUGAUGUAAUGUGGCAGAUUCUGCUGGUCAAAGUAUCCAGAAUCACUUUGCGUGGCAGUGGCUUACCUUUAAACAUGAUAAGAAAGAGGUGCUUAUCAAGUAUUGAUAAGACAAACCGGUGCAUGGUACAGAUCUGGAUUUGAACUGUGCAUCCACUGGUUUGAGCAUGAUAGAAGUAACACAACCCAUCAGAUGUGCAGUUUGUCUUUUAUCGCAUUGCCACACUCACUGGUAAAAUUAUUAUUUUCAGGAAUUGUCACUGCAUUUCAGGAAUUGGUUAUGCAUAAAUACCAGUAAACCGGACACUCUGCUGAAAAUAAAAGAUCCACACAUAUUUAUAUUUUUGUUCAGCUGUAGCUUGAGCACAUAACUCUAUAUUAUUUGAAUGUAUUUGCUCUAUUUUUGCGACUGUCUUGGCAGCUGGGUUGUAAAAGUAUAAUUGCAUAAAAACUAUACUUUUACUCCAACCACCAUAACCACUUCAGUGAUUUGAAGUGGUCAUUGUGGUAAGAGAAUGUAUGUGCAGUGUUUGUGCUUGAAACACUGCGCAUACAGAGAUAUUAGUAUUUCUUAAAGAUUUUAGAGCGAUCUGAGUGGGGGGGACAUCCUCCAUAGUGCCCAAUAGUACAUUUUGCACCAAAAAGGUCCCCUUGCUCCAAAGGGUUAAAGUAACCACUUAAAUACGAGCCAUGUGAAUGUACGGCAGAGGAAUAUUUGAGAAGCAAUACUGGUAGAUGUGUUUUAUAAUUAAUUGUUGUGGUUAAAUGAUUAUUUGGUAGCUGCUGAAUGAUAUCCGUUCUGUACUCCUGCCCACAGCUCCUCAAACUGAACGAGAGGAAUCCAAAAAUUGCCCUCUUGUGCCUUUUAAUUUAGGAUGUGAAUCAGCCAAUUCUGGUGGUCUCUAAAACUGAGCACACACUAUAAAGCAGUGUGUUAUGGACACAGCAAUGGAUUCUGAAGGUUGUAGCUAGAUUACAGCAAAACUGCAAGAUGUGUCAGAAUGCUCUAGAACUGUUAGAGCCCACUAUAGUUAGGACAUACUGAAACAUCCUAACGUCGUCAAAGUGUUAAAGAAGAACAAUUAUUGUAUAUCACAGUUGGCACUACAGAUGUUUUACAUUGCCAAAUAAGAAGUAAAUGUGUGUUGAUGGCUAUCUAACCACUGCCAACAGUGUAAGAUUUAAUUUGUAAGUUUCCUCGUUGUAGCAAAUUUCUUUUUUUAUUUUUAUUUUUUUUUAUUUAAAGUACUAAUUUCUCAUGGCCUCCUCUGUUUUUGAAUUUUAUGUGAACAUUGACUUCGUAUGAAUUUACCUCCAUUCAAUUUGUUGACCUAAGUUGUUCAACACGAACCUUAUUAUGGAGAAUUUGGGAGGAAGUGGAUACUGAGUUGCAUUAUAGUUCCUCAUUUUUAUCUUGUUAUAUUAUGUCUAGCAGUCACAAGCAUUUAUAUUUGCAGAAUUUGAAAAUACAUUGUGAAAUUUAUAUUUAUACGACACUACACCACAGCAUGCUUGAGUGGUUAUGAUGCCAUAUGGAGCUUCUGCUUACUGUCCUGAACAAUGGAGUAGAGGGCCAGCUUGGCUCGUUCCUUUUAACGUGUUGCUAAUUUCAGCGUAAUGGAACUAGUUGUUUUAUAAAAUUUAAACGUUAUCUUCUGGUAACAAAGGAAAUAACAUGCAUACUAUCUGCUAAGUUUCUUUCUUUCUUUUUUCCCAAAUACUUAGUGAUUUUUGCCAUGCCUCACAUGAAUCUGAAUUUAAAGGAACCCUGUAUGGUCGGGAACACAAACCUGUAUUAAUGACCCAAUAAUGUUAAAAUCACCAUCAAGCCCCCCUGCACUUUCCUUACCCUUCCUAAAUAUGGUAAAAUCUUACUUUUGUUUGAAUCUGCAGCUGCUGGCUCUGUCCCUGAUCUGCCUGCUUGGUUGACCUAAUCAGAAGUGGUUCUCUGAACCAAUCACAAUGUUUUCCUUAUGGUUGGCUUGAAUCAAUGCAUCUCUAUGAAGAAGGUUCAGUGUCUCCAUGAAGAGGGUGGAGACACUGAAUGGCAGUGCUGCCCCAGGAAACUCCUUUAGUAGCCAACUGAGGAGUGGCCUGUUGAGGUAUCCCUAGGCUGUAAUGUAAACACUGCCUUUUCUCCGAAAAAGUGUUUGUUUACGGCAAAAAUCUAUUUUUCAUUCACAAAGGUGGGUCCAUAUGGAGGUAUCACACCUAAUCUUAGGGCAAAGUUGUGAAGGUAAUGUACUCUCCCAAACCUAGGGCAGUGUCAUUAGAUCUGACAAACCCAUUGAUUUGUGUAUCUUACAUGAACAGGUGAGAUACAUUGUUGACCCAUUAUUGCUCACUACCCUGGGUGAGACUAGUACGCAAUUCACUCUUCCACACUUGAUAUUCUAUUGUUGAAACUGGCUCUGUUGUGUUUUUUUCUUGGUGUUUUCAUUUCCCUAUACCCUUUGCAUUCUUAUGGUUGUACUUCCUUUUUUGCCACGUGCCAAUCUUUAUAUUUAUUAUUUUCCAUCCUUGUGCUGCCAUUUUGUUCUCCUCUGUCCGUUAUGUCUGCAGUUUACCUUUUUGUGGAAUUUUUUUAUUUUUUUAUUAUUGGUUAUAAGUAUUAACAUACUACAUAUAAUACAUAAAAUGUUAGAUAUGUAAGAUUCAAUGACAAUAAUUCAACCAGAUCAAGAGAAAAAUACUACAAAACAAUUGUCAAAGUAAGGAACAAAUGCAUUCAAAUCUAAACAGAUCUAACAGUUCAAUUGUAAAACAUAUUCACAAAAAUACCCUACUUAUCAAAAAGCUUCCAAUGGUUCAAUUGUCAUUGCAAAUCGCAACGGAGCAAGAGGACAGCUCUGUCUUGUGUGGUUAUUUAUAGUAAAAAAAAUUAAGAAUUUAGCUUGACCCAUUACUUUAGCUUGAGGUGUAGCAUACACUGCCAUUGAGAAUUCUUUAAAAAAAAUACCUGCCGUCCAAAGUCCUCUGUUUCACAUAGGAAUUCCUAGCUGAGCCUAUCAAAGGCCUUCUCUGCAUCUGAGGCAAUACAAAACAUGGGGUUUACUGAUCGUUGAGUGUCAGAAAUAAGAUUAAGGAUCUUGGAAACCUUAUUCUCCCCAGUUCUGCCGCUAAUUAAACCCAGAUUGAUCCGGAUGUAUCAAAUUAGGUAUUACAAUUUUGUGUCUAUUUUUGAAAAUAUUUUAAUGUUUAGGUUGUAGCGGUGUAGUAGGGGUUAAUCCACGAUGUCGCCCCUGGUAGUCCGGUAAGCAGGUAAAACACAGGUAGCGUAAUAACAAUCCCUUAUUCCCAAGAACUAGACGACACAUAGCUUGGAGGUCAACUGUGCUUUUAUUCACAGGUCAUGGUAUUUAUGCAGUUCCCCAUGCAAGGGGUUUACAAACUGGUAUUACAAGGGUUUUAAUUAAGGGGACUGUGUGGGAAACUGACCCUGCAAGGUCUUUUCCCAUCAGGCCAUGCUUUACAGGAGAGAGAAUUGUGUAAGAAUGUACUGAUAAUCACAUUAUCUCUCCGUACAGUAAACCAUUAAAAUCCAUAACUUGUAAAAUAGUGAGAGGAAUUAGUCGAGUGACCCUUUAUUUUAUAGCUGGGAUCUGAGCGCAUCGUCAGGUGAAUUACUGCUCAGAUCCCUGCAGAAAUAAACGAACGCCAUGUGAAAUACAAGUUUAGGUGAACAGACAUUGUACCUGGAGAAUAUACGAAAAGCUUAAAUCUACCAAAAUUAUUAUUUGCACAAACAGCCUGGAAGUCCAGCGGUGUUCGGUAAGUAGAGUAGCCGAUUUUAGUUCAAGGCAGUUGGCGACCAAAAACCGCUGUGAUUUCGUGAAUAAAGAUGGCCGCCAGCACGUGUUCGGUAUACGAACGGCGGCCACCCACCAAACCCAUGAAUAAACUGGAGAUACAUUGUUGCAGUAGUUAAUGGGAGACACAUGACCCCCGUUGUGUGGUCUCCCAUUCAGCAGUUUUUGUUUGUUUCACGAACAGUGUUUGAAAAUCACUGUUCGUGGAACUCCAAGCGGAAUGAUGGCGGCAUUCGUAUGCUCUAUACAUAUACAUGUAAUAAAAGGGGGGAAAAAACGAAACUUUUUACCCACAUACAUUUCUUAAGUGGCUAGUUUUGUCACAUAGGUUGAUAAAUUAAAUGGGUCUAUAGUUUGAACCGUAGUUGGGAUCCUUCCCUAUCUUCGUUAUAGGACAUAUUGAGUCUUGUAAAAUUUCAGAUGGAAAACCUCUCUUUAUUCCUAUAGCUCUAUAAACUCUUGUAGUGAACUACCACUCUUCUUAAGAUCAGAGCCAAUUUUAAUCAAGUACCCCCUUAAGGAUCACCUAAAGGAACACUCAAGGCACCUUAAUAACUUCAUCUAAAUAAACUUGGUUUGAUGCAAGGAGGCCCCCAGGCCCACUCUUACCUCAAAGUCUCAAAAGGUUUGAUGCAAAAGUUACCUCAAGCACCGAUCUCCGCUCCCCCAGGUGGAAAAGGUAAGUUUCUUUCCAAGCAAGUUUUGUGAAUGAGGAGUCAUUGAUAAGCUGAGAGCUUGUCACUGCAUGCUUCCUGAAAAUAAUAUUUCAGAACCAGGAUGCCACCUGCCAGGGAAGCUGAGACUGGCGCAGGAGAUCACUUUGGAAUUAAACUGUUCGAACUUUGUAUUACUAGCACUAUAGUUUUUCAGAGAAAAGACCGUGGUUAUAUGGAUGCAAGGAGGCCCCCAGGCCCCCUAUGGACCCUUCCCUGGCAGUCACUAGAAGUACUUCCUGGGUCAGCUUGGAGGUGCUGAAGUCUCCACAUAGCCAUACAUUGAGUCAAUGCAUAUACUGAUUGGCUAGCGCAGUGUUUUGCUGCGCAUGUGCAAUAGCCUUCCAAUGCUUUCCUAUGGGAAAGUAUUGGAUUGGCUGAAAUCAUCAAUUCUGAAGAUCUCUGCCAAGGAGGCGGUUCGAAGGUGGAGCCAGCACCGGUGUACCAUUGCUGCACUGGAAUAAAGGUAAGUUGUCUACUUUUUUAAGUUGGGCAAGUGGAGCUGGACAGCUAAAUAGUGUUUUAACUGACCCUAUAGUGUACCUUUAAGUUUUGUAAUAUGUUUCCUGUUCAUAAGAUGUAUAUUUUGUAGAAUUGUGGGAUUUUAAUCUUAUAUUUGUGGGAUGACCACAAAGUUUGUGAAUGGCCAGAUCUGCUUCAAGGACAUUAAAACUUUUUUUUUGCACAUAAUGCCUACCUGUGGCAUACACAGAGCUAUGUUGUUUGACCAUGCCACACACUGCAGAACCCAUACUCCUACUACCUCUUUCAUGCUGGUGUUUUAGCAUUAAAAGUUUAAAAUUUGCUUGUGUUUUAAUUAAAGUGGAACUGUCAUUUUCGGGGGUCUUUGACCGGAGAGGUCACAUUUGAAAACAUGCACAGUCUUUUUCUUGCAAACUUCAUCGGCUCCUGGAACUUGAUUUUCCAGGAGACGAUUCCAUAAUGUAUUCGAGCAUGCUCAAGGCACAUCACGGAGGACCAUAGAGGAGCGUCCAUAGAUCACAUCUUGUGAUGAGUGAGAUGAUUCCUGAAUCACAAUUCAGUUACUUGUGAUGGCUUCAGGAUUGGAACAAAAGUUUACUGGGAGAUUUGCAUUUUGUCAGCCUCGGGUUUGCGAGUAAGACAAAGUAGUGCCUCCUUUGUCUUACAAUAUCUGUAGAUUGCCUUCAAAUUUCAAUAAAAUUCCAAUACAGGCAAAAUUAGUAUUUCAUAAAGAUGAAAUACUUCAGAGUAACUGAGCUGCUUAAACACGGUUUCAGUAACAUGCCACCAUACUUGAACUACACCACUUGAACAAAUCUUACCCGUUUAGGCCAAUUUAAACUGAGAUAUUGCAGCACAUAUAGAUGUUUUAAUUUUUGUGUUUGUUAGAAGCAAGAAAGAAAAAAACUAAAAAAAAAAAACUAAAUAAAACAAAAACAUUCUGGUGUCCAAAACUGUGUAUAUCCUCCUUCCUUCGCUUCAAAAAUGGCAGGCAGGGUCCUGUUGUAUGGGUUUAUUUGUAUAAUUGUAAAUCCUGUGCAGACGUGUCCGACUUUGCAUACUCACUUGUGUAAUUGGUUCUAUUGCCGUUUGUGUUUUGAGUGCAGUUUGCUUUUUAUUGCCUGUGCCAUUUUCUCUACUAGUAUUUCUCCAGAGGUUUAGAUUUGUAGACACAACCACGAAGAAGCUUGGUUAGUACACAAAACACCAAAAUACUUGGCACACCUAUUGGUUUAUUUUCUCUGUUUAUUCAAACACCAGUUACAUGGUGCGGACAGGAAUAUCUCCAUUGAUGUGUUAUAUACUUCUUUUGUAAACAUACAACCCUUGCAACACCUUUGAUUUGAGCAGUGCCUCCACCAUGUUUGCACGUCUUUCUGAACUGAUGUCUGUUCUCUCCACCAGCAGACAGGAAGUAAAGUGACCUGUUGGUAUAGGAUGGGGGCGUUUUCUGCUCUAGAUAACUUACAUUGAAGGACAAGGGCACUUUUUAAACACUCAGUGGGACACUGGUUUAAUGUGCAUCGAAAAUCUGACCUCAUACACUUACAGCAUAAUAUUUCUAAACAGAUAUCUAACAUAAACACUGUACCUUUACUCUCACAAUGCUGAGUGCUACUCGCUAGACAUUCUGGGGUGAUCAUGCAAACUGUGUCUGAGGGCACGGACACUGACCGUAGUGACUUCAGGUUAGUAUUUAUUAUUCAAAUGGUUUCAGGCCAUUUCCCUAGAACUUUAUAGUUGGAUUUUCUUUCUUUAAAUUGCAAUAUCACUUGUUGAGUUUUUGCUUGCUGGUGUGUGGCAGUUAGUUACUUAGCUGAAGUUCUCCUUUGGUGCUGCAACCCACAUGUAAUUUCUCGCUGAAAAUUGUUUCAAAGACCCUUAUCGCUGUAUAGAAUGUUCAGGCCUACACAUCUAUUGGAGAUUCCUGUACAGACUGCUGGUGACGUCUCCAAUAGAUAUAUGGUUAAUGUGAACUGGACAUCUACAUGCUUUAAGCAAGGGGACGUGAUCUAGUUUGUGUGUUUGUUGUUUUUCCCUUUUUUUUUUUUUUGCAAACCUAUAAAAUAAAAAGCAUUUGGCUUGUGUUCAUUUGUGGCAAGAUUUCAUUGUACAUCUCUGUUUUACGGACAAGACAGUCCAGUUUCUGGCACCGUUUGAUCUCUAGUAAUUCCAAAAUAAACAGUGAAAAUAAACUGAAGUGACGGUUUCUCUAGUAUACAUUGUUCUUUUUUUAUUUGCUGUAAAAUUUGGCAAGAUGAAGACACUUACUAAUGUUUUUGUUUUGUUUUUGCGUGGUAAUGUCUUUCAGACUUAAUCCAGUGCACAAAUGAGAUGAAUGUAAACAUCCCCCAACUGGCCGACACAUUGUUUGAGAGAACGACCAACAGCAGCUGGGUGGUGGUCUUCAAAUCCCUCAUCACGACCCACCAUUUGAUGGUGUAUGGCAACGAGGUAAUGCUGGUUUACAAGUUAAUUAUGAGACGUGUUUGCACUGAAUUGCUUUAGACAGUAGGAGGUUGAAAGACGUUCUGUGCUAUUUGCUUUACAUUAGUACAACCCAGGUCUUCUGCAGGAUCGCUGACCUUCUUUUGUUGCUGGGUUUGAUCCAUAAUUAGAAUUAUAAGCUCUUCUGACUUCCUUUAAUUUUCAAAACAAAAACUUUAUUAGCAUCACAAAUUGGCAACCUAUUGACGUUCUAGGCCUUGCAAACUGAGAUUUCAUAGCCAGCCUUCAUAAUAUGUGAUCAGUGUACCGGUAUUCCUUAGUGGCAGCCGGUGACUAUUAAUUUGGACAAACUCGACUCCUUAUUUGCAUUUUACGGAGAAAUUUUAAGCUUUUUAUAGAUCACCACUUCGGAUAAGAUAUAAAAUGUUAAAUCUGACCGUUCUUUCAGACAUACCAUAUGAGCUGGAAAUUAAAUAAGCAAUGUGUGCGCAUAUAAAUAAUAUAUGUUCGUUCCUUUCAAGUGUGAAACGCAUUCAGGUACAAACUGUACGGCUUGCAGUUUUUUCCCCAUUUCUUCUCGAGAUGCCAUGUGCAAAAAAAAUCUUUUGGUUUUAUUACAUUUCACCACUGAAUUAGCAAAAGCUGCUUUGAUGUAGCGACUUGUAUGCCAUUAGAAGAAAACAAAAAAGAAAUGACAUGCCAUUUAUUUUGUGAUCUAAGCAAAGAAAGUGAGAUUUACAUGUGCGUCUUUGUUUCACAGGGGAGACAGUCUGGUUUUUGGCACCGUUUGGGCUCUAGUAAUUGUGGAAACCAAAAAGAAAAAGGCUUUGAUUGAGAUCAAAAUGUAAACAGAACUAAUCAGUCAAAUGUGUACUUCUAUUGGACAGAGUGAAAUAAUUACAGCAGACAGUCCUGAAUGUACUCACACUAUGAACAAAAUACAGGUUGACGUAUAAUGCAGGAAACACUUAAAAUUAGUUUUGGUUUUCAUUUAUAUAUACACAGCCAUCUAUUCUAGUUAUUGCUGGUCAAUGACUCUUAUGUGGUAUGCUUGCAGAACAUGCACACAUUCUGGUGCCGUCACAUGUAAGCUCUGCUUUUAGGAGUUUGGGGAAAUUGUGCAUUCUGGGACUUGCAGUUUCCAAGUCCCAUGGAAUUAUACUAUGUCUGAGCAUAUAGACUUUCACAUGCAGUAAAAAUACAUUAUCUUUAUUUUAUUAAUAAAGACUAAUUAGGAAAGUUUUUUUUUUUUUAAUACCUUCUCUAUAUUAAUUUCUCAAGCUGUGUACCAAAAUGUAAAUAAAGUGUUGGGUUCUCUGUAUUGUGACCAGUCCGUGUGCUCUCACGUAGCCAAGUGGCUCUGUAAAGCAUAAAUAAUGGAAGUUGUAAGUCAGCUAUUCACAUUAUAUUAAUAAGCUGAGCAGUUAACACUUGUAGUGAUGUCCUGGACGGUUCGCCGCAGACCCUCCCUCCCAGACCCUCCCACCUCCUGGACAGCAUCCAUUUUGAAGCUGCAUUCUUAGUGAGCUGUCCAGGAGGUGGGAGGGUCUGGGAGGGAGGGUCUGCUGCUGAUUGGCUGGAAUGUGUCUGCUGACUGGAGUCCGUGGCGAACCGUUCGGCGAACUGUUCGGGACAUCACUAUACACUUCACUUUUUUUUUUUUUUUUAAACCUAGGCUAUGCAAACACUGGGGAACAGAUUUCCAUUCGUCGUUUUUUUAGUAGAAGCUUAUAGCUGUCGGCUAUGCCUCUGCAACAGUGCAAGAAAUGCUACUGACCCAAUUUCUGUGACCUUAAAGGGUCAUUUCAGGCUUUAGGAAGUGCUGCCCAGACAAAAAAGUGACCAGCCAAUCCAAUUGCUCACAUCAUUCCUUUGACUUAUUAUUAUUAUUAUUAUUAUUAUUAUUAUUAUUAUUAUUAUUAGUAGUAGUAGUAUUCAAUAGUAAAAUGGUGUGGCACUCUAGGUAAAUAGAAAGAAUGACCCAAAGUACAGCCUGGCACAUUGUGGUAUGAAGGACCGCUAGCUCCAAAUAAGCUGUCAAUCACAGUGGAUCCACAGGUUCAACAGGGCAGGAACUUCAAAUGGGAUUUAUUAGAAAUGGGAACAGGACAAUGUUUUGUAUUUUUAUUUGUGUGUUUCUAAUAACUCAUGUUUGAAGUUUCUACUUUUGCUUAUUAGUAUUAGUAGAAUUAGUAUUGGCAAUUAUAUAGUGCCAACAUAUGCUGUAGCGCUUUACAAUUAUAGAAUGGCGAUAUUUAAUCAAAUGUAAUUUUACACACAGAAUAGAACAGAGACAACAGGUGUGAAGAAGGCGUACACUUUGUAUUCUCUAUGUAAGCGUAGUGGUUUCUGGAGGUUGUAGUUCAGUUAUGAGAUUUUUACUUAUGAAAUCUGUUAGCUGAACUACAAUUUACAGAAAUGUAUGUUUGUGCUUCUUGAUGACAUAACUGUCACUGCAGGAUGAUAGGGACCGUAAGGAUUGCCUUAUAAAGCAGAUACGUACCAGAUGCAUUAAUCCGUUAGAUAUAAAUAUUCUGGAUUGGGGAUUGGGAUUUAGGAGGCCGGUACGUUAAGUUAUAGAAUGUUGCAACAUAUUUCGUUAUAUAGUUUCCAAACAAAUCUAACUCUGUCAGGGCCGGACCGGGGAUACAAAGCAGCCCUGGAAAAAAAAAAAUCUAUGCCAGCCCCAUAAGUCAUUGCGCCAUAUAUUGUCACGUGUACUAGGUAAGGCUAUGUCUUGCCAGCCCAUAUGAUUGAGUAAUAUAUAAACACACACAUAUAUAACAUAAAUAUAUAUUUCAUUUCUAAUAUAAAAUAUUGGUCCUUUCAGAGUAAAACUUUAAUUAUACAGUAAGCAUUCUCACAUGCAGACACAGACAAUCUCACUGACACACACAAGUUCAUUGAUGCACAGCCUCAUAGACAAACAAUCUCACUGAUAUACAUAAGCUCACUGACAUAAAAAUACAAGCUCACAGAUGCACACACAUAGGCUCACUGACUCACACAGACAAGCUUAUUGGUAUACACACAAACGUAGUACAAACAAAUUCUGACACGCACAAGCUUUCUACAGACACGUUCACUGUCUCACACACGUUCACUACUGAAAAGCUCACUGACACACACAAGAUCACUACAGACAAGCUCUCUGUCACACAAAUGCUCACUACAGACAAGUUCUCUGACACACACAUGCUCCAUACAGAAAUGCUCACUGACACAGAAAGGUUUGUAAUAAACAUGGUCUAGAUAUUCUGUGGCAACCCUUUACUUUUUAUUGCGAACGAGUCAUUGGCACAAUGCCACACCUCCAAUGGAAAAGAUAUGAUGAUAUGCUUCUAAAACCUCGCUUUAGAUGGAUCUGGUUAUAUAUGCAGUGGAGAACCUCAGGCUUUAUCAAACUGUUACAAAACAAUGUGACAGAAUUCAUGAGUGGUAUGCACAGAUUAGUAGAGCCAUAACCAGUGACACACGUACACACACAAGCUCAUUCACUAGCAGGCAUGCACACACACACACACACACACACACACACAAUGACACACACACACACAAUGACACAGACGCGUGCACACAGACACCAUGACACAGACACUCAUACUGACAGACUGAUUCACACAUUUCUACCUGUGGGGUCCAGUGGGCGACCGGCCAGGGGAUUGUGCAGGCAGGCGGCAUGCUGGGUGGUCGUGCCAGCGUGCAGCUUAAUGAGACCAGGGCCGGAAUAUGACGUCCUAUUCCGACCCCUGUCUCACGAAGUAGCGAUAGAGGGCGGGGGAGCAUAGCAGAGACAGCACAGGUCUCCCUACGGCCGCCAGCAGCCUAAUUGCGGCCACACCAGCUGUCUGUCUGGCCCCAGGUGCCGCGGCCCACCGGGAAAUUUCCCGGUAUCCCGGUGGGCCAGUGCGUCCCUGAACUCUGUAUAACAAAUGGCGGGAUAGUAUAAUGUAAGGGCCCAGUACUGUACUUAAUACAGGAUCUUUAAUUGUUCUGGAGUUAUUGCAGUGGGUUAAUUUAAAACUGCUCUGUCACCUUUGGUCACUUGAUGAGUAUAGAAGAUAAAAUUGUUGAUGGCAAUCAAAAGAUAUCGCAAGACAAAGUUCGAAAUACUUGAUUGCUUACAAUAACGCUUUAUGAGGGACAAUUUAACCACCACUGGUUUCCCUGAUAUGCUAAUGGAAUAUAUGUCCUUGUGUUCAAUAUCUUUGCGUCUGCCCAUUUUUCCUGCUUCAACACCUACAAUUCAAAAACUGACUUGCUGCCUAAUAUAUCUCACCCUGGCAGGUGCCCUUUUAACAAUGUGAGCAAUAUUAUUCAGUUCACCUGCCAAUGGUUUUAAUGUUGUGGCUGAUCAGUGAAUGUUAAGGGUUAAAUCACAUACCCACAUCUAUCUAAUAGUUUACAUCUUUAUAUAAAUAUGAACCUGUUAGUGUUAAAAAUCAACAUACUGGUCAAAAUAAAUAAAACUCAACCUUUCUCUUUAUAAAUGGAAACAAAUGGAACAUGUGGAUGGCCAGGUGUGUUGCCAUAAAACUGCUUAUUUUACAGAAACUACUAUAGCUUUCUAGACCUAUUCCGAUGCAACCUAUAGGACUAAUUUGACAUACUAUUAAUAAAUAUACCCAGGCAUUCGAACUCUAGUAUCCCAAUGGUCACCCUUUACAGAUGUUCAUUUGAGCCAAUCCUGGGUGUACCAGAUAUAUUACAAGAUUAUCAGAUGUCGGCAUUUCACACAAACAUUCCAUUAACAUUGGUUAAUUUCAUGUUUUAAACUAAAUAGCAGAAAAGAUCCCUUGUCAGUGCUCCAUAUCUAUGGUAACCACAUUGGUAACCCUACCAACCCUAGUCCUGAAUAUCCAAUUGGCCAACUAAUAACAUAUGAUCCCUGAUCUUGACAUUACAUUUGGCCAGUUUGUAUGCUGCCAGCAUUACCACGGUAUAUUUCAACUACAUGUGACAAUUUCAGAUUUGAAAUGUAUCUUCUGGUAAUUGACUUACAUGAGGACCUCUGUGUUUUCCUUCACAAGGCAUCAAAGCUCUUCGCUGUUAUUUCUUACAAGCCGGCAUCCCCAGAGGCUGUCAGUGUCACACAGUCACCUUCAUAAUGCUCUGUCUCUAAGCUAAAAAGCCACGUGGGACUCCUGUGUGUAUUGUUACAGUAACAAACCGCUUAGUCCUUCAAAAGAACAUAGCUUGUAAUAUGGAGGGGAAAAAAUUUAAAACCAGUCUUUAUAAAAAGGGAAACAAAUAUAAUACUGUGGUAGUGUAAUUCCAGCAUAUGUAUGAGUAAAUUUACUUAAAUUGACGUUCCAUCAUUUGUCAAAAUGUUUUGUAAGUGCUCAUGGUGUGCAUUGACUGGCUGUGAGCACUAGGGUAUGGAAGGAUUUAGCCCUGUUGUCAAUCCUUUGACACUGCCGAUUUUUACUCAGGGAGCAUCUAACCAGCAAAAUAAAACCAUUUAAUGCCAAUGUAGUGGUUAUAAUUGCAUGGCGUGUCUCUCUUAAAUGGAAAUUAAAGGGACUCUGAAUAUAGAGACAGCUCCAGGGAACUCCAGACACUAUAACAAAUUCAAUGAGAUGGUUAUAGUUUUAAGAAAAAAGGGAAAGCGGUGAAGCGCUUUUGUGAAACUGAUAGACAUAGAACAAUCAAAAGAUGGAAGGGUAUACCUUUAACAAUGUUCACUUUGAGAUAUCCAUAUGUACCUUUAAAUACAGAAAAAAUACACAACAUAGUGCAAACUGUAUAAUAAUAGGUGGUAAAGAUGAAAAUCAAAUGCCAAAUGUCAACUCACACUUUUAUGAGCUAAAAAACUUAGCUCAGGUUCUUGCGCCUUAGGGUCCAUUUAGACGACCAUCUCCCUCCUUUGUAUCCAAAUUUUCACAAGGUUGUAUCUUGAUUAGGUGCAGGUAGAUUAAAUAGUGGUUAUAGUGCCUACAGUUUUUUCCUUUAAGUGUUUUUUUUUUUUUUUUUUCCUAGAAACAAAAAAUGUUAGUCCCCACUAUUAACCUGUAGUCAGUUGUGCAGUAUUACGCUUUGGGAUGCAGAGGUUUGGUUAGUCUAGUAAAUUAACCCAUUCGUGUGUGUAGGCUUAAAGGAGCAUUCCUGUUUCAAUGAGAACACACAUUCCUAAACUGUAAACUAUUGGUAGGUCAGCAAAAAAAAAAACAUUUUGGGCCAAAAGAGCCAAAUUGGAAAUCUUCUCAAAAAGUCAGCUAUGUUUUCAGUUUGACUACUUUGGUCUAAAAUGUGAAAUUCACACGGAAUACUAUUUGAAUUUCUGACAAAUUCACACUUCAGAAAAUAAUACUUAGAAAUGUCAUCACUCUAUUUGUGGAUGGUAUGCUUUUCCUGGGUGAUUCUAAGAGAAAUUGUUCCAAACACUUCAGUAAAAUGUCUGUCUGGUUAUCCCCGGUCUAAUGCUUGUUAUGCUUUCGGAUUCUCUGUAUUAUAUUUAAAUAGUCCUUUGUGUCUCUUAAAUGUGUAGUAUAUAUUUAUUUAAUCAGGACAAUUCAGAUAGGAGCUCCUGUUUCAAAUGCGCCGGCUGACUUCAGCUAAAAAGCAGCCAAGCAAUAACUCAUUGCUAUAUUUAAAUUGUCGAUUUACUGGUAGCAUUUUCCAUCAGACUUCCCAAUAAGAUAUUAGAAAGGAUAUUGUGGUAGGCCGCAGAAUUGACAGAUGGAUGUUUACUUUUGGACUUGGCGUUGUUGAAUGUUUACUAAGAAACACACAGAAUCAGAUCUGUUCCCCUUUUUGGUAGCGUAACCAAUUUCUUUUAAAGUAAAUGUUCUUUUCUUUAUUAAAACUUAAUUUUCAUCCAUGAAAGCCCAUUCGAGGUCGUCGACUUUUAUUUCACAUUUAUGUGCAAUUUAAAAAGUUCCUCCUACUCCUCAUUGAGGCUUUGUUGGAAGUCUGCCAGUCAGUGGAUGAAGACUGGAGGAUCGCAGACUGUUGCAGAAUGUGACAUCUCGUACAGUGCACAAAUAUCUCAAUGGGGGGAAAUCCAGGAUGGCACGGACUAUAAUAACCGUUACCUGUGAUGUUCCGAAAUUUGCUGUAAAUCCUUGACCAGCUUUCACUACAGACUUUGCAAACCCAGAAAAUCACUCCGCCAAUACGAACACUUCUUUAACUUCCUAUGGCAGUAAAGAACUUGUCCCUUAAAUUUCCGCUUGCACUACUGGAGGAAAAGGGAAUCACUUGUAGGCUUGGAGUGAGAGGCUUAGAGGAGCAAUGCCAUUUUAAAAUGAUCACUUGAAUCUCAAAUGACUAAUUUCGUGACCUGCUUUCUAAAAAUGGGCAGAUACUGAAGAUUUGGGGUUUUGGUCCAGAUGUUGGAUUUAUGUUGGCUAUUGCCAUCUCUAAUCCUCCGUCGUUUCUCCAAUAUUAAUCCAACCACACGGACAUUUUAUAAUUUAUACUACAGACGAAGAUUCACAUGUGCAUACAUACAUCCCUGAUGGAUAAUUGUUUACAAGUUUGAGUGUGAGAUGCAGAAUUACAUUUAUUGUAGUGCAAGCGGUGAAACCACUUUUCGGUUAACCAACUAUUUUAUUAGGUAUUUCUCGGCUUCCAAAAUCGGCCUGAUUAGGGAAAUUCUACAAAUUCUAAACUCUUAUAUACAGCACAAGAAAAAAAUUAUAAAUAUUCCGCUACCCCAUUCAAGAUUCCCAGUUCUACCACUUACAGUGGGGGGGCACAAUAACCACUACACAAUACUGUAAGUGGCGUGGAGAGUUCCUUUAUUAAUUUAACAGAAAACAGAGCAUCACAUGUUAACACAAAUUUUAGCAGGUUUUCAAUGUUUUAAAGUUGUGUAAACAAAUAUUAACCAAAUAUAAAACACUUUGGGGACCUGUCAUAGUGUCAGGAGUGCUCUGGCCUAUUAUGAAACCAUUUGAUUACUCGCAGUGGAAGUCACCAGGGCAAUCCUAGCAGCAUACUCAAGUGGUUAUGGUGCCAGGAUUUAUUUUACUUUUAAGUGGUGCCAGAACUACUCUUUGCAUUUAUGUGCAAUGGUUUUCCUAUGAAUGUUUUUAUUUUUUAUUCUUCAUCCAUUGGUUCUGUAUAUCCCACCGGAUGGAGCUGUCCUCAUAUAUGCUAUCAAUUCUGGUUUCCUUUUGAAAUAAAUCCUUUUUUGUGUUCUUGGCUCUUUAUCCCUUUGUAACUAAAUAACCUUGCCACCGAUCCAAUAAUGAUUAACUUUCCCUUGGUGAUUGUUGGCACAGUCCAGAGUUCAUCUGAGAUUAGCGGAUUAUCCUAUUAAUUUGCUAGUCCUGGAUCAUCUCUGCAUCCAUGUGGUCAGGAAGAAGCCAUCAUUUGUUUUGAUCCUCAUAUAUUAUUUAUUUUAAAAUAUAACCAGUGUUCUCUAUUGUCUUUGGUUCUGCCCCACUUAUCUAUAAUUCAACACUUGGCACAUUUUUCUGAUUAUCACUUGUAUUUUGAGAAGUCACCUGGCCGGUGUUUUUGUGGAUAUUGCUGCAUCUGUGCUAUUCUGUAUAUCAUGACAUUUUCAUCCUCUCCAGUCUCCUGGCCUGUCUCAUAAAUGCAUUUGGCAGAGUCUAUUAUUGUAUUUUACCACCUAAGCAUUGUUCUUUUUACCCACGCACUUUACCCUUUGAGUGCCUUUUGUGAUGAGCACCAAACUGGGAACCUAAUCAUUUAACAUUAUACGGCUUUUAUAGAAUCAGAGACAAGGUAUACUUUAAUUUAAAAUUUGUAUCGUGGGUUAAAACCUAUAUAGACUAUAUAUAUAAUUUUUUUUUUUUUUUAUUUACAUUUUUUUAUUGUUGGGAUUAAUGCAAGUCAUGACAUUUCUGAAACAGGCUUGUUUUGUGCCAAUCAUGUGGGUACAUGGCACACAGCAUACAAUGUGUACUUGUACAACUUGGGGGGGAGCAUUACUGCCCGAUGCAACUUAUUUAAAGGAGCAGUCCAGGCUUCUGUCAAGGUUUUGUGAAAAUACAGAGCUUAAAUUAUAACUUGCCCAUUGCAGGUUUUUUUAUGGCAAAUUAAAGAUGGUACAUUUUGGGGCAUUUUAGUAGCUAACAUAUUUAGAUUACUCCAUGAAUGCAUAACAUUUGAAACAGUGAAUAGUUUGUGCUUUAUUGAGGUGCCAUUUUUUUUCACUAUAUAUUUUUGCCCAGAGUUUGUUACUAAUUGGUUUUAUUAAUUUUAUUUUUAAAUAAACAUUGUAUUUUUUUUCUGCCUGUGUUUUUUAAUUUCAUGUCCCUCUGUAAUAAAAUUCUUAACUGUUCUCAGUAAUAUUUCCGGAAUACAACAAUGCCCCAUAUGUAUACCAUUGCAGUCGUAAUCUUAAUCCCAAUUCUAAAUCAAAUCCUAAUCCUGAAUCGAACUAUAAAUCGAAUCAUUAUCAUUAUUAUUGGUAUUUAUAUAGCGCCAGCUUAUUCUGCAGCGUUUUACAAUAAAAGGGAAUUUACCAAAUGAGGCAAUAACAAAAUGUAACAAACAAUAGGUAGUUGAGGACCCUGCUCAAACAAGCUUACAGUCUAGAGGAGGUGGGGUAUAAAAACACAAUAGGAACGGUAUUGAGGGAGACAGCAAAUCGACAUGGUGGGAAAGUGGCAGAACUGGAGGUGAGAGUGGAAUGUGGCCCUAUAGGAGAGAGCGAGAGGAAGGUUUGAAAGAUAGUAGUUACUCUUGGAGGCCAUAAGCAUUCCUGAAAAUAUGGGUUUUGAGGGACUUCUUAAAAGAUUGAACACUGGGGUAGGCAGGUUGUUCCAAAGGAAAGGAGCUGCCCGUGAGAAGUCUUGGAGGUGUGAAUUUGCAGUACCGGUGCGAGCAGCAGACAGGGGAAGGUCACCAGUAGAGCAGAGAGACCAAGAGGGGGCAUACCUAUGAAUCAGUGAAGAAAUGGAAGAGGGGCUAGAGUUGGUUAGAGCUUUAAGGUAAGGGUUAGUAUUUUAAAUUGACACCUGUAGGGGACAGGAAGCCAGUGUAAGGAUUUAUGUUUCUAUGUUUCUAUGACAGAGAGGUGAGGUGUGAGAGGAGCAACAGGAGAGAAAGAUCAGCCUGGCAGCAACAUUCACCACAGAUUGUCGGGGGGCAGUACGGCUUCUGGGGAGACCAAUUAGGAGAGAAUUAUAGUAAUCGAUGUGAGAGAUUACUAGAGCAUGAACAAGCUUCUUGGCAACACCUGAGAGAGAGACUGAGCUUCAGAAAGCGGGAGGACAUCCAAUCAGAGAUAGAAGAAAGGCAAUUGGUGCCACGUUGUAGGACAGCAGGGGAGAGGUCAGGGGAAGAGAGGCAUAUCUGGGUGUCGUCAGCGUACAGGUGGUAGUGGAAUCCAAAUAAAUUAAGGAGUUUGCCAAGAGGCAGUAUAGAGAGAGAACAAAAGGGGACCAAGAACUGAACCUUGAGGGACUCCAACUGAGACAGUACGAGGAGAGAAGGUGCUGUUGGAAAAAGAGACCCUAAAGGAGCGUUGGGAGAGAUAGCAAAACAUGAAAGGGUUGUGUCACCGAGACCAAGAGAGUUAGGAGAAGGAGGCCAUGAUCAACAGUGUCAAAGGCAGCAGAGAGGUCAAGAAGAAUUCGUAUGGAGUAGUGGCCUUUGGAUUUAGCUGUGAUUAGGGCGUUUGUAAUUUUAAUAAGAGCUGUCUCCGUAGAGUGGCAGGGGGAGCGAAAGCCAGAUUGAAGAGGAUCGAGGAGGGAGUUGGAAUUUAGGAAGUGAGUCAUGAGUAAAGACCAGAAUCGAACUAUAAAUCUAAUCAUAAACCUCACCUCAGUCCUAAACUGUAACCUAAUCCCAAGCCUAAUUCUAAUUAUAACUUUAAUCCUAAUCUCAACCCUUAACCUAUAAAUAGUAUUAGAAGGAUUCCUUUUGCUGAUGUCAACAGAAGAAUUUUCUGAUUUUCAGCAGAGGGACUCCCUUGAGAUGGCCUAAUCCUAAUUAUAAUCUGAAACCCAAUUCCAAACCGAAUACUUAUUCUAAACUUUAUCUUAAUGUUCUAUUUAAUUGUAAUCCCAAUGAUUUCCCUCCUGAUAUCAGUACUGAGAUUAGCAAAGGGAAUUCUCAAUGAAAACAGAGAAUAUGUUGCUGCCAUCUACUGGCUAGUUUUAAUAUAACAGGCAUCCGGUGUUGAAAAAUGUUGUUAAAAAUUGUAUUCCCAAUGUAUUGCGGUCUGUGCUGGCCAACUGUCAAAGCCCAACACUGAUCAAAAUAGCAUUUGGGCAUGGAGUGAGACCUUCCAGGGUCGGCUCAGAUUCUGGGGGUCUCCCAAGCACCAGAUCCAGUGAGAGAAUCACUGUGACUGUGUUUAUCACUUAGCUGUAGUAUUCUCUAUGGAUUUACAGGGAUGUAUGCAGUGUUAACUUUCAAUACUGCAUGCAGCCAUCAAAAAGACUGAAGACAUUAAAAAUGUCCAGAGCUGAAAGAGGAGAACCCAAUAUUCAUUGAUACCUGGGACUCCCUGGUAUGGGCAACAAUAAAUCCCCAUUUAAACGCCUGUUUGUAGCUCUCACUACGUGUGCCAUUGUUAAUGCAGGGUUUGCUGUAGGUCUUUUUGUGUGGCUGCUCCAAAAACGCUAUUACAUCCCAGUGAGGGUUUAGAUAAUGUUUUCUCACUUUGCUUUGUGAACCAUUUUAUUUUAGAUUACCUUGCAACUGAUCUAAUCCCAAUAAUUUCUUUCUCUGCUUCCUGUAGCGCUUUAUUCAGUAUUUGGCAUCACGGAAUACAUUGUUCAAUCUAAGCAAUUUCUUGGACAAAAGCGGGCUUCAAGGUGAGCUAAAUAUGUUCAUAAUUAUUAAUGACUGAUUUGAGGCAUAUGAACUAAAACCUAGAAGUAAAAUACAUUUAUAUCUACAUCUCUAAAAGCACAAUACUCUUUACAGUAAUACCAUAUAAUGACAGGUACACUUUAAGGGUUGAGGAGAACCAUGCAAUAAUCCCAAUGGGUCAGUAAAUAUUUAAUGUUAUUUAUUUUAAACAUUACUCUUGUACUAAUUAUUAUCCUCAACCCCGAAAGUGCACCUGUACACGGUACAACUUUAAGGAGCAUUGUGCUUCUAUUGAUGAAGAUAAAGAUUUAUUUUUACUUCAUACCUCAAAUCAGUAAUUCAUGUCAGUCUGAACUGUUAGCAGAAUGCAAUUUCUGUACAUCUUUAAAAUAUCUUGCUUUGUUUUGACUGGUGACAGUUUAUGGUAGUUUAAAUGAUAUAAGCAUUGCUCCCACUGAAAGCCAUGAUUUCUUCCCAACAUUUUAAUUUGUUAAAGAGGGAUACUUAAAUUUUCUGACCUGAGGCAGGGCUCCGUAGAGAAAUUUUAGAUGACUUAGUAACUAGAGAUGUCGCGAACGGUUGGCCACGAGCUGUUCGUGGCGAACUCCGGUCAGCUGACACGUCUCGGCCAAUCUCCAGCAGACCCUCCCUCCCAGACCCUCCUACUUCUUGGACAGCAUCCAUGUUUCAACUUCUCGUGAACGGUUCGCCGCGAGCUGUUCGUGGCGAAGUCUGGUCAGCUGACACGUCCCGGCCAAUCUCCAGCAGACCCUCCCUCUCAGACCCUCCUACUUCCUGGACAGCAUCCAUGUUUCAACAUGCUGUCCAGGAAGUAGGAGGGUCUGGGAGGGAGGGUCUGCUGGAGAUUGGCCGAGACGUGUCAGUUGACCGGAGUUCGCCGCGAACCGUUCGUGAGAAGUUCGCGGAAGGUUCGCGACAUCUCUAUAAUAAUACUAACAUGAAUUUUUACUAUUAAAAUGUAAUUGAGAAGAACAAUGUAACACAGACUGAUUUAUUUUAGUUUAAAUACGCAUUACUGAUUGUUAUUGCUGUUGCUACACCCAGAUACACUAACAAAAUGGAGCUCCUAGAAAUCGACAGAGAUUUGGGCCGCAAAUAGGGACUGUCCCUCCUAGAUAGGGAUACUGGGGAGGUAUGGCCAUAGGAAUAUCAAGAUAAGCAGGACAGUAGCAGCAACUCUUGUAGAACAGCAGAUUGGCUGCAAGCAAGGAAAAUCUGGAGGUGAGUAUCCUUUUCUAGAUGUAACAGCCAGUAGUACAGAAUGGGUUACGUUUGCUUGUUCAAUUUCCGCAUAAUGUCAUGAAAAAAUCCUACCUUGUCUUGUAAGUCUCCCUACUGCUUUAAAGCAAACCCUCUGUCCCCCUCCGCAGCAUUGCAAUCCCUCAAUGUAUUGUGAUGUUUUGAUUUCUUACAUCUCAAUAUUUACAGUAUUCAUCUAUCUUAAAUCUAUUGAUGUUCAUUGCCUUCUGGAAAUAUUGCAUUUUUGACUGUUUAGCAAUAAAUGCUUUUUUUUUUCCUGGCUGCUACCAGUAGUAGAAACAGACCCUUUUUGUACAACGCAUAUACUUAAAGGAACAUUAUCGGAUCAGGAAAACAAACCUGUAUUCCUGACCCUACAGUUCUUAAUCCAUCAUUUAGAUGGAUUGUUGUCUGUCUGUCUGUCUGUCUGUCUCUCCCCCCCAACUUAGAAAAAAAAUAAAUAAAAAAAAGACAGUGUUUGCAUGAAAAUGCCUGAAGACAAUGAUUAUACUCACCAGAACAAAUUGUAGCUGUAGUUGUUCUGGUGACUAUAAAUGUCCCUUUAAAGUAAAUAAGCAAAUAUGCUAUUAAAACAAUAAAUGUGUAUCUCCCCUUCCUCCGCAAUCCUACCCUACAGCUGAAACAGUUAACACUCACCAAAGCACCAAUAUCAAGGAGUGAAAAGCUUUCACCCACUCUUAUGUUAUACUCCAUGAAACAACAGUGUGUACUCGCACUAACUGUAUGUAAAUAACAAGGGUACAAGCUGUAUGAUGUACUUGAUUUUUUUUUCCCCCCCAUGUGUCUUUUCCUUUCUGUACCCUCUUCCCCACCUUAAAAAAACCCUCAAAUCUUUAAAAUAAAUAAUUAAUUGUGUGUGUGUGUGGUUUUUUUUUUUUUUUUUUUUUGAAGCCAGCUAUUGCUGUAGUAGAAUUCAAUUAAGCAGUACGUGUAUUUUUUUAAAUUUGUUAGUGGUUUGUUUUUGUUUUUUUGUUUCUAGCAGAAACCAAUUUAGAACAACAUUUUUAGUGUGUUUUGAAGGAAAACUAUAGUGUUCGGAAUACAGCUCUGUAUUCCUAACACUGUAGUGUCUCUCUGAACCCCCUCUCCUUCCAUUUGCAAUGCAAGGGUUAAAUAACCCUUUAACCCCUUAAGGACACGUGACAUGUCAUGAUUCCCUUUUAUUCCAGAAGUUUGGUCCUUAAGGGGUUAAACAAUUACCUGAUUCCAGCACCAAAGUCCAUCUGUGCCUGCACCGUCUCCACCUCCUCCAAAAUCAGUGUGGGGGAGCCCAAUGCGCACGUGCCGCAAAAGCUGCAUUAGACCUUCACCACGGGAAAGCAUUGAAUCAGUGCUUUCCCAUGAGGAUUUUUUAAGACAAUGUUAAGUGUGAGGAUGUCCAGUGUCAUUUCAUGGAGUUAAAGGACCACUAUAGUGCCAGGAAAACAUACUCGUUUUCCUGGCACUAUAGGGUCUCUAGGUCCCCCCCUGCCGCUGGGCUCUAGGGGGUGGAAGGGGUUAAAUCUUAUCUGUUGUCCCCCGCCAGGCUCCCUCGGUGUGGGGAACUCUCCUCCUCCUUUUUCGGCUGAAUGCGCAUGCGCGCGCAUUCAGCCAGUCCACAGGAAAGCAUUCUCAAUGCUUUCCUAUGGACGCUGGCGUCUUCGCACUGUGAAAAUCACGGUGAGAAGCGCGGAAGCCCUCUAGCUGUCAAUGAGACAGCCACUAGAGGCUGGAUUAACCCAUAGGUAAACAUAGCAGUUUCUCUGAAACUGCUAUGUUUAAAGAAGAAAGGGUUAAUCCUAGCUGGACCUGGCACCUAGACCACUUCAUUAAGCUGAAGUGGUCUGGGUGCCUAUAGUGGUCCUUGAAACUCUGAAACUGCAGGAAGGGCCUCUAAUGGCUGUCUGGUAGACGACCACUAGAGGCAAUCUUAGCAUUGCAGUUUCUCUAAAACUAUUUUUUUUUUUUAACAUUACAAGGUUAAGCGAACACUUAAUCGCACUUCAAUGAGAUUGUGGUAUGGGUGCCUGUAGUAUCAUUUUAAUAGGCAACUUAACCCCUUAAGGACCAAACUUCUGGAAUAAAAGGGAAUCAUGACAUGUCAUGUGUCCUUAAGGGGUUAAAGGGAAAAUAUAGGGUGAAAUUAUUUUCUCGAUCUUUUUAACGCAUUUUGUAUAGAAAAGGAAUUAAGAAAAUGAAAAAAAAUUACCUUUCAGUUUCUCUGCAAAUGCACUGUUUGGUGGGCCUGCCUUCAGUUGCACUCGCACCAUUUCCUCUUCAGAAAAAAAUGCUCCAACCAUGAGCUUCUCAUUCUGCUCUUAUCCCAUUAACCUCACCCAGCAUGAAUUUGAGAAGUAGUUUAUCCCCCCCAUGAACAGUUCCACUCAUGUCAUAGGAAUAAACCAUGGAUUUUAAACAUAGUUCAGUACGACUGUUUGGCAAAAUGCAGUUGGUGCUCUCCCGGGAGAACAUGUAACAGGUUACAGCAUGUAAAGUAUUUUCUAAUUUUUCUUUUUAUCCAUUUGAUAAUAUAGUUGCUUUAAUGUUUCAACCAAUAAAAAAAAUCGUCAUUGAAAACAAGUGGCUAAAUAUGCUUAAUGUAGUUGAAUGUUUUUUUUUUUGUUUUGUUUUUUUAAAUUCAAAUAAUGCAUUUUUGAAUUGUUUAUUAAGAAUCUCCCUUCUUUUUUUUAACUAUAUAGCAAAUAAAAAUACUAUUUGAGUAAUCUUCAGCUUCUUUUUAAAUGAUUCCUUUCAGUAAUUCCCAAUCUAUGAUCUCCAGUGAUAAUCUGAAUGUUAUGAUAAUUUGACAGAUAAUUACAGCAUGGCUCUUCAGACCUAUAACAUUCUGUGCAGAACAUAAAUGUGAAAAAAUAUCUGAUCACAUGUGUCAUUGUUUACUCGUUUGCUCUCCGAUUGUAGAAUUGCUGUUUAUACAAGUGUCUUUCUCUUUAGGUUACGAUAUGUCCACAUUUAUAAGGCGGUACAGCCGGUACCUGAAUGAAAAGGCAGUGUCCUACAGACAGGUUGCUUUUGAUUUCACUAAAGUGAAAAGAGGGUAAGCAGUGUUUCUUUUUUUCGUUCCCCUCAUCCUGUGAGCGGACUCCGGUCUAUUCUAGUUUGCAGUGCUUUGAGUUUGUUGUUCCAAGAUUUCUUCGGUUUUCACUCGUAGUCUGGUAGCUUCUCUCAAGUAAGCAUUUCAGUUGAGUUUACAAAAUACAAAGUGAAAGGCUUAUGAGAUAAAAUAUGCGUUCUUGGACGAGUUUGAGAACGCAAGUAGCAAAAUGUAGAUCUAGCUGCUAUUACAAUACUAGGAAUAAUAAGGCAAAUCUCUCCGAUCCAUUAUUAUAUUCUUCUUCUCCUUCACCUCCCACUCGAAUGACAGCACUUCAUUAAAUUGUCUUGUCAUAACAAUGUGCUGAUGCACUUUUCAUGCAUGCUAGCUGCAAGCCCAUGUAAUACAAUGUAUUGAAAACGAGAAAUGUACCUGCAACAGUCUUCAGUGGCAUCAUCCUGUCUUAUCCUUGGGCUUAAAGCGACACAGUCAUCAUUACCUUGUUAGACUCUGGGUGGGCCUAAGUGUUAGCCCCUCGUAACGGCUGCAGGGAGUUGCAGGGUUCCUUCAUAGACCUCAAUUCUGUGCUAGUCUAUCCCCAGGCAGCAUUGACCGUGUCGGAAUAGCAGAGAAAUCUAUAUUGAAAUGUAAUAUUUGCCAGAUCAUGGCUCACCGUGAUCAUGUUGAAUAUUUUAUAAGGUUGUAAUAUAGCAGAUCAUUAUUCUUUUUUUCUGUGUGUUUAUUUUUUUUAUUUUUUAUUUUUAAACUGGAUAUUUUUUUAUUUUUUUUUUAAGACCCUUUUGCCUUCCUUUUUAUUUGCCUUUAGACCAAUCAAUGUUCACUAUUUUCUUGUAAACAUCUGUUGCUUUUCACAAUAGCGUGCUCUUUCUUCUUGCUGCAUUUUAAAAAAAACUUUGUCAGACAGUUUUUAGAAAAGCUAAAGUUGGCUGCCGGCAAUGGGCCGCGUGAAUGAGAGGCAAGCGAUGUAAAAUAUGUCUGAAUACAUGAAUUAAAAAGAUAAAUAAAAUGACAUGGUAUAGUAGGCAACAUAAAUGUUAUAUUAAAAUACAAAAAUAAUGGAUGACGGUGUUCCUUUAAUAUCGCAGACUUUAUUAGGCAAAUAUUUAAAAAAAAUAAAAUAAAAAGUGAGACUAUAAUAUGGGGGCCAUGCAAGCUCUCUCUCAAUCCCAAUGUGUUUUGUAUGCCUAGGUGUACUUGCUCAUAGGGAACCUGUUGGAACUGUAGUGCUAAAUGCUGAGAUGUCGGUCCCUCUGCAACAUUCAUGCUCUCGGUGUGUUUGUAGACUCUAAGACGCCUGUAUGCCUGCUGGUUUUAGAAGUGUUUGUUUGGAAUUCUAAUUGUUCUUAAUCGGAAGGUUUCCCACAGUGUGUUUUUGUUCGGUGACUGGUAUAUAAAUGAUAUCUGAAAUGUCUGUUUUUAGAGCUGAUGGAGUUAUGAGGACAAUGAGUACAGAAAAGCUACUCAAAACCAUGCCCAUAAUACAAAACCAAAUGGACGCCCUCCUUGAUUUCAAUGUAAGUUAAUCAGCUGCAUGUAACAGUAUAUUGUGAAGAUAUCCGUUUUAAAUUGCCUUUAGAAAUGUAUAAUUGCAGAUCAUAGUCUGCAUGUUGUAUUGUGCCAAUGGUAUAGCCACUACAUCUUCCAUAGCGUAUGGCAAAAAAGUGUCGGCUAAAAUCCUAAAGUAAAAAAAAACUAUUUUGUAGUCUGUAUAUUUGCUAGCAAUCCGCAAUGUAUAUGUGAGACGUUGUUCAUAACAUCAUAUAAUACUUUGAAUAUACUCUGGGCUGAGAAGUGUUUACUUUGAUAUGGUAUCCUCCUGCUGCUGUUGUAGACCUGGAACCUUUCGUGAUUCUUUGUCAGCCGACCGGUUCUACAGCAACUGGAGGGAUACCGGCCGUGAAAUGCUGGAUUAGACUUGCCCUUGAAUCUGUUGGUUUUGUUAUCAUGUCCUGCGCAGCAAAUUGCUGACCACUGCUCUUUCUUUCCUCCAUUUGUGUUUCUCCCGUAACCCAGGUUAAUGCUAACGAGCUAACAAAUGGUGUAAUUAAUGCUGCCUUCAUGCUCCUUUUCAAAGAUGCCAUAAGACUGUUUGCUGCAUACAACGAAGGAAUAAUCAAUCUAUUGGGUAAAUAUCUGCUCUCAUUCCGUGUUUCCUAUUCUAUUGCUAUGCAGAUGUUUUGGCGACAGACCCUCUUUAACCCCUUAAGGACCAAACUUCUGGAAUAAAAGGGAAUCAUGACAUGUCACACACGUCAUGUGUCCUUAAAGGGUUAAAUAGAAUGAAAACUGCAGCAUUGGGCUUUUGUCUGGUGCUUUUUUUUUUUUUUUUUUAUGUGAUUUGUUUUGACAAUUAUUAACCUCGACGAAAUUCUGUCUCUAGAAAAAUAUUUUGACAUGAAGAAGAAUCAGUGCAAGGAAGGCCUUGAUAUUUAUAAGAAAUUUCUCACCAGAAUGACUCGGAUCUCCGAGUUUCUGAAAGUAGCAGAGGUGAGUUCAGUGAUUUCAGUGGAUGUUGAAUCGUUCAGGACCAUGUUUGCUAACUGGCAAGCUUUAGCUUUUUUUCAGUUUUAGGAUAGACAUCUGUGUAACUAGUAAAGUAAACUUCCUUCCAGAACGGGGCUGGCUUGCAGCUCUGCACAGUCCUCUUUAAACCCUGGAGGACUAAGGAUAUGGAACACGAAAUCUCGCCCCAUGGGAAAUAAUGGCAGCAUGGAAUGUUCGACGUAUUUCUGGAUGUUCCAUGCAGCUCUGCUGUCUUUCAUGGAAUGGGUUAUUCAAGUUUGGAAGAGGAUCCUUAAAUGACCCUUCAGCGAUCAGAAUACAAGUGUGUGGAUAUCCAUCUCCAAAUUGCAAGAGUCUUUGUGGAAAGUGGAAAAGUUUGAGCCGUGUAAGCACAUACAUGUGUGUUUUAAAGGGAACUUGAAUCUUCCAGCAAUGACUAAAUAUAAAUUUCAGUUUGGCAGUUUAUUUUUUUUACCUUUCUCCUCAUUAGACCUACCAAUUUUCUAAACAUAGUAUUCCUACGCUAGUAAGACAGAACUGUCUUACUAGCGUAGGAAUACUAUGUGCUGUCUCCUGUUAGUUUAUGGAAAUGUAUGUUCUACUACAUUGAUUUUCUGUCAUUUUUGUCUUGUUUUAAUUUUCGAUUAAUCCACUAGCUUCUUUUGACAUUUCUUUUCAUAUUGUAUGCAUUCUGUAAAGUUACUUCAAUUUCUUUGAAGGAAUUUCAUGUACCUGAAGUGCAGAAAGAGAAAAUGCAAUGGUUCUGUUCUGGUUUGUCCCGUUUCCUCUAGUAACAGCUGUAGUAGUUGUAGUAAUCUUGGUUAAGUGAACUCACAGGUUAAUUGCGCUGGCCACCUUUUCAGUGUAUUUUAAAUCCUAGUUUUCAAGUGACUGAAAUCGUUACAUAGACUUAGAAAACGUGGAGAGAAUAUCAGCUUAAUGAGUUAUUUUGCUGAAACAGACUACAUACUGGCUGAUGGGUGUAUUUGCUGAAUGUUAUAGCUAUAUGCACCGUGUUUGUGUACAUUAUUGCUCACUGGCAGAGAUACGCAGUGUAAGACUGUUCUACAGUUAUAAUGUGCAGAAAUCCAUCUGGCAAGCGAUCCAUUAAUAGGCAUGGCUUUUAACUUACUGCUAUGACUCAUUAUUCAUUUUUCAAUUGUUUGUUUUUUCUAAUGCAGCAAGUUGGUAUUGACAGAGGAGACAUCCCCGAUUUAUCUCAGGUAAGGAAUUUUUUGCCAGUAAUAAUAUAUUUUUAAUGUGUUCUCUGCUGAGUCAACAAGAGUAUCCUACUCACCUGCAGAGUGUUUUAAUGCGUGCCAGGUCUGCUCAGGGGGAAAACAAGACUGAAUGCAGGGUCACAAUGUAAUUGUUCAACAAUGACUGCUGUUCGCUUUAAACACCAAAACAACAUUAGCUUAAAGGGACACUAUAGGCACCAAAGCAAUGUUAGCUUAGUGUAGCAGUCUUGGUGUGUAGAUCAUCCCUGCAGACCUCCUGCUCAUUACCCUCCCAUCUAGGAGUUAAAUCACUUGUGUGUGUACAUGCACCCUCCCCUGGCUGUGACUCACAAGGCAUGCAUGAAUAGAAAGAUUUCUUUUCAGUCACACAUCUUACACACAACACCCUCAUACUUAAAUGCAGAUUCCUGGCUUAAUCACAUUAUUCUUAAAACUUUAAAAUGCUGGAUGCAGCAAAAAAAAAAAUGCAUUGUACAUAACGAUCUCACUUCCUAACACUGACUUUAAAUUCUUACAUCUCUGCAUACCCCUGUAAUUGACAUUGUCUGUAUAUAUGGCUGGUGCAUCCUGCACCCACAAGCAACAAAGAAUACUCCAUUUAAAAUGCAAAUCUAUUCUCCCUGCUUCUAAGAGAACUGUAUUCUUACCAACCUGCAAAAAAUCUUAUGUAAUGUGUCCGCAGGGUUGGUGUCAAGCCAUAAAACCGGCUGAUGCUGUCAAACUGUUCACCCACCAGAAGGGGUGAAAUGGUCUUCUUAAAAAAGCACCAAUUAUCACAUAGAAAGGGCUCUGUCUUUGGACUUGCAAGCACUUGCUCCUGUGGUGUGGCAACUGUCAGUCCCUCCACAACAUAUCGUUGGUCUGAGAAAAUACAGAAACUGUAUAUUUUCAGGCUCUUUGACAGGGGUUUAAAGCAGAGUUACAGGCUCUGCUUUCAAGCCUUAUUUGUGUCCGUUUGGCGGAGGAGUGUAGGGAUGCUACCGAGGCACCAUAACCACGUUAAGCUUUAGUGUUUCACAGCACUGUUUAAGAUUGUUAUCCCACCCACAUCAUUAUUAUUUAUAAAGUGCCAACAAGUUCCGUAGCGCUGUAUAAUGGUGGACUAACCGACAAGUAUUUGUAACCAGACAAGUUGGACACACAGGAACAGAAGGGUUGAGGGCCCUGCUCAAUGAGUUUACAUGCUAGAGGGAGUGGGGUAAAGUGACACAAAAGGUAAGGGGAGUAGAUUGCUAGGGCUUAGUGUUUUUUUUUUGGAUGACCGUUUCAGAGGAGGAAAACAUAUCAUACAUAUAUACUUGUCAUAUUUAUUAAAACCGGCACUAGGCGUAAUAAGGCUGAUUGUCAGGACUGCUUGUUGGGCGAUUUUUAAGUAGUACCAUCAACCCCUAAAGAUUUUAGACAUGUUUAAACUGUGAAUUCCUUUUUCUAGUUAAACCAGAAAAAUAUAGCUGGGAGGGAAAGCCAAUGCAACGGUCCAACUGCAUGGGAAAAUAGUUUGUCUGUAAUUCCAGACUUGAAACAAAUGUUAAUAGCAAACAGUGAAUCUGGAUGUUGCAGGCUACAGUGACUCAUAAUGUUCAGAUUGUAGCCAACCCAAAGAAUGCAUCUGGCAGUUCUUCACUUCCAGUUUUGGUGCCCAUUCCCCCAAAACCCUAAUCUGACAAUAGUUAUUUUUUUUGUUUAACCCAUUCACUCCAGUUCAUUUUAAUUGUUGCAGUGAUUUGUUGUGGUGUAAAGUCGCUGUUAAUGGUGGUAAAAUCACACUGUUGCAUCAGAUGGGGUUCUCUUCUUAUUUGGCUAGCUAAACGCUGCGGUCUCUAUACUUAGUGAUUGGACAUUGACCCACCAAUGCUUAUGGGACAUACCUGGAUAGGUUGUCAUAGAACAGAAAAAAGUAAACAAAAAGCAUGACACCUUAUCUUUGAUUACAGGACACAGAGGCCCACAUCAUGUUUAAAACUUGUUAUAAGAAGGGCUUUUCCCUUCUGAUCUGAUCAUCAGCUGCCGUCUUCCCUUAAAAUUCUCGGAAUGACAACUGGUAGUAAACACGUUGGAUGUCAUUUAUGCUCCGUAUAAAGAGACCUCUGUCACCUACCAACGACAUGGCCCACUUCACCGAUCUAGCUAAGAUGUAUGGAGAAACGUGUUCUAAAGUAAAUAAACAAUCUUAGCCUGUCAGUAGAUCCCCAUGAAAAAAUAAAUUAUUUUACUCCAUUGUUUAAAGACUUUUUAGGUUAGGGUUUCUGCUGUUCACAUGGUUAAAUGUAGCCAUUCAGGUCCCCUCCGAACAGAGAAACGUUCUAUUGAUUACACCUCCUAUAGCAGAUAGGAAUAUAUCAUAUAGAAUUGGAUUAUAAGCUUAUCCAGGAAUGUAUCAUUAAAAAGGAAAAUCUCCCAGCCUUCCUUCAAACUUUCUUUUAAUCAGACCUCAGGAGGUUUGAAGUCGUGAGUGAGAAUUUAAUUGAAAGUAAGGUGGUUUUCAUUAGUCCUUCAGUGCAGAUUUCCUGUCUUUCUAAUUAAAUGCCUGAGCCUGUCAGUUUUAGGGCAUCAUUACAGAAAAUCUAGCUGAAAAGUGCCCGCUAGCAGUUUAUUUAUUUUUUUUAUCAAUUGGAAGAAAUCUUUUUUUCAGUUUCUCUUGGAGAGAGAUAAGUUCCAUCCAUUUAAUGAGACAAUAUUUUGUAGUGCCUGAUAUCUUGUAAUUAAUAUUUCUUUAUUGUUUGCAGGCUCCCAGUAGUCUACUCGAUGCUUUGGAACAGCAUUUAGCUUCGUUGGAGGGAAAGAAAAUCAAAGAUUCAACCGCGGCAAGCAGGUAAUGAAAAUACGCUCACAUGUAUUGUAAACAGCUGUAAAAUACAGGAACUCUGCAGGGUCGAUCUAUGUAAAAGUACAAAACAACGUGUGGACGCCCAUUUUUUUGCAUCAAGUCAUCAGGACCUUGCGACAUCUGCAGAGACCAUUCCCGGUUCUGCCAUUGCUUUGAUUGUGAACACUGUAAAUAUCCCAUAAAUCUCUGCUUCAAGCAGGAAGUUAUGGGAUGUAUACAGUUGUAAGAGCUGGUUCUGUUUUACAUCCAUAAGGCAAUGCUUAAGGAAAAGAAAUGCCAGUAGAUUGAAGACAGGUCGGCUCUUGUUUAUGAAACUAGGUUCUGUGUUCCAUUUCUCUUUUAGUGUAUGUGAAUAAUGUACCUGUCAUAGCCAGCAGCUUAUUUGAAGUAUCUGCAUGUUUCCAGCUGGUGAUACAUAAUCUAGGGUUGUCCUAUUCAGUCCCAUACGUUGUUGGACCUAAAACGCCCAUUAUUCUUUGUCAGUCUGUCUCACGUAGAAAUUAUGACUUAGUCCGUCACUUUAAGGCCACUCUAAGCUAGCUUCCAGCUGCAGUUUCUUUGUUUACACCAAUAAAAAUAACGUCCAAAGUGGCGGGGCCUGAACGCUGGGUUGAGCGGACGCAGGAUAGAGCAACUCCUGCCCUUCCAGGCACAUAUUGCUGACUACAAGCCACAAACAGCCUUUAAAUGACCCUAAUGGGCCACCAACAGCGAGGAAAUAUCAUGGGGCAAACACUGGCACCAAAUAAGCAGCCUACCCUGCAAGAAUCACCGGAGCGACAUUCACAGCCUACAAGCAUGGAUGUCGCGAGGGAGACUGCUGCUCCCAUGUAUCCCCCAAUGGCUGAAAUCCUUAUCAUGGGCCCUCCUCCACCCAUGGCCCAGGAAAACCCCACCAGGCCCAGUGGCAGCAUCCCUGGGCGAAGCUUGCUAAACCUAAUUUAUUCGCAGCCUUCUGGCAGAAACCAGAACUAAGAACGACAGGCACAUGCUUAGACUCUCUUACGCUCUCACCUAAGAGACUCUCUGGACUGUGCUCUAUACUGCCCCCGAGAAUCUCAUGCCUUACUUAUGCAUAUCUAGCCUGCUUUACUUAGCAAAAAAUUGUGCUAAUCCUUUACACAUGCCCUGUCAUUUUUUGUUUUAAACAUGCUUGCUACUGCUGGCACAGUGAGUUCAUUUGUUAUCUGCAAUCUUAUGCACACAAAAAUAAAGAAUAAAAAAAAAAAAAAGAAAUAAUCUCCAAAAACGAUUUGUUUGCAAACUAGCAUUAAUCCUGAGAUUAAUGUUAUGUAAGGUCAGGAAAGGGGCCAGGUAUCUCCCUCUUGGGUGCUUUCCAAAUAGAUAUCCACUUUUUCCCACGGAAAGCUAUUUGUUAUGAAUGCAUUCAGACUGCAGACUGAUUUUUACUUUAAGCUAUUGAAUUGCAAGUUCCAUGUAAAGCAUUGAAGGCAUUCUCUGAUCUCUCAAUGUAUUCUCCCCUACUCUGGACUUCCACAAAAGGGUACAAUGUUUCAGUUGCUAACGAGAAGUAAUUGAUUAAUUGAUUUUACAUUCUCUGCCUGAAAAUAAGUUUGAUCAGGGCAGCCUACAUGCACUCGUAUCAGUGGGAGUUUCUAUCUCGCACUGAUUCUGAGAUACUUGGAGUAGUUUUUGAGAGAUUAGAUUGGAUUUCUAGUUUCUCAUAUAUUUUUGUUUUUAUAUAAUUUUACACAGCAUCACACAAUGAAUAGCUGGCAGCCAUGAAAGUAAUCAUAUAUGUUUUUUGGAGCUGUUCACAAAGACAUUGGUUCUAUAUGCAGAUAUUUAAAUUCAGACGUAGCUUGAUCUAAAUUUGGUUAUUGUUGAUUACCCAACAUACUACUUUUUUUUUUCUUUAACUUGGAAAGGUGCAUGCAGCUGUUUCUCAAGCACUUUCUUGGAUUUAGGCAGGGCUUCCAUUUUUGUAGUCCUAUGCUACUAGCCUGGCCUUAAUAGAUACUUGCUGCCAGCCAUAGCGUACCAGGAGUGCAUUUCUGCUCGACAAGGCUAAAUUUUCACUCCCCAGCAGCUAUUGAUGAGGGGAAUUUUGUGCUCUGAUCUCAGUAUUCUAAUUUUAUGAUACUCCUUUUAUUGACCUUGGCAAAAAUAAAGUCUGCGCUUUCUUCUAUAACGGAGAAACCCUGAUUCAAGGGGUUAAUGUGUACUUUGCAUAAUCCACACAUCAGCAGUCUCUGUAGUGGCAAGCUUUUCUGUAAUGAAAGAGGUUAACUCGUGUUUUGAUAUUCCUCCCUCACCCCUUCUGGGUCUUCAAGCCUGUAAUUUUUGGUAAUAUGUAGCUUUCUCGCAAUGGUUGCAUCAAUUACAAACAGACACACAUCUCAGAACUCUGUCUGCCAUUUGGUUUAUAACGGCUAAUCUCUGAAUAGCACUCUGUUUUUGGCAUAAAUUAAUGUCCUCUCAAGUGGAGAGGCUGCCAGAUGGCCACUUUGUCUCAUACAACAAAGUUUAGUUCUUAGACUGUUAUAAUAAAUAUAUAUAUAAUUAAUGUAUUUAUAUUUUUGGGUCUGUUGGUCUGUAUCAAAAUACUAUAAAAUAUUAGAGAAACGUAAAGUAUAUCCAGAACCGAAACAUGACAAAAAAUAAAAACCUUGUUCACGUACCAGCUGUAAGAUGAGUUGCAUUUCACAGUAGUACAGUACUUUGGCCGUGUGGAGUAAGUGCACAGUGACUCAGUCUUGAGGGAUUUAAAGGCUUGUUGUAAAGAGGUAUAGUAGAACGAGUGUGCUUAUAAUGUAAAAAUUGGAUGGAGCCUGGGAACGCUAGCCUUAAAAUCCAAGGAAGUUGAAGAUGCCAAAGAUUAGGUGAAGCAAUGGGUUUAUUAAAAGGUAAAAAGCAGACAAGUGAAAGACAUUUUCUUUUUCUGUAACAGAAUUUCAGAAUAUGAUUUUCCAAGGUUGAUAGACUUAACUGUGGAGGGCAGUUUCACAUGUACUAUAAUUGCAAACGUGUGCUUUAUGCAUACAGUUGAGCUAGUUUUAUCACAAUUGUAACAAUGACGCUUUAGAUGGAGAAUGGGCAGAGUUAGAGAAUCUAUUUGGGGCUGUCAUUUAAGUUUCUAUUCUUUCAUUUGUACCUCGUAGGUUUUUAGGAGAGGUUAAUAGAUUAGGAUUCACAAAUGCAACCUUGACAUCCCUUAAGAUAACCGUUCUAUUCGACAGGGAGGUCACAAAUGGUUUGACUGUGCAUAUGGGAUUAAGUGCCUUGUGUUCUCUGAGCCAAGAGGAAUCCGCUAUUGACAAAACUGUUAGUAUUUCUCUUUUAGAUGAGACUUUGCAGGUACAAUUACUGUUGUGGGUAAGAUCAGUCUGAUCGAGGGAAAUGGUUUUCUGUAAUGUGACCGAAUGCUUUUUUUUAGGUGCCCUAGACAUGGCACUACCCAUAGAUCUAUUAAACCUUCCCUUUGUUAUGUUAACAGAAGGUCCAUGUUGUUAUGUGUGUCCAAAGGAUGUUGCAGUAGCAUCAUCUGUUACACCCAAAUCUUCUUGUUUAGUGAUUUAAGAUGUGUCAAAUCGCACUGUAGAUAACCUGAAGGUUUAAAAAAAAAAAAGUUUUGUAUCUCAAUUAUAUGAUGUUAAAAAUAAAAAUAAUUGUUUCUCCUUUGUAGGGCUACGACACUCUCAAACGCAGUCUCAUCCCUCGCGAGCACUGGCCUCUCACUCACCAGAGUGGAUGAAAGGGAAAAGCAGGCAGCUUUAGAAGAGGAGCAAGCUCGAUUAAAAGCUUUAAAGGCAGGUUUCCUUAUUGAGAAUAUACUGCACCUAUCUACAGGAUUGUAUACAUCUAAAAUAUAAUUUUAUUUCGCAAUGGUAUCUGUGUGUUCAAACUUCCACGUACAAGUACGAGAGCUACACACACGCAGUGGGAAAAGCCUGAACUGCAAGUUACUGAUGAUCUUGUAUGUAUUUUAACACGGGCUGCUUUACAUACGUUUACAAGCCGACAAUUAAUUUAUAUUUUCCAGUACCUUAUAGAGGUGAAACAAUUAUAUUUGUCCUCCAGCACAUGUUCUUAGAAAAUAAAAAAAAUAAAAAAUAGCAUCUAAUCACUCAUAAUGUGUACCAUUCAAGACUGUGAUUGAAGUCUGGGAGCCUUGCUAUCAGUAAUAUAAUGCAUUGUUGUUCCCAGGAUAGGUUGAGUAACUUUUUGUGUGUUGUGUAUUUGUCUUCUCAUCAGGAGCAGCGACUUAAAGAGCUUGGCAAAAAAACUCACAACACCUCCACCACUGCCUCUUCUCCAGUGUCCUCCUUAGCAGGCAGUAUAAACACCACAGCUGCUAUCGAUAUGUUCUCUACCCCAGGGUCUUUAAACAGGUACAAUUUGUCCAACGUCAGUGUGAAAACUUGUCUGUCUUUAUUUUCUAGCUGUUUAAGAAAAUGUCAGACCAGAACUUUAAACAAUCCAUUUUAAUAUACUCUAAAGCACACGUUAUAGAUGUUUUACCUACCCAUUUUGCUGCUUGAGAUAAUACUUUAAAAAAGCCAAAAACAGGAGCCUUUUGUAACCUACUAUAUCUCUGGGCUGCCAAAGCCUUCAGGGGGAGAAUGUGUUAUUUGUAUGAUUCUCCCAGGGUUCUCUGUAAUGCCGCUCUCAAUGCAGCUCCAUGUGCCAUCUCAUUCGUGUAUAGGGAAUAGUGACCAUACAUACUGCAAUGGAAUGCAAUAUCUGCCACUCUUACACCGGCACUUUAAAUAUGGAUUUAGGUCAGAUGACCUCCAAAAUACAUUAGUUUUGUAUAGGAUCCAGGAGAAUUCCCAUGUCUAACAAAGAUAAUGUGUUAAUAGUAAGCAAAAUUAGAGAAAAUUUAUUGAUACUUACCGUAAUUUUCUUUUCCUGGCUAUUAUUCAUGGCAGCAUUUAACAUAUGGGUUUAGCUCCUCCCUCCAACCCUCAGGACAGGAAACACAAUCAAUUAAACAAUUAAGCCUACCUUCCCCUAGUAUAUUAGGUACCCCAGUAUCCCCCACACCUCAGUCUAGUAACAAGACAAAUAAACCAAGAGAGGGUGGGAGACCAAAUGCUGCCAUGAAUAAUAGCCAGGAAAAGAAAAUUACGGUAAGUAUCAAUAAAUUUUCUCUAUUCCUGGCUAAUCAUGGCAGCAUUUAACAUAUGGGAUUACCAAAGCAAUAACCACUCAGGGAGGGUAAGUCAUGCUACAAAAACUGUUUAAUAUCCACUUAAGGCUUAUAAGAGUUCAGGACCGAUAGGCCAAACUCUGAAUCAGAACGAGAUGAGAUAUCCACUCUGUAGUGGUGUACAAAGGUUUUUAAAGAUGACCAAUUGGCAGCUUUACAGAUGCUCUCUGCAGGAACUCCUGACUCUGCAGCCCAUGAAGUAGCAAUGGACCUUGUGGAAUGUGCCUUGAUGUCCUUGGGAACAGGAACCUGUUUAGCUCUGUAAGCUUUAGAAAUAGCCUGAACCGUCCAAGAACGAAGGGUUGCGACAGAGGCAGCUUCACCUUUACGAGAACCCCAAGGUAUCACAAACAAUUGGGUAGACUUCCUCCAAUCAGCUGAGCGUGAAAUAUAUGUGGAAAGACACCUCCUUAGGUCUAGCGUAUGACAUCUUUCUUCCUCAGGAGACGAUGGCUCCUGAAAAUACCCUGGCAGGACAAUCUCUUGAUUCAAAUGAAAGGAUGUAAACCACCUUAGGAAGGAACUCAGGUCUAGGCCGUAGCGCAACCCUAUCAUCGAAGAAGGUAGUGAAUGGUUCUUCAGACGACAGUGCUCUAAUAUCUGACAUUCUCCUAGCAGAUACCAAGGCCAGUAACAACAGGGUCUUGAGAGAAAGAACCUGCAUAGAGACCUCAUCAAUAGGUUCGAAGGGAUGUUCCGUCAAGGCCUGCAGAACCAGAGGCAAAUUCCAAGGAGCAGAGAAAACCUUGAUAGAAGGUCUGAUCCUAAUCACUGCUUUGAAGAAGCGAAUUACAAUAGGAUUCAAUGCCCAACGAAUACCGGAAAGAGCUGAAAGAGCAGAGCAGUGCACUUUAAGCGUGUUAAGUUGAAGGCCCCUCUCCAGGCCUGCUUGCAGGAAACCCAAAACCUGAGACACGGAAGGGGAACCUAAUUCUUGAACCGUGGAAUUACACCAUCGAGCAAAGGUUUCCCAUACCUUAUGGUACGUAGAAGAAGUAGAAGGAUUCCUGGAACGUAACAGGGUAGAGAUAACCUGGUCCGAAAGGCCAUGUUCAACUAGAGACUUCCUCUCAAUAGCCAUGCAUGGAGCCUGAAUUUGUGAGGCUCCGGAUGAAACACUGGACCCUGAAUCAGCAGGUCUUCUGAGACUGGAAGUUCCCAAGGCAGGUCCACUGAUAACCUCUGUAACAGGGGAAACCAAGGGCGACAAGGCCAGAAUGGAAGUACAGCUAUCACCUUGCAAUGUUCCUUGGAGAUUUUUCUCAGAACAGCGUGGAUGAGGGGAAUUGGAGGAAAAACGUAAGCCAGAUCGAAUACCCAAUUGAUGGAUAGAGCAUCUUGAGCAACCGCCUUUGGAUGGUAUCUCCUCGACACAAAGCAUGGAACCUGAGCAUUCCGAAAGGUCGCCAUGAGGUCUACUUGGGGAAGACCCCACUUCUGGACCAACCGAGCGAAGAUUCUCCUGGAAAGUUGCCAUUCUGAAGCCUCUAUCCGAUGUCUGCUGAGGAAAUCCGCUAUUACAUUCUCCUUCCCUGGGAGAUAGAUGGCACACAGGCCUUCCACAUGAUUCUGAGCCCAGGUCAUAAUGGGAACUAUCUCUCUCAUCAGGGCUACACUCCUUGUUCCGCCUUGAUGGUUUAUGUAGGCAGCCGCCGCUUUGUUGUCCACUCUCAACUUGACCCAGCAAUGCCUGAUGAGAUGCUGAAAAUGAAGAAGCGCCAGAAAGGUUGCUCUUAGCUCCCUGAUGUUGGAAGGCAAGCAUUGAGUUCUUGGAGGCCAAUUUGCUUGAAAAAAUUGAUUGCCUAAAUGUGCCCCCCAACCUGUCAGACUGGCAUCUGUCGUAAUGACCACCCAAUCUAUUUCCCGCAAGGGGAACCCCCUGGAGAGAUUUUCCCAUGACUUCCACCAAAGGAGCUUCUGCUUCAGAAUCAAAGGAAUGCGAAUCAGCGUCUCCCACUCCCUCGAGUCGGUCCUGAAAUUUUUUAGGAAAAAUUGUUGAAGAGGGCGAAGGUUCCACUGAGCCCAUCUGACAAGUUCUAUCGUAGAGGAAAGAGUCCCCAGAAGCCUCAUAAACUCUCUUGCCGAGGCUGAAGUCUUUAGUCUGAAGUCCCUUAUCCGAUCUCGAAGUCUGAUCUUUCUGUCGUGUGAGAGGGAUACAAUCGCUGUGUCUGUAUUGAAAUUUGCUCCCAGGAAUAUCAGUUCUCUUGAAGGAUUCAAGUGACUCUUCUCGUAAUUGAUGAGCCAACCGAAAUGAGAUAGAGUGUCUAGGACUAAUUGCCUGUGUUGGAAUAUUGAUGCUAGGUCCGGAGCCACUACCAGGAUGUCGUCCAGGUAGUGAAACACCGCUACCCCUUCUUUUCUGAGCAAAGCAAUGAUGGAGACCAGAACCUUCGAGAAGGUCCUCGGGGCCGUACUUAUACCAAAAGGAAGGGCCUGGAAUUGAAAGUGUUCCUUCCGGACACAAAACCUGAGAAACCUUUGAUGGGUGAACGUGAUAGGGACAUGAAAAUAUGCAUCCCUGAGGUCUACUGAUAUCAUCCAAUCUUGGUGAUGAACAACCGGAAUGAUGGAGCGAAUGGAUUCCAUCCGAAAUUUUCUGACUCUCAGAUAAAGGUUGAGCUGGUGGAGAUCUAAAAUAGGCCUCCAUUUUCCCUCUGGCUUCUUGACCAAGAACAGGGGGGAAUAAUAUCCCUGGAAUCUUUCUUUUAUGGGUACAGGUAUGAUGGCUUCUUCCGUAAGAAGAUUGUUGACAUAAAGAGUCAAAACCUCUCUUUUUUGGAUGUUGGCUGGAAGCCUUGUGCGAAUAAACCUUGGUGGAGGUGGAUAUUCGUCGAAUUCCAGAUGAUAACCUCCGGUGAUAAUGGAUCUUACCCAAGCAUCUGGAAUUAUUUCCCAGGCCCUCUGAAAGAAUGAAAGACGUGCUCCCACUCGAGGAACCUGGAGUAAGCCACCUUCAGAAUUGCUUGUUGGGGCGAAAGGAAGAGGUCUGCGUCUUGCCCCUAGAGGAUUUCCCAUUCAGGCCGCUCUUCCAAUUGGAAUUCCUUGAGAAUUCUCUACCUGGCCUGUAAGUCUUACUUUCCCUAAAGUAGCCUUGAUCCCUAAAAGGUCUACGGUCCAGACGAGGUCUCUUUGGACGCCUAUCUUGUGGCAGCAUGACCUGUUUAACCUCGGCCGCCUUUUUAAUCGCUUCAUCCAGAGGUUUCCCAAAAAGCACUUCUCCCAUAAAGGGAAGUGAGCAUAAAUUAUUCUUGGAUGACAGGUCUGCUCCCCAGGAUCUCAGCCAAAGCGCCCUUCUAGCGGUGACUGAAUGUGCCAUAACCUUAGAAAGAAUUCUAAUGAGGUCAGUGGAGGAUUCCAAAAGCCAGUCACUGGCGAGUUUGAUAUCCCUUAAGGAUUCCGCCAUCUGACGUCUACUGACUCCUUUAUCUAUGUCAUCCUCCAAGUCAAGCAACCAGGAACGCAUGGCUCUAGACAAAGCCGAAAUGGACACAGCUGGAUGGCAACCUAAACCCGCUGUCAUGAAAGCUUUAGAUAAAUCAGCAUCAAUCCUUUUAUCCAUGGGCUCCUUAAGGGAAGCAUUGCUAUCAAUUGGUAGCGUGGAUCUUUUAGCAACCUUAAUGAUAGGAGCAUCAACUUUGGGGACCGUAGUCCACAAUCUGGAAUCCUCCUCUUUAAUCGGAUAUAACUUCGAAAGCCGACCCUGACUAGUAAUCCUCUUACUAGGAAUUUGCCACUCGUUCCUCAUCAGGUCUUUAAUAGAGCUGUGGACUGGAAAGGAAGGUCUUUUCUUAUGUAAAUCUCCAAAGUGUCUGUCAGAAGCUGAACAUUCUCUGGUUUCUUCCGGCAAAUCCAAUGUUCUUCUAACAGCCAUAAUCAAAUGCUCCAUAGCUUUGGAGUCCAAGGAGCAAGGUUGUUCCAUAUACUCCUCUUCACUGGACGAGAUUGGCUCCAAAUCCAGGUAAGAUGAAGUUUGUCUGUAUUCAUCGUCAGACUGAUCUGAAUCCAUGCUGAAGUUUUCCCCUCUUGAUCUCUUAAUCUUGUGGGAUUCAGCAAUUCCUUCAACCACUGCCUGCUUAAUCCAAUAAGCAAUAUCCUUGGCUGAGGAGGUAGAGGCUUGCGGUGACCUCUGGUGAUCAGAUUCUCCUGCGGCCAUGUUUAAGCAUUUUCUGCAGAGCCUGCAGUUAUCCAAAGGCCUUGCUCCACAUCCAGGGCAGGCUGCCGGCUUCUCCCUUCUCCUCGAUGGGGAUCUGGGACAGGACCGGUCACGAGGGCUGUAAGAUACAGAAGUCAUAAGACUGUACCCUCUGUGCACUCUUUUUAGUAACGUGAAGAAACCAAGAAAAAAUAUUGCUCACCUAUGACCUAUAGCAGAUCUCGUUGAUCUUGCAGAAGGGGAUGAAGGAUCCAUACUGACUGUAGGGCUAAGAAUGUUAAAAUAAUAAGAAAAGUAUUCCCAGCCCAAUAUUAUGCUGAUUUUAAAAUAUAAGUAAUUCUCUUACCUGCAGAGCUUUAAGAACAGUCUACUAGAGCACUGUAUCUUUAAAGGGAACGGAAACGAGCGUUUUUUAAGCUAAAUACCGCCAUUUCAAAUUUCCCGCUCUGUACCUUUAAAUGAUCGCGCAUGCGCACUUCGGUCGCGAGAUCGCUAAACCGCCAUUUUGGAAAGGGGCAAACUUCACUCUGGGUCCGGUCGGAUGCAUUGCGCAUGCGCGGGCGUCUUACCGUUAUGCUGAUCGUCUGAUCGAGGUCUGCAGCACACACUGGACUGCAGAGGAUUCCCAUAGCCUGUGGAACUAACCACCCAGGCUCCCAGGGGUUCCCAACUCCAUGGAGAUUGGGCUACAUGUGCCUGGGCUUCCUGAGGAGGGAGGCUGACCUCCAAAGGGACAAGACCAUAUAAAACAUGGUCAGGUGAGCAAAAAAUAAAAAAUAAUUCAGAAGAAACUGAAAAAAGAAAAAAAAAAAUAUUUAAACUGUCCUAGGGCUAGGAGGACAGGAAAAGACUGAGGUAUAGGGGAUACUGGGGUACCUAAUAUACUAGGGGAAGGUAGGCUUAAUUGUUUAAUUGAUUGUGUUUCCUGUCCUGAGGGUUGGAGGGAGGAGCUAAACCCAUAUGUUAAAUGCUGCCAUGAUUAGCCAGGAAAAACCAUUUAAAGACCAUUCCAAUUUUUUUCUCCACUCUAGCAGGCUGAUUAAUAAUUCAAAGUCCUUAAUCGCUUUGCUUGUUCACUAUGAUCCUCUGCCCACUUAAUGUGUGCCCACACCGUUUUUCUUGGCUCCUCAUUACAGCCUUGCAGCACAGUGUGGAAGCGUUCAUGUGGGGUGAUUGCAAUUGGUCUUUAUAGUGUUUGUACUUUUCUCCUUCAGCAGUUCCAAAAUGUCUAAUGAUCUGCUGGACAUGCAGCCAACAUUCCAGACUGCUGUACCACCUGUGGCAGGUACAUGGGGAGGUAAGAAAUUUUACCAUGUUGUUACUGCGCACAAUAUUGUCGCAAAUUCAGCAUCUGUGAAGUGUAAUCAUAAAUGUUUUACUCGUAGUAUUCCCCCCCCUUCCCCGCAAUACAUUAUUUAAAAGCCUACGCUCUGCAUGCAUAGCAUUAAAAAUCUUUAUUAUAUUUUAAAGAUUAUGAAUGUACAGCCCUUUAACACACCUGUGAACUUUUACUACAUCUUCAAACAUGCCAGAGUGUCAAUGCAAUGUCAGAUGGUCAACCUCUAGCCUACAGGGCUGUACUAAGUAUAUGGGGAAAACACGGGUUUUCCCAUCCAGAUAACCAACCUGUAGUUUGAAGUCCAUGGCGAAAAGGCUAGUGUGGUUAGCCGUGACAAAGUGCUACGAGAGGUAGGACCACUGAUGGUAAAAGCAGGGACUCUGGAUAUGAGGGUUAGGGGUUCAGAUUUAUCAGAUCUAAUUCUGCUUACCAAUAUUUUGAGCACUCACCGUCUCAUGUUAGUGUUCCACUUGGAUACAUGGCAGGCAGUCUCCCUCCCAAAAUUGUAACCCUUUGAGUACUGGAAGUGUGAGUAGCACGUUUGUAUUGGCUACCAACCUCACUGUUUCUGCAGUGCUGAUAGUAGAAUAGUAAGCAAUUACAUAGCAAUUAUCUAUAUGGUAGAGUAUAAAAUAUGUGAAUUGCUUGUCACACUACCUGUGACUCCUCUCUCAGCCAUGUUUAUGUCCAAUACUAUACUGUUAGACAUUACAGUGUCAUUUGUCAUCAUAUGCCUUGCCUGUGUCUGCGCUCAUAAGCUGUGUUGUGUUAUUUGAGCGUCCACUCGCACAUGAACACUUAAGCUGCUGUCCAAAGAAAUCUUGGUACAGUAAUAAUAACUUUUCAGACAGACCUGUCUAAGUUCUGUCAUGUUUCCUGUAUUAUCCGACAAUGCGUUUUGUUUGUCUCUCGUGUAUUUCUGGUGUGCAUGAAAGCACUACCGAUCGACUUUGCUCUUCUUAACUUUCAAAGAAGCACGGCUCCCGUGAAAUAAAUCAGGCUAGAGAUACACACUUCAUGUAUCCUUGCAAGGUGUGUUGAGGUAGCCGUGAAAUGUUUUUGUGGUGGGCUGUAACCUUUACUAACAUGCUUUCCUUUCUUCUCUUUUCUUCAAUUAACCUUUAACCCUUCCUGUUCUCUGGGUGCACAGAUCCUUUCUCUUCUGAAUCUGCAGAUGAAUCUGUUUCAAGCUUAAAUCCUUUUCUCAAUAAACUUAACGAUGGUGCCCACCUACCUGCUGUAACUUCUGAUACAACCAGUUUUACCGCUAAGACGCCCAACAGUGACAUAUUUAAUGGUAAUGUACCAUUUACGCACUUUUGGUCAGUUCGAUAUGGUUAGAAGACAGGCAGGCUUUUCUUUCUUAUAGUUUUCAUUUUAAGCAUUACUUUUACAGUAACUUGCAGUUUAUCUAAAUAUAUUAGUUUUGUAAUAGCAGUUAAUGAAAGUCCAUCCAUAAUUAUUUUUAAUUCUUUAGAUCAUACCAAUCCUUUUUCUGAACCUGCCAGCUCUUUGUCAAGGUUUGUGUCUAGCCGAGGAGUAGAGCAUUAUAAAUCAGGUAUAUUGUAGACAAUGCUUUGGGCUUGUUGCCUCUUGUCUUUUAAGGGCACUAAACCUGGCAUUCGUUGGUAGUUUGAAUCAAUGCUUAACCCUCAUGGCACCUCCGUUUUAAAACACCAGGUACAUUUACUGCCCAAAAGUGUGAAUUCAUUUAAGGUAUCCAAUUUUUCGCUUUGGAGAACCGGCUGUAUAAACAUAACAAAAUCCAGAUUGCAGAUUAAAAAAAUAAAUAAAUAAUUAGAUAAUUUACCAUCUGAUUUGGAUAUUUCUGGCUCUGGCUUUGACAGAGAUGACCGUAUCUUCUUCCCUAUAGUCCCAAAAGCUUGUGCUUAUACCUUAACUGCCUGAUACCCCUCCUUCCACGUAACUUCUCUAGCAUACCUUUUAUCAUCCACAUAAAUACACACGAUUAUUUACAAAAGUGUUUUGUUAAUUCAAAGAGAAUUUCAGUCCAGAAAAGCCAAAUUGAGGGGGGACAACCGAUAUCUGAAUCCGCUGUUUUCAGGGUGACUGUUAUGGCCUUAAACUAUAAAUUCUUAGUGUUUUACACGUUUUUUGUCCUUAUAGCGUAUAGUGGUCUUUGCUGUUAUAUCUGUAUAUUCGUUUUGCCAGAAUUUGUUGUGUUUGUACUUUAUAUUGUAUCAGUUUUGUUAUUAAAUAUCUACAUAUUCAUGUGCCAGAAUUUGUUUGUGCCUAAGAAAUGUAUGCAUAUUCCUCAGCAAGUCCGGGGAAACCUGUUCUGUUUUCUUAUGAUUGCUUCAGUGAAUGAGUCUGGUGUUUCAAGGGGUUAGCGUUCACACAAACAUGCUUUAGAUUACUAUGCCAUGUGACCAUGUUUGAUUUUGAUGCCAUGAAUUCCUGGUGAACAUUAGAGUGUGUCUAUCUUGGCUCCUGGAAACAUGUAUUGUAUAUGAUUAUGUGAUUAUAAACGUUGAUUGAUGUUAGGCUCUUACAUGAUGACCCCCUACUGCUUUUUUUCCAGAGCUAUUUUUAUUCUCCAGUCUACUCUUACUCUGACUUUUUUUUUUUUUUUCUUUCCUCCCUUUACCGUUUGCACAACCCCAAAGCUUAGUUUUCUCAGAAUAUUAACCGUUUUAGAAAUGCACUUACACCUUAUCCUAGCAGGGACAUUUUAUAUAGUAAAUUAGGCCGUUUUUUUAUAUCCGUAGGAAAACGUAUGGUAUUACAGUUAUAGCGUAAUGCGAUUUUUAUGCUGUAAACCACGAGCCUUUUCUUGAUGGUCAUGAUGAUGAUGAUGUGGUUGCAUAUCUCCUAAUCUGGCAGAACAUUAUAAAAUAUUAUAGUCAAGCACCUAACUGACUUGGAAGAUAAUAGUCCACCUGCAUUAACUUCAGAAAAAUUCCAUCAUACAGUUUUUGUGGAGGGUUUUCUUUUUUUUCUCUAUACACUUUACCGACAAAUAAUAAAAAUAAAAAGUUAAAUAAAGAUAUUUAUAUAUUUAACUUCAAAGUUUAGAUGCCAUAAAACCCUCACACCAGGAAGAGACCUUUCAGGUUCGUGUCAUUCUCCUUUAUGGUAACUCUUCCUAUCUUCCUAUCCGUAAACUUGUCCAGCUGUAGUUUAUGGGAUAAGAUAGAUAUAUAGAAAAAGUUGGACCUCUUGCACUCCUACUUAAAGUAUUAAAUACCUGGUGCCAAGUCACAAUAGUAUAAAGAUAUCAAGAUUACCGGCACUCUUCGGCUUGGUUCAUUCAAUUUAUUGUUGGUAUAUCCAAAAAUAGUCAACGUUUCAGCUCCCGAUCGGAGCUUUCGUCAGGACACAUCUAAUGCAUUAUCAAUCUCUCUCCAGGGAACGAUGUAUGAUACAGUUCAGUGUUCUUCGAAUGUAUUGUUGAAGUUUGCACAAGGGUCAAUAAGUAAUGAUCCUUUGCUUGCAUUUAGAAGUCUCACUUGAUUUCUAAUAUGUCUUUCCUCUCUUCUGACCUGACUCAUCAGAUUCUUUCUGUGGUCCUCGAGUCUAUCCUAACGCUUCCCAUUUUCGUUCUGAGUCCUCUUCAGUAGCUGGCCUAUAUGGAGGUAGGUGAAUAAAUAGUUGUAGUGCAUGGUUUAUAUUUUUUCUAAAUAUAUCCAUCCUACCAUAUAUUAAUAGCUAUUUACCAUCAUGGCUGCCAUGGAUGUUCUUAUCGUGUAGUUUAUGUACUGUCUAAAUGGCUAUUCUUUUAUCCUGCUUUUUUUUUUUUUAUAUUAGAAAAUGUGCCCUCUGUAUUUUGGUCAGUGCUCCCUUUCCUCCUAUAUGUGCUAUAGCAGGAUUCCAGCUAGUUAAGCUUUCAUUAGUGAAUUUGAAUUUAAUACAUUUAUAUUUACGAUUAUUUAACUAUAAUUUAUACAAUGAAUAGCAAGUAUGAGCAUCUCUAGCUGGCCGAUAAUUUUCAAUAUAUCUCGUUUAACUAAAAGUUCUUACUGCCUUGGGCACCAGAGCGGCGGUGAGUUACGGUUUUGACAUUUAAAAUAUGUUUUGUUUCAAUAUUCUUGGUGUCUUUUACCAGUACUCUUAUUCCUGUGUACACAUCGGCAAUAGAAUAUUGAUUUGUGCCCCAAUAAACACCACGAGAGCUGAGAUGUAGGUCUCUGGUGCGUUAAAGGGGCACUGUAACUCCUUCCACUCAUGGAAGUGGUUAUAGUGUCUGCAGUUACCUGACACCAUUUUUCCAUUCAGCGUUGAGAAAUUCUUAAUUAUUUUUAAUCCUAAACAAGAGUCCCCGGCAGCUCAUCCUCUCUGUUUAAGAUUAAAGUAUUAGCCUGGGCAGCAGUGGGUGGUUGUGACUGACUGAGAGUGUCAGCUGACCUCUUGCAGCCUAUCACAGUGUCUAUUGUCGGUAUUAAUUGGUAUGGCUAGAAGAAGUGUGUAAUCUCCACCUUGACCACACUUCCAGCAAGGAACAGGCAGUGUGCGGCAAGGGACCCUCAUUCAAUGCCAAAUCUCUCAAAAUGGGUUACCACUGAAUGCAGGCCCAUGCACUGCAUCCAGUUCAAUGAGGUGAAAUGGUUUCACUUGGAGUGCCCCGGGAGACCAUGUCACAUCCAUGAAGUAUUGUUUUCAAGCUUCUCCAUCCAUUUGCAUAGAUUUUUCUCUCUUUUCAGUACCUUUGGCAAUGCUAGACCUCCUCUGUUUAAUAUCUUACAUUUUGGUCUAAAAUCUAGAUGGCACUUUUUUCAGUGACACGCUCCAUCUAAGAUGAGAUGGUGUCUGUUAAAGAAACACAAUAGCGUUGGGAAAUCAAACCUGUAUUCCUAGUAUGUUAUUUUGCAUGAAAACUAAUAUCCAAAAUGAAUAAAAAGAUUGCAGCUGUCAGGCUGCAUUUCCUUUAAUUCUCCCAAAGACAGGAACUGGCAAAAAAAUUCUGAGCAUUGCUGUCCAAUUGCAGCUUUGAGUGAGGAGUGUGUCAUGGUUGGACAAUGCAUGAGAAGCUCUAGCUCUGUGUAUUCCUCUGAGACAUCCUGUGACACUAAAAUGUCAGUCCAAAGGGAAUAUGUUUUGUCUUGUGGGUUCAUUUGAUUCUAAGAAAACAAUGUUUCGAAAUAUGUAUACUUACCCUGUAAAUAAAUGACUGAACAUGUACCGGGUAUCCACAAAUAUGUGGACAGAUACAUCCUCUCUAGGGGAAGGAUAGAAUGUAAUCACCAGUAAAUGCAUGUAUUAAGUAAAGAUUGCUUCCCAAUUGGUUCUCGGUUUGCUGGGCAUUCUGAGAUUUGAUCGUAGGCAUAAAAUUAUUUUAUCUAUAUGUUUGUUACCACAUGGUUAUCGCUGACAUGUCUUUAAAGUGCCAGCAUGUCAGUAGAGUGUGGUAACGUUCCAGUUGCCAUAAAAGCGUAACGUUGGUAGCAUUCUCCUGCCGUUAUCAUUCACAGCGGUCUGGAAUCAUUUGGGUUUGGUCCAGCCUCAGACGUGAGCAGAGGAUUCCGUAGAGAUUUUUCUGUCUCUUGUUAAUGUUCCGAACGUGGCAGCAGUCCGUGUUCUCGUGCUUUUUUUAUCUUUUUAUAGUGCGAUGAGCCAAAGAAACUCUUUCUAUACUGAAUAGAUUUGGCAGUACGACCGCACAACUGUUACAGUGGUUAAUGGCCGUGACAUAUUUACAGAUUUAGGUUUCUGAAAUAAGUGAAUUUUACUAUGGAAAUGAAAUCUGAUAUAUUUUUUAUUUUAAUAGGCUCGUGUUUACAGUUUCACUGCGUAGAUUUUUUUGGGUGUCUGUUUAAACACACUUUACUUUCACACCCAUGGGGCAAUGUUUUUGACAAAAGUGGAUUUCAAAAAUGUUUGCAUAAUUGAUUUUAUUAAAUCUAACUCUUCCUGGUUUCAGACUUGGUAAAUAAACUUGCAGCCUAUACUUCUGUGUGAAUAUCACCGGUAUGAUAUAGGUGGAACCUACAUAAUAAAUGUACUAGCUGGCAUUUUAAAUAUCAUAUGAGUGGUGUCAUAAAUAGUCUGUUUAGAGCCACAUGAUUCAUGUUCUCUCCCCAUUCAAUGCUUUCAGUACCUUUGGCAAUGCUAGACCUCCUCUGUUUAAUAUCUUCCCCUAAAAUCUAGAUGGCACUUCUUUCAGUGACACACUCCAUCUAAGGUGAGAUGUUGUCUGUUAAAGAAACACAAUAGCGUUAGGAAAUUAAACCUGUAUUCCUAGUGCCGUAGUGUCCUAGUAUCUUGUUAGAAUAUUGGACACCCCCCCACCCCCAAAUGAAAUAAGUAAAAAGAUUUACUUACCUUUUCUUGAUGAUGUCCAAGAAUCCAAUGUUUCUCCAUAAUAAAGCACAGUAAUGUCUUGUGAGCAUGCACCAUUCAGCAUCUCCUUGUCGAGGUGCAUUGAAUGAAUGCAGCUCUAUAGGAUGUGUUCAGCCUCUCCCAUGCAGAGCAGGACCCGUCCAGGAAGUCACGCUAGUAGCUGUCCAUGUGACAGCCAGGAUUUGGGCAGCAAAGUAAACACUACCUUUAUUAUGAACUACAUAAAGCUGUGGUGGUUCUGGUGGCUAUAGUGUCCCUAUAAUUUCUCUUCAGGUUUGUGAGUCCGUUAUAGUAUAUAAAAUAUAUUUGUUAUAAAUGUGCCCACAAACAAUCCUCCUGUUGCAUUUACAAGCAAGUAGUAUAAUUUAGUGACUAGUUGGGAUUCAAAUUAAAAUGGCUAGAGAAAAAAAACAAAAGGCAGUUGCACCAACGCACAAAACUUUCGAUAAACAACUCUUGUCAUAGACCGUCACAAUCAGCCAAAACUGUGCAAAUCUGAAGUUACCCAGAUAAGUUUCUCCUUGGCAUGCGUAUGUCUUUACAAUGUAACGAUAAACUUAUAUACAACAAAAUAAUCUUCUAGUAUAUUGCAAACACAAAGACUAAAUGUAUAGGGUGAAAAUGGCCACUUACAUCUACAAGAGCUAGCACAAUACCUCAAGUAAAACGGCAUACAGUGAUACAAUACCCACUGGUGGAUAUGGGACCAGUCGCAAUGGUGAGCAGAAUCUUAGUGUGAUACCCAGAGUUAACAGUGAACCAAGAAUAAACAUAUUGGCUACUCACAUGGAUAGAGCUUUUAAUGAGCUCUAAUAAUUCAUCCUUGCUGUGUAUAAUCCCUGCUCCAGGAUAUGAGAGAGGUGAAUAUUCUCCGGGGUAGUGGUUGUGCAUAAACAAAAAAAAAACAAAAAAUGUAAAAAUUCAUAUAGUCCUCUCUGUAAAUAAUUAAAAAUAAUACGAUGCAGGUAUCUUACAUUAUUUAGAGUAGUGUCCUACUCUGAAUUCCAAGUGCAGCUGGUAUUAUCUCCACCAAGGAUACGUAAGAGACCAAGCAAACUUUCAUAUAAAAUCCAGUAGUCCGCCAGAAGUUAAUAUAAUCCAAGAAUUUUUAUUAGAAAAACUAAAAACCGUAAAAAGUACAAAUUAUAAAAAAACGCGGAGGGUGCUUAAAGGGAGGGCGACUCUCAAACACUGCACUGAACCUUAUUUGGUCAUUUUACUUCCACAUUCAGAUCUCCCCCAUUUGGGUGAUUGUUUAUGAUAAGUGUAACGGAUCACCUGGCACCCCGACUGAGUACCUCCGUUGAAGGAUGCUCCUAGCGCUUCCUGAGGGCUCCAAGCACUCCAGCCGACACCAUAACCACCGUAGACUCCUUCAGAGAGCAAGACAGGAACAAGCUCUUACAAGAGCUCAGUGAUUAUAGCAAGGGAAUAUGAAGAGCAUAGCAAUCCCUUGUAGCAGAUUCCCCCAAUAAGAGACAGGAUUCUGAUUAAAAGCUUGAUUUCUACUUCACCCUCAAUCUAACACUCUGCUUUUAUGCACAUUUUACACACACAGUACUGCCCACAGGGUUUUGCAGAACAACCAAUCAAUACGUACAAUACACUCAGACACUCCCACACAAAAUCCUCCCCUCUGCCUGUGAUAUGAUUACUGAACACAAUGGUCUAAUGUAAUUAUCAUAGGCAGGAAAAUACAGUUUUACACAAUAUUCAUAACUCUAAAAGUAUACAUCACAUUCAGAAUCAGCAUACUCCAAAUACAAACAUUGGAAAAUCAUACAAAUUGGUCCAGUGGGUCAAAAGUUAGAUCGACGUCCUUUGUGACCAAAUGAAGCAUGGCUUUUCUGUCCAAAACCAGUUCCACAGAGUCUUCUAUCCUGGAGAUAAUUGGGAAGUAACCCAAUUAUCUCAAAGGACAGAGGCAAAACUCCAUUAGCCACAGGGUAGCAAAAUACAAUAAAAUACAUAAAAAUAUUUAACUGUGCAGCUAUUGCAUAAAACAGGUAUAUUCAACAUAUCCCCAGAUAGUUCAGAUCUGAGCGCACAUUAUUACUGAAUGGCGCUCAGAUCACAUACAUACAGUUCAAUUGCCAUGGAGCCAAAGUCUUUCACAUAGUCUUUCGUUAUACGAAUGGGCUCCAUGGCAUAGCUAUCUGGGGUAUCACCGCUCAAACAGGGCAAGCACCGAAUGACCCAGCUUUCGGGUCUUUGCAGGGGAAAAUUAAGCAUUUCAAUAUGGGGCCAUAGUCACAGGGCAGGAGGUUGGCAAUCGGUCUUCUCCAGUGGCGAGGCUGGUUCCACUACAAUAGGUUUUGUGUAUUUGCGUAACUGCCUUUUGCUUUUUCUCUUGCGUUCAUCCUCUUUGUUGGUUAGCUGCUUUGUUCCAUUUUAUAUCCUUUGACGAUUAGCACUUCCUUUUUGUUUGUUUUUAGCCACUAUUGGUGCGGUUUACAAACAUUUUGCUAAUCCCAUUAUGAGCUUGCAUUAUGGAAGGCACCCGGUUCUUUGGACUCGGCCAUUCUGUUAGUUUUUUUUUUUUUUUUAGAUCUACUUUUUUAGGACUGGACACUUCCAGGGCUUGUUUACGUUUAUGGGUGUAUGUCUUGCAUGCGCCUGAAUUCAACCGUGCAGCUUGUUCCUGCACGUCCUUCCAAUACUUUUUCACUCAUCCAUUUAGUCCUCUUCAGGGAGCAUAGAUCGAAAAUUGUAAUGUUCCCUCCAGAUCACUUUUCUAAUAACUUUUGUAGAUAGGUAAAAAAAAAAAGGAUUGAUUUCAUCUGAAUUAAACAUUCUCUCAAGAAACUUCAUGAUUUCUUAUCCCCAGCCUUGCUCCUCAAUGGAUUCCACAAGUUUAUUCUGUAUGAUGUGAGACCCUAUAAAUCUAAAAAUAUCAAGUGGACUUUAUAUAUUUCUAUUAACAUUCUCUUCUCUUUUUAUUUUAUUUUUUUAUUUUUUUAAGGAUUCACACCAUCUGUAGCUGUUCAACCACAGACCUCCGGCGGCCUUAAUGUUGACUUUGAUUCUGUUUUUGGCAACAGAUCUCCUACCAAUGUCAAUUUAGACUCUACGGGUAGGAAUGUUUUCUGUCAUUCUGCUUCUUCCCAAUACCAGCUGCUAAUCUUAGGUUAUGCUUGCUGACACAUUUCAAAGUUAUCUCUCAUUUAUCUGUUUGUAAUUUCAUUUGGCGAUUGUUGUUCUGACAUAGGACUGCAUAGAUUCUUAGCAAAAAUAUAGCUACUUUGAAGUGAGUCUGUCUCCACUUUAGGCUUUAAUACACAGACUGUUUUGAAACGGAUAACAUACUAUGCAGCCAGCGAUUAGCUCACUUACUGUAGCCUUUAUCGCUGCCAUUUAAAUAUUUUGUGGCUUCAUAACUUUUUACAAUUCACUGGCAUUAUGCUCAUGUUUGUUUGAGCAUCAAAGAUACAUACUACAAUUAUUACAAUUCUCAAAUGCUGAUGUUUGUAAGCUCUUGGACGUUCUGUUGACUCCUAAAUCUAUGUAAUAAUUCUUCAGGUUUUGAAGAUUUGGACGGGCUCCUGAAACCAACGGUAACGUCUCAGAAUCAGAGUCUUCCCUCUGCCAAGCACCUGCCAAACAAACUGGUCUCAGACGAUCUGGAUUCAUCCUUAGCCAACCUUGUGGGCAGUGAGUAGGCUUGCAAUGCGACUAAAUGUUUCCAAUGUCCCUGUAUUCAUUAGUGUGUUUAGAGAUCUCUCUCUCUCAUUGACUCACAUGCCGUAGUGCAUUUUAAGAGUACUAUCAGUUAGCUUGUUUGAGUGAUUUAAACUAAACUGAAAGACCGUGACCUUGACUUUCGAAUUUACACAAUGUUUCUCAAUGGAAAAUAGUUAAUCGCCAUUUAUUUUCUUUCUUAUACAGAAAUGACCUAACACGCCAUAUUUAUUUUUGAAAAUUGGUCUUGUUCUUCUAACUUGUUUUAUGGAAGUGUGUUUCUUAAAGUAUAUUCUAUUUUUUGUUUUGUAGAUUUGGGAAUUGGGAAUGGAACAACAAAAAAGUGAGUUCUUCUACUAUUAAUUUCUCGUACUUUCGCCAUGUGUCAAACUUUGUUUUGAUCCUCUAAAAACGUCAAUGAUCACUUGCCCUCCUACAGUGCCACAAUAGCUGCUGGGUGAGGAAGGGUUAAAUGAUUCAGGAGAUAGAGGGUUGGAUACCUAAAAUAUAAAUAUACUACUUUUUAAAUUAUUAUUUUUCAUUCCAGAAAAGUGUAUACUCCCUACUUUAAAUUAAAAAAAAAUAAUAAAAAAAUAGGAAAAGAUGUUUGUAUGUAUAAUGUUAUUAUACAUAAGUGUGAAAAUUUAAUAUUUGGCUAAUUAAAGCUUCUCUCAUUAAGAGCCUCUUGCGUUAUUAAAUCAAAUUCACAGUGCAUUUUAUCCUCUCUAUCUGAAAAUGAGGACCAGUAAAAAUUCAUGCUCUUCCAGGGACUCCUAUUGAUAGUUUUGAUGUUUGUGAUAUCUUUAUACACAAAGAUGUCACUUUUUCUACUGAACAAUUACAAUGGUCCAUUUAAGUGCCUGGAUAUUUGUCGGAGACACGUGAAAUAAUCCCAAACUUCACUGACGUUGUUUGUAUUGGAUAGCUAACUCUUAAACCAUUAGGAACAAGUUAGUAGGGUCUUGUGUGGCUCCUGGUGUUAACCUCACCCUGGUCUAAGCUUUGCCCUACAGCUCCUGUUUGACUUCCUUAGUUUUCUGAAGUUCUACAAAUGCUCAAAGUGGGGGACAAACAUUGUUAAUGUUGACACUGACUGUGUUUGAAUUGCCUCAUUUUUAAUGUAAAUCUCUUUAAUGUUCUCCAGCCAGAGCUAUAAAGGUUGUUUACAAGUUUGUAAUAUAAUCCUAUAUUUGUGAAGGCCUUGUUCCAUUUUAUAUCGUAAGAAAAUGACAUUAUUUGUAGAUUCAUACAAUCAUCUGAGAAAAUGUUAAAUGUGGGAAGCUGUAUGUCGUCUUCUGUCAGUCUGUAAUUUAACAAUUAGCUCUUCUGUUCUAGUGACGUGCAUUGGAGUCAACCAGGAGAAAAGAAAUUAACAGGGGGGAGCAACUGGCAACCAAAAGUCGCUCCCACCACAACCUGGAACCCAGCCACUCUGGUAAGUCGGAUCGGAGUCAAUUUAUUUUGCACAUUUUUUUUUAUUAUUUUUUGAGGGGGGUUAGGAAGGGAGAAAAAAGGAGAGUUCCCGUCCCAUGCUGACAGUGGAGUUACCAUUCCAGGUAAAAGAGGAGAGCUCCCUCCCAGCAAUGGAGGUCGCAGUAUUCACCUGAUGAAAUGCAACAUUUAUUUAAAUUAUUCAACUCUUUUCACUUUUUAAAAUACACGCUGUUGAGGAAAUAACGAUUGCACCAGUUCUAAAUGACAUCAUUAGGUAGAUUUUUGUUUUUACAACUGCCAACAAAGCAGCCGUCCUGGUCUAAUAUUAGGAUUUCAUGUGAAGGUAUUGUACAAGCUUUUAGACUCCACCAAAUGAAUUUAAGAAAUAAACGGAAAAGAGGUCAUGAUUUAAUUCCAUUCUGUUUUGUGCUACAAACUCCUGAAGGCCUCAGUAAAACAGCUAGGCCUGAACGCACAGUCAGCACCCAGCUAUUGAUUUAUGGGAUUGGUAGCGUAUUGUGUAAACAGCGCUACUUGUCCCCAUUGGCAGAAUCUGCUCAUUUAUAAAAGAGGUUUGCCAUUAUAGUUUACUGAACGAGUGUAGAAAACUGAGAGGGCUUCCAGAUACAUUAUCUCAUUUCUCUCUUCUUUUGAAUUCAGAGAGGGUAUACAGAUUUGUGCUAUAUAAAAUCUAUGUAGGUUUUAUAAAAAUCCAGUAUGGUACACAAUGAAAUCCGUUUAAUUUUCUCCUGAUUCUCAGGAGGUGCCUAAAAGUCAUUUCAAAUGGGAUUUAGACUGAUUUUAGGUUAAAGAAAUGAUCGGUCUUUGCAGCAGAUAAGCUAUUGAGAUGGAUUCUGUCAUUGUCCCAAUGUCCUUCAUUUAAAUUUUUCAAUGAAAAAAUUAUACCGCAAAAAAAAAGCCCAAAACCUUCAGAGGUUAGUGGACACAGAUCUUUCGCAUCUAAUUAAUAAAGAACUCCAACUGAUUUCAAUUACUCCUGUUCUGUGUUUCAACACAUAAGGGGAUGUGACAUGUCCGUCAAAAUGUAAAUUUAUAAAUCUGAACCAAUUUAUCAUGGUACUCUGGCGAUGAUUGCACACAUUUAAUUACACCUCUUUUUGGACAUGGGGCGGUGACAUUAGAUAUGAUACAUGAAUACUAAUAUAGAUCUGUUAAUUUAACCAUUGAUUGUUUAAAUUGGGCACUAAAAAUAAUAGACUACCAGUUUGAAGAUUAAGCAUGUGUGUAAUUUAGACCCCUUGAACCGUGCUUAGAAAACUGCUCCAAAACAUAACAAUAACUUGAGUUUUGAUAGGUUCCUUUUAGCUUAAUGCAAGGAGGAGUCUCUACCAAAUUGCAGGAAUUUGCAACCUGGAUCAAUUAAAUUCAUGUUAAUAGGUGACCCAAAACUCAAAAUUGGGAUUUGACCAAAACUCAAAAGCAUUUUCUUGACAGAAGUUCAAUUGAAAUGCUAAAAUAACUGCUCUUAAUUUAUUACUGCAAAAAAAGGAAAUAUCCCGUAUCUUCCCUUGACUGAGCACACUCGCAGGACUUUUUAAUGUGUAACUCAAAUGCUGCUUUUAUUAGUACAGACUAAAUUAUAGUCAACGUUUCCAUCCUAAUCAGACUUUGUCAUGCAAAACGUCCAGUUAGGACUGCAACAUGGACUAAACGUUUGUUUGUACUGUUAAAAGUCCAGUGAGUGCGCGUGUCAAGGGACGUUAUUUAUAUGGCUGGAGUUUCUUGCACUGAGGCAUCCACGGGACUGGGAGCAGUGCAUGCUGGGUACAGAGUUUAUAUGCAGAAAAACCAAAGGGUUCAGCCUUGUGAUUAUCAUCCUGGGUUCAGCCUUUGUUCAUAAACCAUAAUGUUGACUAAAAUGCUGUUUUGUAUACUGUUUUAAGUUUGUGUUCUAAUCCUGUGUUAUUGCAUUAUAUAACUGUUCGUCCUGAUGAAAACUUAAACAGAAUGGCAUGCAUUUUCCACAAUACGUAAGUUGAACCCAAAACCAGCCCCCUUGCUGCAAAUUGGCAUGCUGUCCUUAACCACUGCUCUAGCCAGAACACGAGAUGCAGCCUCACACUAAUCACAGGUGGAUUGUGUGCCGACUAUCUCUUCACUGCAUCCUUUAUCUGAACUAAUGGCAUGGAGUGUCAAGUGCUUACACAACUGCUGGUCUUUCACUGAGCUUUGGUGUGGGAGUCUGUGGUGCUUUUAUUUUUGUUAGCUAACAACUAAUUGUGGUGUCAGCUUUGGGAGAGUCACUGGUUUGUAGCUAGGUGGUUCUGCUACUCACCGAUCCCUAAGUCACGGUUCCUUUAUUGGCUGCUAAGCAAAUUUGUUACCUGCAUGAAAUCUUUACGCAUUUAGUUACACGUUUGUAAUAUUUAAAGUUGGUCAUUAACAAAACACAAUACGAUCAUUGUGUUUUAAUUUGUGGAUUUAGGGGGAGGGGGGUUGCAGGAAAUGACAUAUCUGAACUAUUAGAUUGUCAUACUUGUAACAAGUGUCUUGAGUUAUAAGGCAAAUCUUGCAAAUUGGAUUUCAUGAGUUACUUUCAAUCUUUUUUGUAUUUUUUUUUUUGACAUAAUAUUUUAUAACAAUCUGUAUUUGAUUUGUUUCUUGUUAACAUGUAGUUUGUGUAAGGGUAGAGAGUGCUAUGUAGAUUCCUUUGCUGCAUAAAUUGGUCUUGAUUUCAUAACUGAAGUCAGCCAGCUGUCAAGUUUACAAAGUAUUAGCGAAAAAGGAAAAAUGAAAAGCUAGAAAUAGAAGUGCUAGCAAAGUAAUGGGGGCUGUGUAAUCAAUCCAAUGCAAGGAGCAUAGGUGGUUAUGUCUGGAAGAUCCAUUAACCAAUGGAAGUUCAUUAACAUUUGAUUAGACAUUGGAUGAGCAUGAGAACAGAAAACCAUUAAGGUACUUACGGCAAUGAUUUUAAAUAAGGCACUCUUGGGGACGGGGAGGUGGGGAGAAUGUGUGUAUAUACAACGUUCAGUCACAUCAAAACCACUGACAGGUGAAGUGAAUAACAUGGAUUAUAUCGUUACAAUGACACCUGUCAAGGGGUGGGAUAUUUUAGGCAGCAAGUGAACAGUCCGUUCUAGAAUUUCAGGUGUUCGAAACAGGUAAAAUUGGCAAAUAAAAAGAUCUGAGUGACUUUGACAAGGCCCAAAUAGUAAUGGCUAGAUAACUGGGUCAGUUCAACUCCAAAACAAUAAAGUCUUGUGGGGUAUUCCUAGUAUGCAGUGAUUGGUACCUAUCAAAAGUGGGGCAAGGAAGUACAGCCGAUAAACCGGCAUCAGGUCAUGGGAGCCCAAGGCUCAUUGAUGCACAUGAAGAACGAAAGCUGGCCCAUCUGUUCCGGUCACAUAAGAGAUACAAUUGCUAAAUGCUGGCCGUGAUAGAAAGUUUUCAGAACACACAGUGCAUCAGUUUGCUGCGUAUGGGACUGAGUAAGCGCAGACCGGUCAGAGUGCCCCUAAUAACCCUGUCCAACGCUGAAAGCACGUUCAGUGGAAUGUGAGCACCCGAACUGGACCAUAGAACAAUGGCAGAAUGUUGUCUGGUCUGAUAAAUCACGUUUUCGUUUAGAUCAGGUGGAUGGCCGGGUGCGUGUGCGUCAUUUACUUCCAAUAGCGGCAGCAGGAUGCAUGACGGAAAGAAGGCAGGCCGGCAGAGGCAGUGUUAUGUUAUGUGGAUGUUACUUUGACACAUACCACGUAUCUAGAGAUUGUUGCAGACCACGUAUAUCCCUUCAUGACAAUGGUGUUCCCUGAUGACUGUAGCCUCUUUCAGCAGGAUAAUGCACCCUCCAAUACUGCAAAUAUUGUUCGGAAAUGGUUUGAGGAACAUGACAGUUUAAGGUGUUGAUACACGAUGCUGAUACACUAUGUCAAAGACUUCAACGGGAAAAAUUAUUUAGGAACCCCUGCAUGCACUAGAGGGAUUUACAGGUGGUUAGGCAACUUUUUGUUGCCUAACUGAUGGUGGACGUCCUCACGUUCUGCAUGAGGACAUCCAGCGUCAGCCAAAACCCCAUUGGAAAGUAUUAUUGUGUUUGUAACACACUGCUAUAUAAAUAUACCCUUUUUUUCUGAUUUUUCAUUUAUUUUGCUGUAAAAAUUGAUGCUAAAAAAAUGCAUUAUUAAGACAUUUUAAAAUAAAUCAUUGUCCUGAUUACACUGGUCACUGAACAAUAUCAUCCAUAGAGUACAUUUGCAGAAGUCGUCUGACCUUUUCCAACACUGCAACUUACUCUUACUGAGCAUUCCUUCUACUUACAAGAGAUUCUUUCAGAGUUUCGCUAUACAAGUAAACCCCCACAAAUUCUACAGAAAAUGUUUUUGCGAUAUAGAACUGCGUGUUUAUAGAACUGCGUGUUUCAAAUAUUUCUUCCCUACAAUAAUAUACGCUGAAGGUAAUUGGGAGCAAAAUACAGGUGCUCCUCUGUGCUGUUCCGUUCAAAGGUUUUGCUUAUUUGUUUUUUUAUUCUUGUUUUUAACAAACAGUUGCAUUGGAACUAUUGUUUUUCUGUAAAAUUGGUGUAAUUUUUAUUUUGAACUUUUACUGUUUUGUCUUUUUUUUUCUUCUUGUUUGUGACUGUGACAACAUAAGGGGGAAAAAGACAAUGUUAUGAUAUACUGGUAUGUCUCUGUUACUGGAGACUGACUUGAAUUUGUUGUUCCUCUUACUUGCCUCUCCCCUUAAAAUCAGUUCAUUAACUUUUUAAAGCAAUUUCUCUCACAUUUAAAUAGCUACUUUUGUGUUUAGCAGGCUUAGCUCUUCAUAAACCCUGAUGGUGUAAACCUUGGCCAGGUCUUCCUUUGUGUGUCUGCGACUCUCAUAACCUGGCAAAGCUCUGUAUGCUGUUAUCCUGCAAUUUGCCACCUUUGGUAUGUAAACUGUUAGUACAUAGCAGCGGUCGGCAACCAUUGCACUCCGGAUGUUGUGGACUUAAUCUCCUAUGAUACUCUUAUAGCUGGCAAAGCAUCAAUGGAAAUGUGGUCCACAGUAUCGGGAGUGCCGAUAUAUAGUUAGCCAAGGGAAAUAACUCUUCCUAACAGGACUGUUUCUCCUGGAAGUAUGUAAAGGGAAUACCAAUUUGCAAACAGGCUUGGGCAUUGACUCCCUCAUACAGAAGUAUUUGGAAUGUACCAUAGCUCAGUCCAUGAGUGGCUGGCCUAAAUCCACCUAUUCUAUAUGCAUGGCCACAACAAAUUAUCAGUGCUGAUCUGUAAGCUUUAUUGACCUGUGUACGGUAGUUAGUCAUCAGUACAAGUGUCAUACCUUUGUCUUUGUUAUUUUAGGCACCUCCAAUAAUGGCCUAUCCAGCGACAACACCCACAGGAAUCGUAGGCUACGGCAUGGUAAGACGUUCUCUGGUUAUAGUUAAUGUAGUGAAGAGUAUUAAUACCUUGAUGUAAAUUUACUGGAUGCAACGAGAUCUGACGCCAGAUAUUAAAAAAAACAAAAAAAAAUGGGACAGGGGAAAAAAAUAGUUUCUUAAAAAACAAAAAAAAUGUAAUUCAUACAUAGACAAAGUGUGUUAAUGUACAAGUCAAAGGUUGACGUCUGUUGAACCAUAAAUCAAAAAUGUUACUCAAAUUGGGGAAUUAAAUCACCGCAGUUUCUACAGGAUUUUCUGCUUUGUUUCAUUUUCUCGAUUCAAGAAUUAUCACAUACAACAGGGUAGCACUUUUCCUAUACCUCCCAGAAUCAUGUGUAUUAUAUAAAUGUUCAGUUAGUGUUUCAUAUGUUGCGGGGGAGAAAUAUUUAUUGGAUUCUUAUGAUCUUGUAAAAACACAUCCUGAAUUCUCACACGAGUACAGCAUUUAUUUUUUAGUUUCAUGUGGUAAUAGGUAUCUAACAUGUUAUUUUUCAUACUUUUGUCAUACUGUAUAGCCACCUCAAAUGGGACCUGUACCGGUUAUACAACAGCCAACGUUAUUAUACAACCAGUCCUCCAUGAGAUCACCUAAUCCAUUUGGCCCUGUAUCAGGAGCACAGGUGAGCAAUGAGCAGACAUUGUGUAUUUAUGUAAACGGUACCCCAAGCUUCCUCGCUACCAAUCAAAUGAAUGUAUAGGGACGCAGUAGACUUUGUGUUUAUCUGAUUGAAUUAUGGGUGUUUAAUUUUCAAUGUGAAAAAAAAGUUUGGAAUUAUUGAUUCAUGUGAUUUUUCAAAAUGCUGUAUAUUUACUUUGUACGUUGAGCGGGCAUUCUGUAUUUAAAGGCACAAACCAUUCAAGAUCAGUGGAUAAUGUAACUUUAUCUUUACAUUGCAAAUGUAUUGCUGUUAUCAAAUCUGGAGUUUAUGUUAAAUAUUCUUUGCUUGCUCAUUGUACUUUAUAGUGAAGAAAAAUUCUGCUACGUAGUGCUAGCAAAUUUAUUAAUUUAAGGGUCACUCUAAGCACCAUGACAACUUUUAGCCAUUUAAAAUGUGAGGUAAGAGUUUCCUUCUCCAUAUUCCGCAUUUUCAUGCAUGAGUGGAACAGAAGCUGUUACAUAACAUUACCUUUAUGGGAUAGGAAAAAAAUACCACAGACCAGAAUGAUCUGAUUGGUAGAGCCUCUUCCUGAUAUAAGAGCUGUCUGUCUGCUGCUUCUCCUUUCACUUUCUUAGCACCUUCCUCUCAUAUUUUUAACAGAGAUGUUGCAAUACAGUUCUCUUUAACAUAUUUGUAGGUGCUUCUCAUCCAUUACACCAGACCUCUUUGGGAGGAGGAAAAAGUAAAAAUUUUUUAAAAAAUGUAUACCUACCUGAAGGUGACUUGGCUAUCAGAUGGAUAAAAAUGGCUAGAUAUUAAAGGGACACAGUGUAAACACAAAUCCACUAUGUCUUAAGUGGUUACUAUAACCCUUUUGGCGAGAAUGUUUUAGUUUUUUUUGCAAAAACAAGAAAAAACUAGUACCCCUUAGGGGAACUAGUAUUGUAGUGUGUCAGGGACAGCCUUCUAGGGGGGUAACCCUCACUAAAACGUAUUGCAAAAAAAUAAAAUAAAAGGAAUUCCAGAGACAAUGUCUCUGGAAUAGCUGGUAGGAUGUCCCUCUAUCCACCAAAUAAAUAUUUAUAGAUUAAAAUAUAACCUUUAUUAAUUGCAGAGAUAAAAUAUAUAAAUAAAUUUGAAUGGGUGAAAGAUAUUCAUCUAUUCGGAAGACGCUUGGCCCUCCAUAAAUUCUUUUAUAACAACAAUGAGAAGAGAGCUAAAGACUUAGGCUUUAGUAUGAGGGAAUACCAAUGUCUGAAGGAUCUUGUGUCACUAUUGGAAGAUAAUGAUGAUAUCGUGCCCUAAAAGCAAGUUUACCCCUAACAUAAAAGAUUUCAAGAACAUAGAUAUGUUUGUUGAAUCCUCUUGUAAAAUAAUCAAUAAGAUCCCAAUUGACUCACUACAACUUCGACCACAAAAUAAUCUCUCCAAAGGUGAACGGAGGGCCCUCCGUGAACUACAGGAUAAUGAGGAACUCAUUAUAAAACCCGCAGACAAGGGGGGUAAUAUUGUGGUUAUGAAUAGAUCUCAGUACAUUGAACUAGCUUCAAAUAUACUUAGUGACAAUCAGACAUACAGAACACUAUCCUUCGAUCCUACUAAAAAGUUCCUUUUUGAACUUAAAAGUCUUUUAGAUUCAGCAUUUGAUAGUGGAAUUCUGAGCAAAGAUGAAUAUGCAUAUAUCUACAUCAAAAAUCCUACUGUUCCAACAUUUUAUUGCCUACCGAAGGUACACAAACAGCAACGCCAAUUAACAGCUAGACCUAUAGUGUCCGGGUCUAAUAAUUUAACAUGUAAAGCAAGUAUCUACAUCGAUAGAAUUCUCCGACCCUAUGUAGAAAAACUACCGUCUUAUCUUAAAGACACAAAGGACACGUUAAAAUGUUUGGCAGCCACCAAGAUACCGGAGGGGGCUUUUAUAUGUAGUCUUGAUGUAGAGGCAUUAUAUUCAUCUAUUCCCCACACUCUAGGUGUAUCACAUAAUCAACAUUUUUUGGAUACACGUGGAGUUAGACACCAGAGCCAUACUCGGUUUGUAAUUGCGUUACUUAAAUUUGUACUCACUCAUAACUUCUUUCUCUUCAAUCGUCAAUACUACCACCAGGUGCAGGGCACAGCGAUGGGCACGUCUUGUGCCCCAUCAUAUGCCAACCUGCACCUGGGAUGGUGGGAAGAGAACGUGGUAUACUCAGAGAGGAAUACUGAAUUUACGAAAUAUAUAUUUUUAUGGAAAAGGUAUAUAGACGAUAUUCUUAUUUUAUGGACUGGUGCCAUUAAUUCCUUUGCAGCCUUUGUUGAAAGACUCAACUCUAAUGACCUAAAUCUAAAAUUUACGAUGGAGAUCGUACAUGAGUCUCUUAACUUUCUAGAUUGUACCCUGAGAAUCUCUGAUGAAAACUGCAUUGAAAGUACAUUGUUUAGGAAACCCACCUCAACCAACACUAUGUUGAGGUGGGAGAGCCAUCAUCCCACAACUCUGAAGAGGGGAAUCCCGGUUGGCCAAUAUCUCCGUUUGAGGAGGAAUUGCUCAACCAUUGAGGAUUUCAUCUAUCAGGCUAAAUCUCUGAGAAUGAGAUUCAAAGAGAGGGAGUAUCCUAACCGAUGCCUAAAGUAUGCGUAUCAGAGGGCACUUGCAAGUGAUAGGGCGGGACUUCUUCAAGACAAACUCAUACCCAGCAAACAAGAACCCAUCAGAUGCAUAGCGAAUUUUGACGCAGGAUGGGAACAAGCUAAAAAGAUACUGAAUAGGUUUUGGCCCCUUUUGUCACAGGAUCCUCAAUUGGACGGAGUGGUCACUCCAUAUGCAUCCCUCACUGCACGAAGGGGUAAAAAUCUAAAGGAGACCCUUGUACCUAGUCACUUUUCACUUAAAAAAAUUAAACAAUGUUGGCUCUCUGUACAUGGGACUUGCCAAUGUGGUAAAUGUGUGGCCUGUGGUAACAUCAAUAAGGGCUCUAAAGAACUUACGGAUUCAGCAGAUAAAACUAUGUGUAAGGUUAAACAUUUUUUCAACUGUAAUACAAAAGGGGUUAUAUACCUUUUAAUUUGUAUCUGUGGCCUUAGAUACAUAGGAAAGACGAUACGUCCCUUUAAAAAGAGAAUCAUGGAGCAUGUACACUCUGUUAGGAAUCUCAGAGAAACUCCAGUGGCGAGACAUAUUAGAACCUGCCACAGUGGAGAUUCAAGAGUCAUCAAAUUUGCAGGUAUUGAAAAAGUCAAUACAGGAGUCAGAGGAGGAGAUUUGGAUAAAACCCUUCUCAAAAGGGAAUGUUUUUGGAUCCACAGGUUUAACACUUUGGCCCCCAAUGGUUUAAAUGAGGGGUUUACUUUUACACCCUAUAUUGAAAAAUAAGGAGUACAUCUAGUAUUUAUUUUGAACCACCUUUUAUUUUAUCAUUAUUUAUUCAUUGAUUUAUUUGCAAAUUUAUAAACAAUUUUUUAUAAAUAUAUUUCACAUCUGGUCUACACAGGAGUAAGAUCUAUGACCGCUUUAGAAACCACUUUACCCUUGUAAAAUUAAUUACAGUCCCAUUACUCUCAUCCCUUUGUUCCUAGCAAAUACAUUCACAUUGAUUAUCUAGAGACUAUAUAUUUAUAUGUAUACACAUAUGGAUUCCCCCCUCAAGUAGGUUCAUUUACAUACGUCUUAUUUGUAGAUUCCAUCAAUUACUAGUAUUAAAAACUAAGUACUACAUCAUAUUAUACUCUUUAGAUCAUCCUCUUUGAAGAUACAGAAAUAGGUGAUGACAUUAAUAUUAAUUCAGUUAUGCAGUACGGGACACGAAGGGUUACUUUAGUUUCGACACUUAGAGCCUUCCACCAAUCAUACGGCAUUACGUUUUAAGGGGGCGUGGCUAGUCUGAACGCCGGUUUUGGCGUGAAUAGCUGUUACACACCCUUGGUCAGGUAUUGGCUUAGAGCAGUUACAAAUUGAAUCCUGAAAGGAGAGUCUGGUUGCCUUGCCUCAGAUGAAGGCGCUUUAGCAGCGCCGAAACACGUGUUAGGUAGCUUAGGUUUAUCAUAGACAGGUAGUUAGUAUAUUAUCCGUUUGAUUUCUCUUUUGAUCAAGUUCAUUAUUAUUUACUCAUUAUUCUUUUUAUUUUGUGGUGGGUACUUGGGGUGUGAUAUUGGACGCAAGGGGGAUCCUUAAUAGGGGAGGUUGGAGUUUUGGCCUGAUGCAAUUUGCUUAGGGUUUUUCCUCUUUCUAUAGAGAUAUUCUCCCCCUCCUCCUAUCUUGGUCUCACCUAUACACCACUGGGCAAUUUUUGAUUUAGAUAGCCCAUGUUGGUGUUUUGAGCAUGAGACAUACUUUGUAACAUUAUUUGUACAAUACUAGAUCAUAAUAUUUUGUAUCUAUUUGUUGAUUAUAGAGUGGCUCAACAUUAUUAGCAUGUUAUUCCACCUCUAAUUUAGUCCUUUUGAGUAGAGAUUUUUUGUGUAUCCACUAGUUGCCAUUAUAUUACCUCAGACACACAAGUAGGUAAUUCAUAUACCCACAUGGUACUAUUAGCGGAUAUACUCUCAUACCUGUCUUUUUAUUCACAUUUUUUAUUUUUAUCUUUGGUUUCUAUAUUUUAUCUCUGCAUUUAAUAAAGGUUAUAUUUUAAUCUAUAAAUAUUUAUUUGGUGGAUAGAGGGACGUCCUACCAGCUAUUCCAGAGACAUUGUCUCUGGAAUUCCUUUUCUUUUCUUUUCUUUAGUUUUUUUUUUGACAUAUUGGGAAAUACUGAUCUUGUCCACCCCAUUAAGUAUAAACUUACCUUGAAUCCAUUGCUAGACAAGGUUCUCCUAGCUUUGUUUCCAUGUCCGUCUGUUGUCCAAUCAAAUGCUUGCCAUGUAGAUUAGGCAAUCCGGGCUGCCCAUGUCAUGUGUGCCAGAGGUGCAACUAGACCCCGACACAAACGUGAAAGGAUCUCUGCGUGUGUAUGGUUUCAAGCAGAAAUGCUUUAUAGGGUCUAUGGUGUCCUCUUGAUUUUAGUUUUGAUUACUCAUUCAAGAGAAUUUGGGGCUUAGAGAGGCAUUUUCAGAUACUUUUCAACAUAAUCCUUGUUCACUUGCUAGACUAAGAAAAAUGAUUUUCUUUCUGCACCCAUUGGCAGGUAAUUAAACCACUAAUGCCGGAUCUGUAUGAGUUCAUGUAAAUUUAAUACCUUUCUAUUUGUAGUGGCCACACUUCCAAUCUGACAUUUGAGAGACAACACAAGGCCUUUCUGUCUGCAGCCUUGCUUAACAGAGCCCCUAUUGCCUGGGCUGAGUCAGACUAUAAAGGUCUCUCAUGAAACCAUUCUAUAUUUUGUGCUUUCCCUACUCUUUAUGUCCAGGCAGUUAUUGUAACUCUGCAUUGUUGUUGGCGCUUUGCCAGUUCACCAUUUGAGCUUUGCAUCUGGAUGGCAAGUGAGACGCAAGCUAGUUCAAGGUUAUGUGCCAGUUGUCUUUACAGGCCGAAUUCUGUGAUAAUUUUAUUAUUUUUUUCUAUUUGGGAUAUUUUAGAUCAGAAAAAAAAAGGUUUGCACGUAAACUUUAUGUCGCUAAAAUAAUGUAUGUACUCAGAAAAACUAUCCAAGUAAACUAAACCUUUAGACGCCACCCAUUGACAAAGAUCACAAUCUAAAUUAGAAGUAGUCCCCACGUUUCUUAGUAUGAAAACAAAGGUGGAUUUAAAAAAAAAUAAUAAUAAAAAAAAAAAUAUAGGUCAAAUACUUGAACUUAAAGGGACACAUAAAUUAUUUUUUUUUAAAAUUUAAAAAAAAAAAACCUCAAAAGUUUUACUGCCGUUUUAAACUUUACAGGUGGAUAUAGAUAUUAACAGAUGCUAUUAACAUGUUUGUCCUGAUGGAAGUUCUGUACAAGAACUAAAACGUCGACAAUUUGAUUUCUUUCAAUGUAAUAAAGUAAGAAAUUUGUGAAAAUCUCACAGUGCUAGUAUGGUAAUUCUUUUUAUAUAUUAACAGUAGAAAGAGGGAAGUGCUCAUGCCAUUGUACAGAACACUGGUGAGACCUCACUUGGAGUAUUGUACUCAGUACUGGAGACCGUAUCUUUAGAAGGAUAUUGAUACCUUAGAGAGGGUUCAGAGAAGGGCUACUAAACUGAUUCAUGGAUUGCAGGAUAAAACUUACCAGGAAAGGUUAAAGGAUCUUAACAUGUAUAGCUUGGAGGAAAGACGAGACAGGGGGGAUAUGAUAGAAACAUUUAAAUUUAUAAAGGGAAUCAACACAGUAAAGGAGGAGACUAUAUUUAAAAGAAGAAAAACUACCACAACAAGAGGACAUAGUCUUAAAUUAGAGGGACAAAGGUUUAAAAAUAAUAUCAGGAAGUAUUACUUUACUGAGAGGGUAGUGGUUGCAUGGAAUAGCCUUCCAGCUGAAGUGGUAGAGGUUAACACAGUGAAGGAGUUUACGCAUGCGUGGGAUAGGCAUAAGGCUAUCCUAACUAUAAGAUAAGGCCAGGGACUAAUGAAAGUAUUUAGAAAAUUUACUAGAUGGGCCGAAUGGUUCUUAUCUGCCGUCACAUUCUAUGUUUCUAUAUGCAAAAUGUUAAAUAAAUUUUUGUGAUUCAAUGGGGGUUGGAUGGGGACAGGAGGUAUGAGUUGGAGACAGUAUGUAAUAGAUUGGGGGAAUGUGACAGGCAGUAUGACUCGGUGACAGUAUGUACUAGAUUGGGGGUAUUUGACAGGAGGUAUGACUCGGUGACCGUAUAUUAUUGGGGGUAUGUGACAGGAGGUAUGACUCGGUGACAGUAUGUAAUUGCCCUAUGGCCAUUACUGAUGCCAUAGAUAAUGCCUUAUUGCCGUAUGGCUGUUACUGAUGCCAUAGAUUAUUCCGUAUGGCCUUAAUUGAUGCCAUAGACCAUGCCAUAUGGCUGUUAUUGAUGCCAUAGAUCCAGUGGUAGUCAACCUUUUUCUACCUACCGCCCACUAAUGCAUCUUUCUUGCCUUACCGCCCACCAGUUUUCGCACAAGUGCAGAAUAUUUUUUAGAAAGGAGGGUGUUUUUAAAAAAAAAUAAAUGUAUGUACAUUUAUCUUUUUAUUUCUACUUUAUGCAUGUUUAUGAUGUUUUUAACUUUAUAAAGCUCAAUGAGAAAACAAUCAAGUAAAUUGAAAUUACCUUUACUAGUGAUUAAUGAGAUCCUUGAGGCUGAUGCUGCGAGACUAAAUAUUUGAUAUCUGGUUCGAUUUUCGUAAGGAACAAACGAAGGUCUCCUCUUUCGGUGAUAUUCAGACGACUUCUCUGUUUGCGCAUAAUAUGAUUUCUCAUCUGUGCGUCAGCUCCCCUCCUCAAUUCCCCACCUCUAUUUUUCUUCCUUUUUUCUAUUUUUUAACCUUCCUUAUAGCAAUGUCCAGUAGGUAGGCUGAGCUACGCAGCCCACUUACUAUUAUUAGCCAACAACAAUUCUCUCCUUUUAAUUUUUAUUUUCCUUCUUUCUCCUUUUUACAAAUACUCUGCUCCUUAUUUCUUCUAUUCUACAAGUACUCUGGUCACAGACAAACACACACAGUCACCCAUACACUUACAGACACAAACACACACGUACUUACAGACACACACACACACUCACAGAGAAACACAUACACACAAACAAACACACACACACACAAACAAACACACACACACAUACACUUACAUACACAAAUUAUUAAUAUUAAAUGUCCACCCAGCCUACAUACCUGGAGAGCUGGUGUGGAUCUGUCCCUGGGGUUCAGUGGGGCUUCACUUCGGCGGGCAGCAGAGUCUAAUCCGAGGUGCGAGGGAGCUCUAACCUCUCUGUUCUGCUCCCUCUCGGGCUGUCUACUGAUGCCGGGAGCCGGAAUAUGACGUCAUAUUCUGGCUCCCGCGACAUCAGAAAACAUUGCGCGAGGGAGCAGAGCAGAGAGGUUAGAGCUCACUCGCCGCGUCUGAUUUUACCACUGCCGCACGCCAUGCCGGGGGGUCCAGAAGGUGGCCUGGCAGGAGGGAGCGCUUCCCUCCUGCCAGUCACUGGAAUCUUGUGCCCACACAGCCGCUCGCCCAAAAGGAGAAAUCCUCUUAAAAAAGGAUUUACCGCUGAAAACCCUACCGCCCACCUGGAAUCCUGAAACGGUAGGGACCAGGUUGACGACCCAUGCUAUAGAUUAUGCCGUAUGGCCUUUAUUGAUGCCAUAGAUUAUGCCGUAUGGCCGUUAUUGAUGCCAUAGAUUAUGCCGUAUGGCUGUUAAUAGAUUUGUAUUUGCCCAGUAUUUUAGCUGUAGUCCGUACACUCCAUUCUGAAAGGUGAUUGCUUUUCUCUAAACUGGAUGAGAGUGCGUGGCAUGUUUCCCCAUGUGGCUUGCAGACGCCAUGUGUUUGCUUUCUGACAGUGAGUGAGCAUAUCGCACCCAUCUGCCAGGUUUUUUUUUAGAACAUGUCAGUUUUUAUGUCAUUGAAGUCUUUAUAUACCAAUGCCUAGUUCCUGUGUUAGUUCAAAAACCUUUAGAAAUACUUGGAUAAAUAUAAUCUGAGCAUCCAUUUUCCAUGUAGGAGUGUAAAGGCAUCUAAAUGCAUUCUUCUUCAAAUUUUUAUAAAUUUAUAUAUGGAGUUAUUGGGCAGGUGGCUGAUUUCUCCAAUUCUUCAAAAACAAUAACCGUAUAACUCUAAAACAAUUAUUUAAUUUAAGAUCUGUAGAGAGAAAGCAGGGAAAAAACUAGGAGAGAGAAGGUGAUCCGGAAAAAGGGGGAGAAAAGGUUUCUAAAUUAUCUAAAGGUCACCUUGUGAGGGGUGGAGUAGAAGGCCAGUCUAAACUGUGUUUGUAAGGAAUGCCUUUAUAACAAUCAGAAGUCCCUUCAGUGUGCCAGCCUAUAGAUGGUCUUUGAGGUGAUGAACAUCUGGGGUGUCAAUAUUUUCCAGAAAGAGUCUAAAGAAUUGUGAAUAAUUGCGAUCAUGUUCUUUCUGUUGAGAAUUAAUUUGAGCCUUAGUUUUUGAAGACCCUUUCCAUUGUUGAAUGACAUACGUCACUGCGCAGAUGUGCGCCAUUUAUUGAGUCUUCCAAACUCUUAAUGUUACAUCCUAACAUAGACUCUGACUGAUCAAUUAGUUCAGGUGCUGAUUGAAAUACAUUGUUUCGUUCAUACCAGCUAAACACAUUUGUGCACAACUCUAGUAUAUACUAAUAACCCAUAAUUAAUUUGAUCCAUGCUGUCAGGAUUUUAACUCUUCUAAUUAUCAAAGAUUUGAAAAAAUCAGAUCUCUGGGUUUUUCAUAUCAUUUUAUUUUAGUCAAAAAUAAAUUCACUAGAAUAGUAUCGCAGACAGAAAAUGUGGGGCAAAUUGAAGCAUUUGCCGUGAUAACCAAUAGCAUGUACCUCCUGAUUCUGUUGGUUUCCAUGGUGAUUUUUCCAAUAUUUCCCCAGUGUUAUGUUGGCAACACUUUCUUCUGUCUCUAAAUUUCCUCUUAUUCUUGAGGAGCCUGCAAGCUGGCAUGGGAUUUACCCUGCCCUCUGCCAUCACUUGACUUUUUUUGUAGAUCGUCUGCAUUGUAGGGUUUGAAACUGGAGAUUAUAACACCGCUUUUACUGUUCUCUUACCUGCCGUAUGCUUUGAAUCUUGCUACCAUUUCUAAACUGCUAAAAUAAAACAUUCAUCUUCAUAUUGGCUUUUCAUGUCUUGCCAUUCUCAGACUUGUGUGUCUUUUUCUCUCUCUCUCUCUCCACCCCAAACCUCCACAAUUCCUCUUUUCUCCGUUCCCUAUCCUCCCUCUCUUCCUUCCUUUUCUCUUUCCCGUGCUUCCUUUUCUCUUUUCACCAGUUGUCUGCAGCAUCCAGUCCUUCCAGUCAGAGUCCUCCCAGAGCACCCAACAAGGAGCCUUACCCACAGCUCUCUGUACAAGAUUUCUUGUAGGACAAUUUAGGUAUAGUCAGUGGGAAACUGCUGCCUGUUCAGUGUUAUUCACUAUUGGAGUGUUUUGGAGAUUUUUUUUUUUUUUUUUUUUUCGUAUGCCACAUUUUAAUCCAACUUUUCAGACUGGCAAUUUCAGUCCUGGGGACCAAGAUAACUCAAUGAUCAAGCAACUUGACCAUCUAAAAUGGCCGUACCAAUCCCAACUAGCUGUGAUCUGUGACAUGGAAGAAACAGAACAAUUAUCAAGCCAAUGAAAUUUAGUGUAUAGCAUGUGGAGAUAUGUAAUACUAUAGACGCAAUAAAAUGAUCCUACCAAUCCACAUUAUGUUUAUGAUUGCAGUGGGUGUGCAUGCAAGAAAUGCCUGGAUUUCUCAAUUUCUAAAGUGUUUCCUGAUAGCGUGAAACAUUGUGCUGGCUGCCAGACUGAAAAGCCAAAUCUGUUUAAGAUAACUUUGGAUUUGUCAGCACCCAUUGAUUUGAACUAGCAAUCUAAUCAGGAGAGGGAAAGGGUUUACAAUACAUUCCUGAUUGGGAUGUAUUAGUAUUUGACAACAUUUCUAGUAUUGUUUUUCAAACCAUGGCUGACAGGAGCAUGCCCAUAUCACCAACUAAUAUAGGAGUCUUCCGGACAACUGCUGGAGUUUACUAGUUCGUCAUCCUGCAGUUUGUGUAUGCGCCAAACUAAUGCUAUUUAAACUUCAGUGUAGCAGCAUAUAUCUUCAGUUCCAUAGUGUUUAGUGCUAGACUGAUCUAACCCCCCGCCCCCCAACAAAAUUGGAAGAGAACAUUUAUUAGAAUGAUUUUUAUAGACUUGUAGCAGAACGAACAGAGUCAAUGCCUGUCAAUGUUUUCUUGUUACAUUACAAACAAAAUGUACAGCUUAAAGCUCCUCUUUCACUGUUAAAAUUUGCAAAGACCCCUGAUAGUGACUGUUUCGCUUGCAGUAAGUAGGCUGCGGAGUGCAGGGAAAGGUAGGUUUUACUUACCGGAAUCUGUCCCUCAUGACCACUCUCAUCCAUUUGCCAGGAACCCACAUCCGAGAGAGUACAACACUGACAUCUGUGGAGGAUCUUGCGAGACCUCAGGACACUACGUAGAUAAAACCUUUUCCCCUAGCUGAGGGCUUAACAAAGCGUGACAGAGGUAGCACCGCUUUUUUGUUAAGCAUCGGAAAAGUACUUUAGACAAUGUAGUCCUUACUUGGUCUUACAUCUUUGGACCGCUUUGAGGUGUCAGUGAAAAUCCAAUAGUCUUUUUAUGUGCAAAAACAUGUUGGUUUUUUUUAUUUUGUUUUGUGUUUUUUGUGGGGAGUGACAGAGCUUCUUUAAUGUGGGGGCAUGUAAUGUGUUUUAAUGUGUGUCUGUAUAUUGGGCAAAAUGAUUGAGAAUUUAAAACCUGCUUUGCCAUUUGUUUUGUAGAUGCAGUUCAUGUAAUACAGUUGGAUGGGAGCGCCCUUAGAAAAGGCAAUGCUGAAUACCAGUACCUAUUUCUAGUCCAAUCAAGCUGCUGUUAAAGCGCUCCUCUUCAACACGAAUGGUACAACACCAACCGAUGGGGACCCGAAGGGAUGCUCCCACUACUAGCACAAAGGGACAUGCGUACUUCAGUCUCUUCCGUCAUUUAGCGUGGUGGUAACAGUCAUGUUGUGGGCAAACUCUAGGUUCCAGAACACUAUAUACCAGGUGAGGUGAAGAGGGCUUCGAUGUUCAUAGCCCAACUUUGGUAUCUCUGAGGCUCCCAUAGGAAAUAUUAGGGAAAAAACCCGAAAUACCCAUUUCAUUAAACGUGCAGCCAUUUCUAUUAAUUUCUUACACAUAUAAACUGUAAUUGAGGUUAAAACUUUUUAUUUUUCUUCCUUUUAAAUAUAUAAAUAUAUAUAUAUAUUCAGUUUUGCAGUAGACAUUCCUUAUGUAUUUGUAUUUAUUUAUAAUUAUCAGUUUAACAAUUAAUGUAUCAAACACCUUAUGAACUAUGUAUGGAUGUAUACAGUUUUUUUUAUUUUUAUUUUUUUUAUUAAUUAUGAGUGAUUCCAUACAGAGCACUAAAUAUUCUUCUAAAAGAAGCCUUUAUGCUUUUGAUUGGGAAGGGAAUGAUGUAGCCCCCCACCCCCAAAUUUUAGCAAUCUGUUUUUAAUGGACGUUCAGUAGGUUAUACGCUGCAUUAAUUCUACAAGGGAAAUGGGUAACCGAUUAGGAAGAAGCACUACAUUUUUAGUCUGAUUAUUAGUACAUUGGGAGAAGAGUUUUAUUUUGCUUUGUGCUUGGCAGGCCAUUAUUUUACAUUUGACAUGUUAAUGCCUUUUCAGAAAUGAAUGUGAGGAAUUGCUUUCAAUGUAUAUUUUCCUUUAAAUCUGUGUGCUGGGAAAACAAGGUGUAAUGAUUGUAAAAGGGUCUUUAAUAUCUCAACGUGCCAUAACGCUUAAUCCAUGUUUAGUUUACAAAAUGGGGAAGGACAGCAUUGGUAAAAAAAAAAAAAAAAGCUUUGUCCUCCUCUAAAAUCUCAUUGUAUCUCGUUGCGGAUAAUUGAUGAACAUUUGAAAUAGCUACGUCUUCUUUGAUUUUGGCCCCCAAAUUGGGUAUGGGUAAGCGUUGGUGGGCAGAGCAUGCUGGGACAUGUGAUCUACAGCAGGUGGAAUGACAGAGGUUUCCUAUGCCCUAUUCCCAAGGCAAGACCAUACAUGUUUUGCAGUGCCAUACAGGCCAAUGCAUCAGAACCAUAAAACUCUGUUUCCCCCGUGGAUGGUUUGGCUCUCUGUUUUAAUGAGGAUCAACAAAGCAGUAGCACUGUUGAGCAGUGCUUUCAGUGUAAAUAUACCCGAUCUGUUGGAGGAGUACAUAAGGAAAGUGACUGUAUGAAAGCAAUUCUGUACAUGAAUGCAUUCUUGCUGCGUUGUCUCUGCAGAUUCUAUUUUUGUUUAAAAUAUGAAAAAUGUAUGUGAUCAAGAAUUGGUGGAUUUUGAAAUAAAUUCAGCUUCAACAGAA